CAAGCAUUCUACUGUUGCUUCACCUGCUUCCCCUUUCCUCCAAAUGCCACAAAAAGAGUGGAAAAAUCAGUGCAUAUUACAGACCCUAUGACAAAUAGUUUUCUAAUGAGAUAUGUGACAAAACAUACAUUGUGCCACAUUGCCAUAUUGUGUGACCUGUGACCUGCAGUGCAAAGCCAGUGCUGUUCUUUAUGUGGUGUGCUUGUUUGAAAUAAUGUUGAUUCAAACUGCAACUUGUGUGGUUUUCUUUCUUUAUCAUUUUUAGUAUAAUUAAUAGAAGUAGUAGUAGUAAUAUAUUUAACACUCCCAUAAUGUUACUAUAAUUUAAACCUUAUUCAGUGUUGAAAAAAAACACAAUGAGUGUUAAUUUUUGACACUACACACUAGUGUUAAAACAAUUCAACACCAGUGAGUGUUAGAUUUCAACUAUUGAGUGUUGUUCCAGCUCUGUCAACGUGUUUAUUGUUUAACACUUUCAAAGGUGUUAUUUUAACUCAAUUUAGUGUGGACCAAUAUAGACACUUUUAAAGUGCUGAAUUUAACUCCCUAGGAGUUGAAUUAACACUUCUGAGUUUGCUGUGUAGGUCUCUGCACAGAUGUCUACUUUGACUAUUAGUCCUGGGCAGAGCCGGUCCAAGCCUCAAUGGGGCCCUAAGCAAACAUUGGAUUUUGGGGCCCUCUAUUUCUACCAAUAAUAUCGAUUAUUGAUCACCCACAUCCCUUCACAAAUCUCUUUGAUUAACGUUCCAUGACAUGCAAACAUACUGUAAUCUUGGCGUUUUUUCUCUUCUUCCUCUUUCUUCCUCUUUCUUUUGCUUGCCAUAUCGACAGUAAGAAUCAUAGGCCUACAUCAGCAGCAGCACUAAAAUGUUUUUACUUUAUUUUAUUUCUACAAUAAUAUAUGUUUGGUCAUACAGAAAGCAUCACUCAUAUAUGCAAAAAAAAUGUAUAUCUAUAUAUAUAUAAAUAUUUUUCAUUGCUCUUGGGGGGCCCUACUGGCCGCAGGGCCCUAAGCAGGUGCUUAGUUUGCUUAUGCCUUUGGCCGGCUCUGCUCCUGGGCUGCUGACACACUCUUUUGAAAACCUUCUAAAUUUAAAAUUGGACACUUUCACAACUUGAUUCAAUUACCUUAAGUCUUUUAGGGUGAUCAUAAAUUUAUUGAUCAGACGGCUACAAACACUGGCAUUUGUUUCCUUAUCUUUAGUUUUAAAAUGACAUUUCCUGAGUGCGCACAUUCCUGUUUCCACAAAAUCAAUCCCUUUUUAAGUUUAUGCAUUUUAAUAGUUUCUGAUGCAUUUAGAUAGUGGGGUGGGAAUGAGGGGUUGGGCUGGGGUAGAUUUGGGUAUUCUUUGUUUCUUUUAUUCCUUUUUCUGUGUAAAGUGCUUUGUGCUACAUGGUUGUGUAUUAAAAAUACUAUAUUAAUAAAGACAUUGAUUGAUUUCUUGAUUUCUUGGAUUUCUGAUCACGCCUCUUAAGCAAUAAAAAUCCACAGUUGUGACUAAAUAAACUUCACCCCUGAGGGUUUUGAGGUUAUUUUAAAAGAUAGCUGCUUCCUUAUGGUGCACUUCCAUUAUUUAUGAAUCAGGACUAAAGGCUGCUGGAGCUCCUAUAGCGGGAUUAAGUGCAUGGAUCGCUGUAAUCCGUUUGAAAACUCGUACCGGCCGACGGGCUGGGCGGAGUUUGAGUACCCGGUAGGUAUGGGAUCGGGUGGGAUUUUCCCUCAGAAUAUUGCGUUGAGUAGCAGCUGGACGCAUGCGCUCCACUUUCCACUACUCCUCCAUCCAUCCAGAGCGCAGGAGCGAAUGGGAUGAACUUGUCGUGCUACCUGCUUAAAGGCGCCGCCGGGUGUGUGGAGAGCAGGAAAAGGUAACUGUUUGACUCUGCUGGAAAGUUUACCAAAAGGAGGGAGUAUCGAGUGAACAGGGGGCAGAAGUAGAAGAUUAACGAGGAGAAGUGUGUUUGGAUGUAAACCGGGUGAACACAGAGCGGAUUAGAUCCUACAGCGAGGAAUCAGAGAUGCGGAAACAACAACAGAAGCGACAACAAUCCGGAUUUUAAACUGUUUGGAUUUCGACGCGCACUGGAAGCAGCAUGGCUCGGCCCAGGAGAAGAGGGAAAAUGUUCCAACUUGGAGUGUCACCUCAAGAACCUGAAGUUUUCCGUCUGUUUGGGCUGAUCCGGUGAUUUCUACAACCUUCCGCGGAUAUAAGCAGGGUUUCUCUCUCUCUCUCGGAUCUGAGUCACCAUGUCAAAAGUCCUGCAGAAGAAGAACCACUGGAUCAAUAAAGUGAAUGACUGCGCGGUGAUCCUGGACGCGCACGGAGAGCUGAACGUGGAGCUGCUCGGUGGGGCUGAGAAUGGAGAGUUCGCCUACAUCGGUAAAGUUAGGGAGGAUGCUGCGGUGUACCAGGACGGGAAACUCAAUGAGGGGGAGCUGGUGCUCGAGGUGGAGGGGGUGGCUGUCUCUGGAUUACCCCUGUAUGACAUUUACACCGUGAUAAAGUGCUGCCAAGGACCUGUCAGGUUGAAAACUGUGCGUCAAGGUAAGAGAAACACAAGAUAUAGACACUGAGCAGGACAAUUUGUACUUGAAGAGUUGUGAUAUCCCACUGGAAGUUGUUUUAUAACCACCAUAUGGCACUACAUUAUAGGCUCACAACAAAAUGGUCAUGCAUGAGGCAGUUUCUGUGCUGCUGCUCAUCUCCUCUCGAGCAGCCUCGAGUUUUUACUUGACAAGAAGCUGGCCUGACAGCCCUCCUUCCCUCCACAGACACUGAGGGUAAGACCUGCAGGGUCACAGAUUAGGCCACUUAGUGCAACUCCAAAUCUUCAUCCACACUCCAACACUUAGAGCAUUCACUGUCAGCUGCUGCCUGUUUACUUCUCUGACAUGGGAAAGGAGCAGAUUUCUAAACUUUAGAUGGCUCUGCCAAAGGCUGCUGUCACCCUGUGUGGCUUCUUGUUGGCUCUGCUGGUUGUAGUAUUUCCAUUUUGGCAUGACUUUCAACAGUGAAUAUUAACUGCACUAUUCAUUGGUAUGAAUUAUUUUCAUCAUCAGUUCUUCCACUUUCAUAUUAACAAAGAUUAUUAAGUUUAUCUCAUAUCUAAAUGUAUCAAAACGAAAGCAACAACUUUUUAAGGCCCUGUGCCACUACUUUAGAUGAGUUUUUCAACAACAGUCCAACAAAUGCCAGUCUACCAUAAAAGUAUUUCUCAACUUUUGUUCAAAUGUUUUUAAGUAUUCUGUUUUUCCUCCUUCGGUUGUCGAAACCCUAUAAAUGCGACUACAAAAAUACCUGAAUUAAUGCGAAAGCGGUGGAAAACUUUAAUUGCUGUCAUUUUCUUGGCUUUUACUAACCUUACAGCUCUUGCUAGCACCACGCUGUUGUUAUUCCAUGGCGUCACAUGAUGGCUGACAGAGAAAUGGUUCAUAUUUUCAGGGGCUGUUAAAUGAAAGUGUCAAACCGGGGCAUAUUAAGCAGCGUGGAGGCUGUACUGACUUAGUGAACUCUAUGAAAACAUGUCCAAAACCAUUAUUCUGCCUUCGAAACAGCUGCUUUUUGGUGCUUGUGCUAAUUCAUUAAUAGAGCGCUGCUUCCAGCUGAGCUUGGUCAUGUCAAGUACUGCUGUUUCUCUUCAUUUAAGGGAUGUACUAUUUGUUGGAGUGGGACAUCACUCAUGGGCAGAUGGGGUUAUUUCUGGACGUGUUUGCUGCGUGUCAGAUGAGCUUGACCCAUUGCCCACAGUCUGAUGUGUUUGCAUCUGUCUGAGAGGCAGCAAGCGAUGCAGCUUAUUCCCCCCCUCGCUGUCUCCAGUGUAUUGUCCCGUUUUGUUAUUAUUUGCGCUGGCAAGAUCUGGAUACUCCAUCAAGCCUGAGUGAAUUUUUGAAAGGAUUUUCUAAACCUUGAAUUUUCUCUAAUCUUAUCUCAACUGUCUCUUUCCGCUCAUUCCCUCCCCGGUUCACACAAUCACACAACAUUUGACAAGCCUUGCAUGGCCUUCUCUCGGGGGAAAUCAUUAACUGUGUUAUAUAAUGGCGGUUUAGUUUCGGUGCAGCAUCAUUAUUGCCUCACUAUUGCACUGUUUGUCCAUUAGGAGCUGUACUGUGCACACUUGACCCCUGAAGCUGAGGUCCCGACCUGGGGACCAGAACUCAGCACAAAUGCUGCUCUGUGUGUGUGUUUGUUCGGCACAUGAUCAGACUGGACUUUCACCAUGGGAGCGUUUUAAUAUCCAUCAACAGUUUUCUAAUUAUUCUGAGCUCGAAUAGGAACUCUGGAUACUUGUAAACACAGCCCUGACUGUAGCCAUGAAGGAUAUCCUGAGCCAUCUUUGUAGCUAUGUCAUUAGUUUCUUGCGUAAGUCAGCAGACUUUCUCGGCCUGUAAUUAAAAGAGAAGGAUAUUCUCGAGUAGCUCACAAGACCUCCUUUGUAUCACACAGCCUGUCUGAACCUGGUUGGGACGGCAAUCCGAGCCGUGCCAGACUAAAUGACAGGCUGUGGGGACAGAUUUCGUCUCUCUCUAAAGAGCUGUGGGUUGGAUUUCUCUGUGUUGUACACCUCACUGUUGUAGGUUUGAAGGCUGUUCCCCCACAGGUGCGUAACUCCCACUGAGGAAUGCAAAAAGAAAACCACUUGAAUGAAGUCUGUGUAUGUGAAAGUGAAAUAUCACACUCGUUUUUUAUGUCUUUUUAAUCAAGGUGUGUAAAUAACUUGAGUGAAAGAAACAUGACAGAGCAUAUCAUUCAUUCGUGUCAUACAAAGAGAGACUGACUCAAACUAAAUGUAGUGUUACUUCAACGUGAGGCAUGUGAUAACAUUAGUUCGCUCAGUUUCUGGAUAUUUUUGCAGCUUUUUUCAGAUUGUUGUUGCUGCUUUGAAUGUUAUUCUCCUGGGAUUGUAGAGACUGUAUCCUGUAAAAGUGUUUCUUCCAUGAGCUGGCAAAGUGACAGAAUGAGACUGAAUACAUUAGUGAGUGCAGGAUGCUUUUUUGAUUAAGAUCAAUCCACCAAAUCAAUUAGUAGAUAGUAGGAGAUAUUUUAGGCUGGGAUGCAGCGCGUGGCUGUUGCAGUGAACGCAGUUGUAUAGCGUUUUGUUGCUGUUGUUAUUUUUAAAAGACGCUUGUAAUUCAGUUUGGGUUUUGUUUAUUUGGGAUGAUGGACUCUUUUGUGUAUGUGCUUGUCUUUUAGUGCAAGCUGAGGUGUAAUAAGUUAGAGGUGUUUUCUUUUAGGCCGUCUUUUAGGGCCGUUCUGAUUUUUGAAUUUUGAUAUUCAGGCCUACUCACAAUGCAAACAAACUCAAUGACUGCUGCAUAUUUUCCUUUCUGUCUUCUAGUGGGCUGUGGUUACUUGAAAUGUACUGACUGUGAUCCGGCUUUGUUUACAAAGGCCAUAAUUUUGAGGUUAAAGUACACAGAGGCCGUACAUUUUAGACAUCUUCAGACUUUGACUUUCGAGUGAAGCUUUUAUCUGAUACCAUCGGGUGAAUCCAGCUCAGAGGUCAAAGGUCAUCUUCCUUAAGUUUUAUGUCCUGACAGUAAUUUAAUGGGAUUCGCUUUGAUAACAGUGUUGAGUCUGUAAAGGUGCAAAGGUGCAUGAGGUUACACAACAUCUCCAGAAAGUACUUGUAAGAUUGCGAUCAUACACGUGAGUUGGCCUGACUAUCUUAGACAAACUUGGACAGUCUUCUGGAUAGACAUUAAAGGUUUUAUUUUUGUCUUGGAGUGAAUCACAAACCCCUCUAGCGCUGAAAGGUUCUGAGGAUUUAAGGUGCACAGAUCACGGGUGGGUUUGGCUGGGUGUCUGUCUGAUCUCUGGGACAAAUGGUCCUCUGUUACCUGAGCUCGGCCUUCUUUUGAACCCAGCCAGAGGGAAUCAGAGCUGCAGGAUGACGGGCAUUCCUCAGAGGUAAGGGAAGGAAUUCAUGGUACACCUUGAAGAAGAAUCGAGACUUUACAACAUAAAAUUCUCUUUUUUCCCCCCUGUGUCAUAUAACCUCUUAGGUCACUUGUAGCAUAUCCCACCUGAUCAUCGUCUGAGACGUUAUGAUGUUAAAAACCUCAAAACUAUUGUAAAAACAGGUUACAGACGUAAAAAUAAAAAAUGUAUCUUAAUUGAAGUGGAAUCAGCUUAAACUACAUGUUAUUUUGGAAAUUGUUCAGUAAAUCAAAUUAAAAAUUCAACUAUUCAACAGAGACUGACUGUAUCUCUUCAGACAUGAAACAUUUCACUCCUCGACCCUUAUUUUUUUAUCAUUUUUCCUUGCUCAUGUUACUUCAGGGGAGGAAAGUCUUUGCUCUGCUGAGUUAUUUCAAAAUAAAAUCCCCCAUCAACAGGAAAUUCAACAACCGCUAAAGGCAAAAAAAGAGCAAAAUAAAAGCAUCACAAAAAUAUUUAUAAUUUAUCUCUUUAGUUAAACUAUAAAUGGUUCAUUUUGAGGAUGUUUGGAGUUAUUUAUUUCCCAGUUGUUUAAAUGGAAUUUCAACAAACUAACAAGAUCUAAAAAUAAGAAAACACUGAGUACAAUCUACCCAAUGUGGCUAAACACAGGAUCAGGAAGUCUGUGAGUAAAUGAUGUCAAAUACUCACAAAAAUGGACACUAUCUGUCUGUCCUUUGUGCUGGUUUUCAUACCAGUAGUAGGGCACUAUUGCAUUGUAGCAGUGACCUUUAUUGGAGAUGCAGCCCCCAGCUAUUGUUGGGUGGGUGUGCUACAGCAAAGACACAACAUAUAACCAGCAGUUUAAGCCUACAAUAACUAGAACUAUGAAUAAUUUGUUUGAUUGACCAUUUUAGUGAAUAAACCUGAAGUCGAUGUUCGUCCUUAGACAGCCCCAAAAGCCCUCUCAUUUUACACUUGAGCUUCAGGGGAGGAUCCACAAUAUUGACCACUUUUACCGCUUAGACAGUGAGGAAUGGUGUCAACUUACUCCAAGAUCAAUCUAAACUCAUGUUAGUGUGAGAGAUGCAACCUUCUAGUAAGUUCUGUCUUCUCACAGACAGAAACCUGAUUGAAUUAGUGCCCAUGAAAGGCAUGGUUGACGAUCUGAGAAGCAGUUGAAAAAAACUGAGCCGUUGAGGCAGAUUUGAAAAAGCGUCCCACCCCCCACACACAAACCUCUCCCCUCUGUGCUCUACGAUAACUCCCACCCGAACCUGUAUCGCCCUCCCCACGACACACCCCCUCUGGCAAAGCAAGAAGCCGGCAGGCAGAAGAUCCUACGCUAGCUUCAAAUAGGAUUCACCAUGUCGGAUUGCUUGUGACUAGCAGCAGUAAACGCCAGCUCUGCUAGCGAGCACCGUCUGCAGCUGCCUGGACAGCUACCGUGUUGACAUUGCAGAGACUAGUAAGAGUUAAUUAUGUAACGUGUGCCACGAUAAACAUGUGCCUCUGCCCUUUCUUCUGUCGGCUUGCAUUUUCUUCCCACUUUUGGCGGUGGGGCAAGCAGAAGUGUUUUUUUGCGUCCUUCUCCAUAAAAGCUCCUGUAGCUAAGCUGCUACGCUACUUUCAGUUGCUCAGAGCUCAGAGGAAGGCCGGGACAGUGAGAGGGGACGAGAUGGAUCUAUAGGAGAGGGGUGUGUCGGAUACAACGAGCUGAUUGGAUGAAGAGGCGGAGCAGGAGAUUGACCAAUAGGAGCUGUCCGGGACGGUUGGCUCCCAUUGGUCAAUGUUUUUGCUGCCCUGCAGCUGCUUGGGUGAACAGAUUUUUUCCAUUUUUUUUUCUCUUCACUUUGUGGAGAUCGGACUAUAGGACCAUGAUCGCCAUAUAAACAAGGUUCAUUAUAAUUACCAAUCUCUCCAAUCGUCAACCAUGCCUUUAAAAUUAACAAGCAUACCCCGUAGGAAAACUGAAAGAGGCCUUACUUUUUUGGCUUUUUGCGUAAAAAUAAAAUAUGGACAUCCAAAAUGUCACAGAAUUAUAUAAUUUUGGUAUUUUUCAGAUAGUCUCUGAACCCCUGCAGAACAAGAGGCUGAGACGGAAAGCAUGCCACUGAAAGACAGUCAGACUUUAAAGAGGAAAACAAUGUUUAAAACAUGAUGGAUGGUUUGUUGCAUGUAUCGGUUUUAGCAACAUCACAGUGUCCUCGUAACUCAGCACAGAUCUGAUCUGUUUUCAUCUCUUCAGUAGUUUGACUUGAAAACACAUGAUUCAUGUACAUCAUGAUUUAUUCAUCAAAUCUGUUUCUCGGGCCCUCUGGAUUUUGCUUUAAUCAAUACCCCAACAUUUCCAACACAGCCAGAUAUGCUUUUUCAUUCCUAGACUUUACUCUCUGAUUUUUGAAGCAGAUAUUAAGUAAAAAAAAAAAAAAAAAGAAGUUAGCAGAAAUUUUGUUUGUUUCACUCUCUCGUAGCAGCUUACUUUUGUUACUGGAUGCAGAGAACAAGACGAUGAAGACUCAGAGACACGAUUAGUGACCUUAAUGCUCUACAUGUUGGCCUGUGAUGUGAAUCCUAACACAGGGUAAUGCACUGAGUCACAUAGAGCCAUAUGGAGGACUGAAAGAGAUCCCAGAUGGGGCAAAGCAACAGCUUACAACAUCAGGCCACAGCUGCUGGAGUGAGGUUGUAUAACUACCGAUUAAAAUGCAUCAUCUUUAUACCAUCAUUUGCAUUAAUCAAAUUUUUAAUAGCAACAUUUUCCGUCAGAGCUAGAAAUCCUCCUCAGUUUAAUCAAUUCAGCACCUUUAUAUUAUCUUCUCUUUGCUUUCGUUUCUCAUAUUUUUGUUCAUCUCAGUGAUGUAAAAAUUGCUCUGAGUUGUGUCACUGAAACGGUGUCUGGUCUUCAUACUCAGUUAAGGAGGCUUAUACAUACAUGCAGAUGAUGCGAAGGCUUUGAAGACACCGAUCUCCUCUGUAAUGGGUGCGCCCCUUAUAUUUUCUUAAGUAUGAAGAUUUGUCAGUCUUGAUUAAGUGCAGCCAACUGCAGGAGUUUAUCCCCGAAAGGCUUGUCAACAGCUCUUGACAUGAAUCCUGCAGCUAUCUCUCCUCCCUCUAUCCCUGUACCCUCUGCUUCUUCCUUUUUCCUCCUCCUCCUCAUCCACAAGCUCUGAGUUUUAGUCAAAGGGUCUUAGAUAUUUUGUAUGUUGCUUUUUUUCUUUGCAUAUUUUCGACCUUAUUUUGCACACAUGAUGACACAGUCUGAGCGUGAAAACCUCAGAAAGUAAGCUGUUUUAACUGUGCUGACAGUUGACAAUAUGAAGUCUUUAUUUCAAGGUUUAGAAAGAUUUUUUCUUUGAUGGAGUGACUCAGACAUGUUGGCAAUAACGGCAGAGUAAGAGAGAGGCAUUUUGUGUCAUUUAAGCCUGAAUAAAUGGAUGUGUUUGCCUCAGGUGUAGUAACAAUGAGGUUAGACUGAGAGAGACAAGAAACAGCCAUCAAGACUGUGAAUAUGAGCCUUUCAAGAGCUCUGUAUCUGGUGCUCUAUUUCUGUGUAAUGUUCUGUCUUUUAUCUGGACCUUGAGUCCAAAAUCAAGUUUGACUAGAAUUGAAUAUAAAACUAGACUUUUUAGCCUUGCAACACAGUUUUUCUACAAGCAUCAGACCUGAAAUGCCAGAAACUGUCAAAAACCUUUCAAGAGUUGAAACCUUGUUGACCUUCGCUGUGCAAUUCUCGUCAGCAGUCCUCCAGCGUGUUAGGAAGAGCUUCAAUUUUAGAAACAAACUUAUCUUCAAAAGGAAUGCUGCUGCAGAUAACAGAGUUUAAAUCCAUGCCUGUUACAGUAAGUUCAUGAAAAGAUACAGAGCUUCUUCAAAACAUGCCAGUUACAUUAUCAGUAACAAGCAUAGAGAGCCCUCAGGGUUUGUAAAGUAGAGCAUGUUUGUCUCGUGGAGUUCACAUGCAUCAUGUUUCACCUCUAACAGAGUCCAAAAAAGACACAUGAGGCUUAGGGAAAGGAGCCAGCAGACCGCAUGUUAGUGUGGAUACGCUCUUCAUUGACUCUAAUUCAAAAUGACAAAAACACGUCUUGUCUUUUUUUAAAAAUUCAGCUCCAGUCUUGAAAGGAGAAUCAUGUCAUCACUUUCUUUCUGUGCCGCAACCGAAAGUGAAACAAAAAGGCUUGUUUCAUGUUGAAAUACGAGUGAAAUUCAUCUGCAUUCACAACAGUGAUGUCUGCACACAUGAGUACAGCUGUUUACUGAACUGUGUUUCAGUUCAAGCUGAGUUGUAUAAUCAGGCAGCUGAUAACGACACUGUGAAGUGAGAAUGAUAGAAGCCAGGCAACCAGGAAUAAAACAAGUGAUCCUGUUGGCAGCCUUAGAAAACAAACGAUAGAGAAGUGUUUACUGUUGCCUGAUGUUACUGAAUUUAGUCUAAAACAGAGGGAAAAUGUCAGACUUAGUGGUUCUCAAUCCAGACCUCGAGCCCCCGCUGUCUAGCAUGUUCAAAUGAUCAGCUCGUUAUCAAGCCAUUACAGAACUUGAUAACGAGCGGAUCAUUUGAAUCAGGUGUGGUGGAACAGGGAAACAUCCAAAACAUGCAGGACAGGGGGGGCUCGAGGACUGGAUUGAGAACCACUGGACUUGGACAAAGACCGUUUGAAUUUGCCUUCUCACAUGUGCAUCCAAGUAAAUUUGAAACCUAUAAUUCUGCGGUGAAACACUAAACUUUAGGAUAAAACCGUAAAUUAGGGCCUGUGUCCACCAAUAGCUUUAUGCCAUUUACUUGUGCCAGCAGUGCCCAUGCCCCUAAUUUCAGGGCCUACUGUUGCUAGAUUACUUAAGUUUAACUCCUUUGUGUCUGGGAACCAUUAAUGUGUUUUAAAAUUCUCAUUAAGCAUCACAUUAAUAUUUUUAUAAUGGAAUUUUACUAAGAGUGUGUAAAAAUAAUCAAAAGAAAUCAUGUCGUGUUGUACUAGCAGCGAGUGGGAUUAACUUCUCCUCUGUAGGACCUUCACCUUUGUUGAUGAGAGUUGAUACCAGAAGUCCCACCCCUUCUUGAUUUUGAUUGGUCUGUGAUAUGAGAGACAUCAUACGGACAUUUUUGCACACUGAGCUCUGAAAGCCUCCCCAGCUCGAUGGUUUUGUAAAGCAAACAGGUGCUGCCAGAGGGGAAAAAUGUUUGUGUACACAGGUCCUAAAUAUGCUUCAACACUUGCUGUUGUUUUUGAACACUUGCAGUGUGUUUCAGACGGAUGCAUGGUUAGUUGGUAACGCAAAAUAAUGGGCUAUGACUAUUUAAAGCAGCCAAAGCUAUCAAGUCUGUUUUUUUAUUAUCAAAGUAUCUCUCUUCUUCAUUUUCCAAUAGUAUUUUUUUGUCUAAAUGACGUCAUACUACAUGUAUUUUUUGCAAAACAUUUGAUGAAAAGACUCGUUGCUUCUGUACAAAUCUACUUUCAUUUCAGUCCCACUUGUUUUUAGACAGUAAUUAACUCUGUUAAGUAGUUAACUCUGUCGUUAACAUUUCAGUAUCUGAGACAAACAAUUUACCUUCAGGGGGAUCAUGUGACAGCAAUACGCCUGGGAGAAAAUAUGUUGUGUUGUACACCCUUGUUUACAGGCGGCUAUUUUAUUCCCUGAUAAUUCAGCAGUUUUUUUCGUAUGUGAAAACUAAAUGUUGUAGAAGCUGAAUGCUGAAUGAUUUUCAGUGCAGUCAUGACAUACAUAAAUUGGAGCUGUCUUGUUGCGUAACCAGCUAAUUGAAAAUGAAACAGUGUCACAAAUAAGUAGAGAAAGCAGCUUUGCGAGUCUAGACUAUAGAGCCAAAGUAAGAAAGACGACGUGACUCCAUCUCUUCUUGUUUUAAAAUCAAAAUACUUAAUGGACGCUUAAGUAUUAUGCUGGUCGAGCCAGGGCGGGGGCAGAGGUAAUAUAUUCUGGAUGACUGACUUUAAGACCUGUACUGCAGGCGGCCUCUAGGGGGAGCUCUAGAUGGUCUGCCUUUACUCAGGAUCAAAAUCAAACAUAGUGAUAUUUGGCAGUUAAUAGUGAGUUUACUGUCAAAUUUGCUGAAAAUCAUUGACAAACCACAGAGUCUCUGUCAUAUUAAAGCUCUUGUGUGGAGUUUUUUUAUUGACAUUGAAACAUUGAUGGUGUCUUUUAUGACAAACAACACCCUCAGUGACAACAUUGAUGAUGUUAAUGUAGUUUAAUGCCUGAAAUUGGUGUAAGGGUGUAGGUGUCAGCCAAGUAGCUAAAGAGACAGUCCUGUUUUACAUCAAAUAUUCACUAUAAAUGAUACAUUUGACUGCCAAAAGUCUGUAGGAUAAGACUUUUAAAUAAAGACAAGAAUAUAAAGAAAGACUGCUUUGUCCAGAGGAGGCGCCAGAGUAAACAGAAACCGAAAGUUCCUCACAGGGGCUUUAAGAAAAUCUAGGCGAUGUAAAUAAAAUGCCAUACACUUGGUCCCAGAUUUAACGGCCGCCAUUAGAUUCAGUCACUCCGUCUGUCUCAUCCUAGUUCUCUGCUGCACUAAGAUGCUCAGGCAUUGACCUUCACACUCACUCAUGCUUCUACUGCUAAAUCAGUAGACACACACACACACACACACACACACACACACACACACACACACACACACACACACACACACACACACACACACAGGCUCACUGCAAGAGUCUCCCAUAGUGGAGAUGAGCUGACAUUUAAGCUCAGCUCCUCCCAGAUUCACACAUCUGGAAAGGCUUACGCACCAUUAAAGGCUCCGAUUUAUACACAUGAAUCAUAGUACCACAUUUAGUUUUUUCUUUAGGUUUGUUGUGGUUUUAGGGCACUUUAAUUACACCGUCCCUAAGACCUAAAUUGCAUGUAGUGUGAUAAACUUAGUAAUCUUUCCAAAGGUCCUCUUUCAUCAAACUGGAUCUCAGGAAAUGAAGCUGGCCUUUUGAGCUGCAAAACAAGUCAUCUGUGCUCCCACUGCUAUUCAACCUCAGAUUGUGCCUCACUUAUUAAACUAACAUUACUCUCAUUUUAUAAACCUUACUGUUGUUGUUUAGUAGGGGUGAGAGUUGCACAUGAUCCUCAGAGGAUUUCUCAUGCUGCUGAUCUCUCUAUCUCCCCCCUCCUCCAGGGCGUUCAAUCUGCACAGAUCCAGGUUGCUUGUAAGCUCUUGAGAGGCUGACCCGACCCUGCUGGGCUUACCAGUGUAUGAAACGCUUUAUGCACUACUGUCAGAUAUCUGGACACCGAUGCUCACGCUGCUGAAAGCUUGUGCCUGUGUGUAACAGAGAAACAUGCCAAGACGUUUCCCUUUUGCCGAAAUGCACAUAGCUUUCACCAUUGUCAGAGCUGAAUGACUGAAAUAAGGGAGUCAGAUGUCAUUUAUGAGUAACUGCAGCUUUAGCUCGGCUGUCUUACUUCAUCUCCAGGAAUUAGUCCACCAUUGUGUAGUGAUAGUUCUCCACUGGCAGGACACUGCUUGUUUAUAAUUAAUGAAUCACAGGGUUGUGAACAGAGUGUUGUAAGAGUUACACUUUCUCACACACCAGCACUUUCUCUCUCUCUCUCUCUCUCUCUCUCUUUUCUUAACCGCUAUUUUUUGUUGUUUUCUUGUAUUUUACAAAAACAACAUUGUGGUGAGGAUGAAGGAGCAUUUUCUUGUGGCAUGUUUUUCCUGGAAAAUCCUCAAAAAGCCUGCCUGGUGUAUCUAGUUGAAUAAACACAGUCCAGACUUCUGUUUGGUUUAGAAAGUUUGCAGGCUGCAAAUACUUGUAGGUCCACAGUGAAGAUGCUCUGACACAAAUGAGUCUUUUUAUCUGAUGUUUAUUCAAUAUUUUAAACAAUAGCAAAGACUUUGGUACUCAGAGUGACUUCUCAGAGUCCUUUUUGGUCUGACCUAGACUUCUGUUGCACAUUAGAAGUGUUGGAUGCACUUGUAGUGUUGAUGUACACCACGAUAAAUGUAAAAUCAUGUAUUUAGCUGGUAUGUUGGAGCAGUUUGCAUGAGAAGAGAUGCAGUAAGUGUCAUGUGAGGCUAGUGUAAGCACAGAUUUCAUUUUCAGCCCUCUAGUGGUAGAAUCAUGUAUAGUGAUGGUGAUGAAUCUAAAGGACAGGGGAAGGCCUGAAUCUCACUGUAUUUCUUUUGAUUGGAUGUAAUGCAGUUCAUAUAACUAUACAGUUAAAAUUCUUUUGAAACAAAUGUAAGAACAUACCCUAGUCUAACUGGAUUUGUCUAAAAAGUUGUAAAAAUUUGCUCAUGAUGAUAAAGCUCUACUAGUGCAACAUUAAAAGGAGAGUAACGUUCCAAAACAUCUAACUUUGGUGCUUUGGUAACACUUUACUUGAAGCCUAUUUUUAUAACAUUUUAUAAAUAUAUGUAUAAUGCAUUAUAAUCACGUUAUAAUCAUGUUAUAAUCACAUUAUAGCUUAUAAACUUGUAUAACUAUCAUUAUAAACACUCAUAAAUGAUCACAAUGCUUUGUAGCAAUAAUCACAACACAUUAUAAAGCAUUUUAUCAUGACUUACAAGGUCAGGUCUUAUAAUGUGUUAUGCUUAUUGUUAUAAAGCCCUUUAAUAGUUAAUGAGUGUUUAAAAUGAUAAUUAUACAAGUUUAAAGCAAAUUAUAACACAUCAUAAAUAUAUGUGUAAUGCAUUAUCUAUGUGGGCAUUGUCAGUGAGUUGUUAACAGUUAUAACACAUUAUCAUACCUGACCUUGUAAGUCAUGAUAAAAUGCUUUAUAAUGUGUUAUGAUUAUUGCUUUAAAGCACUAUGAUCAUUUAUGAGUGUUAAUAACUCAAGUUAUACAGUGCUAUAACGUGAUUGUAACACAUAAUACAUAUAUUAAUAAUGCAUUAUACAGAUAGGCGUCAAGUUAAGUUUUACCGGUGCUUUUAUUUUGCAGCUCACCCAGUGUUUUUUCUCUCCAGGUUUAGAUAAAUGAAAUAUAAUGAUGUGUCUAGGGUAAAACUUUAUAUCAUGGAAAACUGUAUCAGACUUGUGGGUAAAACACACAAAGGUUUAAGUCAUUAUGUUUAAUCAACAUCAGCUCUAGUCCUGCUGCUGUUACACAUAAACUCUACCAUACACUCGGGUUAGUCAGCAGCACACAGAGCAACAGUCAUGGAUAUUUCAGGAUACAAACCAGUUUCACAUGAUUCCCAGAGUCUUGACCCUGGAAAAGGUGAAAAGGUGACAACAAACUAGAGGACUGACGGCUACAAACAGGUGGAGAAGCCCUGUUUGAAGUGUGUUUGCCUGGGGCUGUAUCGCCCUCCAUUCCCACCCAUAUAUCUGCAUGUAGUGGCAGACAGAAGGUUGUCUUAUCUAAAUCAAAGCUGUGCUGCAGGAGCUGGUUCCCUCAAUCUGAUAUUCUCAUUACUGUCAAGAAGUUGGUAAAAAUGUUCGGGUUUGUGGUGGUUUGAUUUAGUCACAGCAGCAGAAGGACAGACUGCAACGAGGGGGGUCAUUAGUUUCCUAAGGUGGUAAAUCUCUGUUGUAGUGGAAUAUUGAAGCAUCUUAAACAAGCGCAAAUCAAAGAAAAGACAGCAAAACUAAUGGGAAUUACUGUAGUUGUUCUAUGGACACAUGUUUGUUAUGGAAAAAAAAACAGCACAAGCCCAUUUCUGCAGAAGUUUCACAGUCUGAUUGACAUGCUGGAUGUAAACAACCAUAUGUGCAGCAGGGACUCAUUUGCUUGAUACCCAUAGGACAUGUCUUUGUUGGUGGAUCAGUCCCCAAACCUGCAGCUGUGACUACUCGCCUUUUCUGUAAAACUCUCUUCUAACCAUUGCUACACCGUGGCUGCACUACUUUCUUAUAAUGAAAGCUCUAGAUGUGCCUGUUAGAGAGGCUUAUCCAGUACCUAAUAUCAGCUUAGGUGAUAAAUUGGUAGAGUGUGGCAUCGGUUUACCUACUUCAUAUUAUUUCCAACCCCCCUAAAAAGCAGUUAAAAUUGUAAAUGCAUGAGUAAUGCACUGUUCACUUAAUCGCCUCAGUUUGGCUCAGUGAUAUUACUUUUGAAAAAUUGUCCUUCAACACUUGCUGUCUUGAAUUUCAUCAAAAUUGUGCAAAGCUUCACAAGCCGCCCUCAACAACAUGUUUCACAUAAAGAAAAGCCCAUGAGAAAAUGUGCAAUGAAUACAAAAUAGACACAUAUGAAACAAAAGCAGACAAGAGUUAUAUUCAGGCCAUACCAGCCUCAUCCAUAACUCAUUCCACCUCAAGUCAAGCAUUAUGUAAAACAUUUCAUGGCAAUCCAUCCGGUAGCUGUUGAGGUUUUUCCUCUGAAGCCACAAAUGUGAACCUCAUGCAUGUAUGGAGGAAAGGUCAAGGGAUGAAGUCAGCCAUAUUGAGCUUCAUCUGCUGUGGGCUGAACCAAAUUUCAUGGCAGUCCAUCCGACUCUUGUUGAGAUAUUUCAGUCUGGAACACAGCUGUGGACCCACCAACUAAGUUUUUAUUUAUAUGAGUACAGUAUUGAUGUAUACAGUGAUUGUGUGGUUGGUGGGAUAUUGGCUUUAUCUUCAUUUACUGAUCUCUCGCUAUCGUGCCAUAGAACAAUGAGAAAUCAACAAAAGUCUGCUCUCAAAGACGUGCAGUUUACCGUGUUAACAUAGGGGGCACUGUCCUCUGAUGCCAAACUCAGUUUUAGGUUGUGGUUCAUUAAUGUAGGGAAUCUGUAAAAACAUAUGGGGUGGGUACCUCAUGAUUGAUCACCAUUUGACAUGUUGCUGUUUGAUGUUACCUGAGCCAUGUGCACAAGUCUGGCUUUUUGAAUUCCACGUGUGCAUGUGGACAGGAAGGAAAUUCUCAGUCUAGAGCAGGACUUUUGCAUGAAAAUAUUAAUAAAGAUAAGGUAAAUAACAUCAGUCAAGUGAGAUUGGUGAGUUGGGUAACACGUCAUAAGAGUCUUCUGAAGAAAAAACUCUUUCUCUCUGUUCUUGGCCUGCUUCACAUAUAAAUCUAGCACAGCCUGACACAUGCCUCCACCUAUCAAGUCAUUUGCUGAUUCUCUUUCAACCGUGGCUCUGAUUCAUUGAAUUUUCACUGUAAAUUUUGGCUCUUUAGACAAAAUGAUACAUCAAGCAAAGCAUUUGCCUUGAGGUGUUUCUGUCAGCUAAAAUCACUUUGAAUGUUUUACAAAUUUGCCGUUUUAUCUUGAGUUUUGCUGUCUUUGGAAACUUAACCUGAAACUCACAAAAUUCUCACUCAGUUCUUGGAAGGAAAUCCUUUAUCCUUUCAUGUCAGUGUUUGUUCUUGAUAUAGUCUCGGUGUGAGGUUAUGGUAUUCGAGGCUGUUUAAUCUGAAAACUGUCUCUUCAAAAUAUUUUAAUCUGUCUUCAGAUUACUGUUUGUAAAAUGGAACAGAAAUGUCAGACUAUUCCUGAAAGAGCUCGCUGGGCAAUGUUUGUUUUUUGCUGCUCCUAAAGAGCCAAAAGAAACAUAUGCAUGAUAUCUGUAAGUUCAACACAGUGCAGAUUUGUUCUGUCAUGAUCUGGGACUGUUUGCAGGUUUCUGACUUUCCAUGGGGCAGAGGGAGGGAGGGAGUGACCUUGUGCUGCAGCUGUUGGUUUAAAAUUGGCAGCAUCUGGCUGUGCUGAGGACUGAGGUGUGGCUUCGGGGACUCGGUUCACUGACGGGGGAAAAACUUUGUCAACAGGUCAGGCCAAGUUAGCAAGAGGACAAGCUCAUAAAAGGUCAUAAAUAUCGCAGAAAAUUUGUAAGGGUCUAGUGGAUGUCAGAGUAUUUCACACCAGGAAAACUUUGAGCUAAUGUCUAGGAGAUGCCUUUUACAGUUAGUGCUUUUUGGCCUGUUGGCACAUCCAGCCAACUUUUUGGAAACAUUGAUUUUCAGCAGAGACUUGACACUUGCUUAUACAUCGAACACUCAGUCCUCUCGCUCUAAAGUUUUCAGCACUUAUUGAUGUAUGAGCAGCAGCCAGGGACUGUUCUGAAAAACUCUACAACAAUUUCAAGGAAGCUGUUUGGUAACUGUCUUUGAUUUGUGAUGCCAUACUUCAUGAUGGUGAUGCUCCUCGGUGAAAAAACUUUAAAAUAUUUAUUGUCAGAGGCACACAGUGUCCUCGAGCCUCGACACAAGUUUCCAUUUUUAAAGUCAGUUUCCAAGAACUGGAUUUACAAACUUUUAAAAAGUUUAUUCUACCUAAUAAAGAGCAAUGUUUUAAAGCAUUGUAGAUGUCACUGAUACAUAGAAUUAAUAACUAAGGACCCAACACUGACCCCUGAGGAACACCACAACCAAUAUGCAAACAUGAAAUGCAAUUUGCAACAAUCUACCAACAUCACAAACUGUUUCCUGUUACUUAAAAUCAGUGUUAAGACAAUUUUAGAUUUCUUGUAAGAUCUGUUUCUAAGUAAAUUGUAUUUCUUGAAAAUGGUUCUUAAAAACACGCAAAAAGUAGCUAAAUUCAUAGUUUUGAUAUUAUUGAUUUUCAGUUUUUUCAUGGAUGGAAAUAUUAUCAGUCUGAUUGUUUUAAUAUCUUUAAUGUUUUUAUGGAAACUUAGAUAUAUUUGUCUUUUCUAUGUUUGGCCCAUGAUUAAAAAAAUCAUUCUGGAAGACCUUGAACCCAUCACCGGCUGGAAUAGUCCUUUGUAAGCAUUGGAAAUGUGCCAGUCCUAUUGUCCUCACCUCUCCAGCUCUGGUGGAUUUCUUGUCAUUCAUAUGAAUGACUUAGGAAGGAAGGAAUUAGUUAUCAGGUCCUACCAUUAAUAUGAAAAUAGCCUUGAACAUAGCCGUGAUCCAUCUGGUCCACAGAGAGGGAGAUUCUGGCUCCAUUAUAGAACCUCAGAUGAGACCUGUCAGUGUUUAUGUGGUGCACUCAGAUCCACUAAUGAAGCUGUUUGACUUUUGUGUGAUGUUCUGUAUCCGGAUAUAUGGUUAGAAAAUUUGGGUGACUCUUGUUAAGAAAGAGCUCGGAGCACUUGACACAUGUCACAUCAGGCCUAAUAAAUCAGCUCCUCAUUAAAGCAGCCACUGUGUAAGACUGCAGAGGCAGAAUAAUAGCAGAUGGAGGCAGCUCAGUCUCACUUUAAUGAUCCCAACAUGUUAAUGUCAAGUGUGAUAAGGCUAUCAUCGCUGACCCAGAAAAAUAACAUUUAUUUAUUUAUUUUUUGUCUUCCCAGAAACCGACAGUAAACAGCAGAUGCAUUUUAUAAAUAUUUUUUAUAGUUUAUUUAACAGGGACGAUGCAGAUUACAUAGUACAAUCCCUGCCUGUACAAAGAAGCUGAAGUAACUCAUGUUUCACUCAGAGAGAUUAAAGCUAUUGCUAGUUUCCAAAAUUUAUCUGUAUUUAACUCUCAUUUAAUCUAAGGAGAACAAAGGCAUCAAUAUAACAUGCACACAAAAUCAAUUGUUUUGUCACCUCCUCAGAUUAGGGCUGUCCCGUUGUCAGAUUUUACCUCACAGUAAUCAAGGCCAUAAAAUAUCCGGAAAACAGUAUAAGUGCGCCUUAAUGAAAAACUUGAAAUUCUAAGUAUUAUUGAGAAAAGGCAUGGAAGGGACAAACAAUACACUAUGAAUAUUAUAAAUCCAUAAAUUUGACUAAUAAACAAAGUUAUUCUACACGCCAUCAUCCAUUUCCAAUUAUGUUUGAAUUAGAGAAAACAUUGCCUCAUUAAAUGAUCUUUUGGCAUGCUUUCCUUUUGAUAGUUUUUCCUAUAUUUUAAAACUAUGCUUUUAUUUUGAAGUAUAAGCUACUUCUGGUAAAUCUUAAGUUACCUAACUUGAUAGAAACAGUUAAAAGAAUGGUCAGAAAGUAUGGGGACCACAACUUUGAACUCAUGAUAUUACUGAUUGUAUAUUUGUUGGACUUUAUCAAUAUUUUGUUUUAAUAAGUUGAACUGUUCACCUUGUAUAUGCAGGUUAUGCAUUGGAUUUUGAUUAGAUUUGAAGUGCAUUAUAAGUACUAAAUAGAAUAGAAUAGACUAGAAUAUUCCUUUAUUGAUCUCCCAUGGGGGGAAAUUUUUUUGUCACAGCAGCAUCACAGACAAAGAGUGCAAAAGGGCAGUUAUAAUAAUAAAGAUCCUAAUAUUAAGAACUUAAAUAAAUUUAAUAAUUAAGAAAAAAUGUAGAAAAAGGAAAAAGGGAGAAAAAAAAAACUAUCUACAAUAUACACAAUUUACACAUACAUAAAAAAGUGGUGGUGUGUGUCCAGUUAUUAUUACAGUUCGUUGUAAAGUCUUAUUGCAGAGGGGAGGAACGAACCCAAAUAGUAUUUUUUUAAUGGAAACUCUGAGCAAACAUCUCAGCUUUACUUUGAAUGGUUCAUAUGGUGACACUAAACUAAAAGCUUUGGUGAAAGCACCUUGAAAUCUUUUUGAAGGCAUUCCUUUUACAACCGCUGCUUGACACCACCAACCUCCAUGAACCAGCCGACUGCAGCUCCAUCCCUCACUUUAUUUGAAAGGCCUCAUAUCUGUACUUUCUCCCUCACCUGUUGGUUUCCUCCUUUCAUACUUCCAUCUUAAAAGUCACCCAGCCACCUCUCCAUUCAGUUCUGCCCUGCUGUGAGAGGGCGUGUGAUUUUUUUUCCCCUGUUGCUAAGGUCAAAUAUCUGAUUGUCUGAUAGAAAGUAGUUGAACACAUCACACACAUAUUCACCUGUAUUCUGCAGCAUUUUGAGGCAGAGAUGAGUCAUCGCUGUGGUUUAAUGAAUGGUUAAGUUUAGUGUCAUUAUCGGGCACUAUGAUCUGAAAAAGCUGGAGCAGUUUGUGUCCCUCAAAAUGUCCUUUUAAAAGACACAGUGGACAGUUUUGAGGAAGUAUGGUAAUAUAACCAGAUAUUACCCCUUCCAUUGUGCUUCUGGUUGGAUGCAGAUCUAAUAUUGUUCGUUUAUUUUGAAGCCUGUCCAUUUUUGCAUGUUUUUGUACAAACAAAGCACUGACAAAAAGACACAAACUCCUCUGUUCCUCAGACCAUCUGUUUCUUUUUCACCAGUGGGGAUACUUAGUGGAUUUUCCCACUGAAUCAAUGUUGUUGCAACACUGAAAGCCAGAAGCAGUGAAUGACACCCUGAGUUUGGAAAGUAGCGUCUCAGAGGAGAAAUUCACAUGCUGUGAAAAUCUAAGUAAUUGACCCUGUUCCAUGAGUCUGCAUUCACUUUGAGGUCGUAACUGCUUCUCUUUUGUUUCUUCAUCUCAUCCUGUCUGUUUUCUUUAAAAGAGCCCUUCUAUACUAAACCUUUUAUUAUGACAAUCUAAGACGCCUACAGAGAGGCCUAGCAUGAUUUGCAGCCCUAAAGCUUCUUUUACUCCAGCUUGGGGGUGUUACUUUCACACAGCUGUGUUGUCACAAAACAACAUGAAAGUUAUGCCUUUACAGAAAACACCUGAGGCUAGCUGUUAUCACUCACAUGAGCAUACUUUAGGUAUUAUUGCAUUAGUUGCUGUUAUGAUGUUACAUACAAUUGUAGUUCUCAUAGUCAUAGAUGGUCUUUAUAGAUGGACCACCCCCAGAUUUCAGGAACCAAUUAGAUGCAUUAGAUACUAGUUUGUACCGGACACAAUUUUUUUUUGUGGGAUGGUAGGGGAGGGUCCCACUCUCCUUUGCCUCUGAUUGGCUAGAAGUGCUGGCCUCCGAUUGGUUUUUCCUAACGGCUGUGAAACGUCAUCGUCUGUCGGGUUAGGAUUAUGAUGAGGGUUAGGGUUCGGAGAUUCAGAAGUGCGAUAAUGUUCUGUAAUGUUCUGUUCGAUGUACAGAGCCGACAGCCCGUGUUUGACUUGAGCGUGUGAUGACGUUUCCAGCUUUUCUAGCCAAUCAGAGGCGAAGGGGGCGGGACUUUCCUUUACCAUCCUACAGAAAAAAAAUAUCUCGUACCAGACUGUUUCAUGGAAUGAGAAUGUCAAGAAAUGUUUAAAAAUGUUUAAGAUAGUUGUAUUGGUCUCAUGACAAACCUCCCAUGAAAUGUUUAACCAAACCCAAUGAGCAUUUUUUGGUCUUAAAAGAGGUCUAAUAGACGUCUAGAUGUAGGCUAGACGACUGGUCUAAAAAUGGAAGUUUUUUAGACGUCUAAAUCUAGACCAAGUUUAGACCAAGUCUAAAUCUGGGCUAUAUCUAUACUACACUAUAUUUUGCUCAACGGCUAUCAUAAUCAUUUUGGUUAAGUAUUUGGAGAUCAGUUUUGCAACUCACAGUUGCUUUUUGAAACAAAUAGUUAUCGAAUAAUAGAUUCAAGUGCUACGUCUAAAUUCUGUCUAAAAAUAUAAAGAAUUUAAAUGGUUGAAAUUAGGUCCAAUAAAAACUAGAAGUCUAAUAGCCGUCUAUUGCUCAGUGGGAAUCACUGCUGCACACACAAACAUUAUUAUCUGAUAAAUUUUUAAAGUAGAAAGACACUAAUCUACAUAAAUGUCAUUUUUAUCCAAGCCUUCAUUUGUUUUUGUGUUUAAAAAAUGCCAUAGAGAAAGUAUUAUGGUCUUGUUAGGGCACUGUUAUUGUAUGCUGAGACUCUGCUGGCAUUUUAUCCCUUUUUAUAUGCAUACGCAUGAGCAUAUUCGGUCUCCUUUAAGAACAGGUCUUGUGUGUUUGCUGCUAUGUGCUGCAGAGGGUGAUGAGGUUUUUAGAAAGUGUCGACUGAUGUGCACCUUUAAAGGUUUGCAGCAUCCCAAACACAACAUCCAAGGCCUCUUUUUUUCUAAUCUUAUCUCAGCUGUUGAGCCCCAGCUGUCACUCCGCCGUGCGUUAUCUCCGCUCUCAGACACUUUUUGAUAAAGCCUGAGACGUGAGCUCUGCUUUAAGUGACUCAUUUCAUGUCUGUCUGAAACUCCACUUUCUUUUGAACACUGUAAUUCUUUGCAGCGUAGCUUCACUUCCAGGAUUUUUUUUUUUUUUUCAAAUAUUAGCUAAAUCCUCUGACAAACAUGCUCGGCUUGCUUUUUUUGAGAAAGUUCCACCUCUCAGCACAAAUUCUAGAUCCACUGAGUAACUGACUGAAGAAAUUCACAUGACAGAUUAAUUUAAUGAACGCCUUCUUGGAGUCUCUUGUCCUGAACUGCCUUGUAUAUCUCAUGGCGUCACUGUAAAAGCAGCUAUUCUUGCAGAAGUGGGUGUACCAGAUAUGAUUAUUAGUACAUGUUUCACACAGCCAGAUAAGUCAGGUUUAUUUAUAGGUCAUUGGAUGUCCCGUCUUCUAGUCGGUUUGUGCGCCAGAUCAACUCCUUCAAUUACAACCCUCAAGGUACAAAUUAGUGGUUAUUACACUCGCUGGGAAGACCUCCCCUUUUCCACUCCUUCAUCCAAACACAGCAAACUCAAGCCUAAUGUGCUAGCUGCUCCUCUCGUGUUGUAUUUUGAGUUUCAUCAUGUCAGCCAGCUGGUGAUGACACUCUAUCCUCCGCAGUUUUGAUGUGUUCCAGUCUGCCGCUGUAGCCGAGGGACCCAAGUAAGAAAGGAGGCAGGAUGGGGACGUGUAUCUCAUCUCCGUCUCAUUGCCCCUGGUCAUCAGCUUCUGUGAAAGCGGGGGCUUUAAUCACAGCGGGGCCCUUUGUGUGUGACGGCCAGGCAAGCAUUGACAUUUAACAGAAGCAGCCAGUUAGAACUGAUGGCAUGCUCACGUAGCGACUGAAGCAGGGAGGAUUCAGCCCGCUUGGAGCUCCAGUGUUUUUACACAUGUCACCCAUGGGAGGAAAACAGAUACAAUAGACACAUUAAAAUAGCUGCUUUGUGUGCAUUUUUUUAAAAAACAUGGCACAAAGAAGUUUUUCCUUUUCUUUAUAAAUGAACCCAGGGGGAUAAGAAUAGAGAUCCUGCCAUCAGAAGUGUGUUGAGUUUGGUGUUCCAGUGUUUGACAGGAAUAGCUGUGUGUGUGUGUGUGUUUAGUCUGUGUUCAUUUUUAGGCAGAAUUUAUAAGAGGUAUCUGUUUUUUUGGAAGGGUGCCCACAUCAAUCAAUAUCCAUCCCUUGAGCUUUCACUUUUCCCUUUAGCUUUUAUAAUCAACCUUUUUUUCCUCCAUAUCUCCUUUUUUUUCUCCCUCCAUACUUAGUCCCACUCAGCUGUUAGCACAGAGCAGAGGGAGCGGUAGGCCUGGGUUCCUCUGGUUAUAUUUAGCAGUGAACAGAUGCAGCGCGCUGGAGCGGAACACACCGCCUCUGCUCGCCUUGUGUGUGUGCGCGUAUAUGUGUGUGAAUGCGUGUGUGUGUCUUUGUCUGUGACUCUUUCUUCAUAUCACUUUUCCCAUCAUGCACUGCUGGCUCUGACUCAGCAGCACAGCCCCAGAGAACUGGGUCAGAACUGGCCCUCCUGCCUCCUGACAUAAACCAUCCAAACAUCACUGCAUGUCUGGGAGUUAAAACUAGAGAGCUGUUUAUCCAAGUGUCUGAGCCUGUUUUUAUCUUCAUUUGAAAUAAUUAAUUAAGUCCAAAUCUUCUCUGAAUAAUAACUUAAAAUUUUGUGAUAAUUCCAGUGUACUGUGCCCAUACUGAUGAACUGUGUCCCACAAUAUGAACUCUGCGAGAGAUAAAAUCUAAAACGAGAGCUACAUACAAGCCCUUGAAUGCACCACUCUUUAAAAGGAACAUGACCUUUCUAGCUGACUGUGAUUAAAUAUAAACCAACAGGAAAUUAUUAGACUAACCAAACCUUAAACUUUUAUAAGAACCAGAACCAAAAUUAUACUGGUGACUUCACUGAAUGAGUGGGGGAGUGCGGCUCUGCGGUUUAUUUUUUGGGUGUUAUUAGGUAGGAAAGAGGAAGACUGACUAUAAAUGUGUGGGACUGAGCGGUGUAAAUGUAAGAAAGGUACCCUCAGAAAUAGCCAAAAUUGAGCAGUUGACACAACACUUUUGCAAAACUGGUUUUCCAAGUGUGGCUUACGACUGAAAGCACCACCAGUCUUCAGUCCACCUGCCUGUGCUGGUUACACAUUGCUCCAGUCGAAUGAUUGUAUGCCAGUUUAACUUGACACCCUCCACCUAUCAUAAGACAACAUCUGUCAUCUAUGUUUGUUUACAUCCAGAUAGAAGAAUAUUGUAGCUUUACAGCAGUGGUCACCCAGGCUGAUGGUGUCAGGAGGCUACACCACAGCUCAGUCACAACCAUAGACUGUAUAUACUAUGGACAACUUGGUUCCUCCAGUAUAUGGAUUUGAAGCCGAAAAGCUCUCGGUAAUUCCGUGUUUUUUCUCCAUUUCCUGAAACCAACAUUGCGCAGUAGCUUUGUACGCAUUCGGCAGAAGAGUCGCAGAGAGUUGCUAUGAUGACGCUUGGCUCAAACGGCGUAUUCCCUGGAUGAGGUACGCAAUCCUUGUACACACAUAGGCUGUAUCAGGUGUCAAUCAUAGAAAACAUGAACCCCCGAAUAACUUUUAAAAACGGAGCUGUACAGAAAAAAGAGGACUUGAGCACAAAUCAGUCUUACAAUAACUACAUGUCAACAUCACAAGCAGGGAGGAAAAAAAAUGUGUUCUGUGUAGUAAAUUUCUAAAAUUUGUCCACAGCCCCAUAAACUUUGCUGGCGAAGGCAGGAUUUAUGACCUAUACUGCAGCCAGCCACCAGAGGGUGCUGUUGUCGGAGUGGCUUCACCCAGCAAAGAGGCAGACUCUGUUCAUUCUAUAUACAGUCUAUGGUCACAACAUAUGACCUGCAUUUCUCCUCCAAUAAUAAAAUCUUCAUUAUUUGUUUAUCAGGCAAUUAAUCCAUGGUGCUGAUUAGCAAGGGUGAGGAUGAGUGUAAAUGUGCACACCUCAACUGGAGAGUGGCAGUAGAUGUGUUGCAACGGGUCAAGGCUUGGAGUCAAACCGGCAACUGUUAAAAGAAAAAGCUUCAAAGCAAGAUAAACUACAUCGGGGUUAUCUCAAAACCAGAAAAAACAUACUUACUCCUUCAAAAUUCUGUUGUACACUCCGAGAUAAGGCUCAAGGAUUUAUCUGCCUUUUUGGUGAUACUUUGGUGAAACACAUGGCUCCUGUCGGGCCUCAAAACAGGCCCACUGAACAUGGCUUUACACCAGGAAUGACAUGAAAGCAGCGCUGGGUGGAGCUGGUUAUUGAAGUAUUUAUAGAAGUGGGAGGCAGAUGACUAGUCUUGAGUUUUAUGGCGUUCCCUCUAUGAUUGUUGUUUUUUCCUCUCAACCCUCACUGGACUGAUUGUAGGGCUUAUAUGAAAUAAGACGGCGGCUGUAAGAAGGUAAAAGAAUCUUAAACACUGCUUCUAUAUUUGCCGUUUGUGUUUGUGUGUAAAAAGAGGCGAGAAAGUGAGUCUAAUUGACAUUUGAAGAACACAAGUGUGUCCCGCCAGUGAGUACCAUUAAUAUUCUGUCUUCUGUAUCAGCCGUCAUGACCUCUCAGACAGGAUAAUGGCGGUGUAAUAGCUGAAGAUUGCAGCUAAGUUAUGACUCCACAGAGAGAAGAGUAUAAGCCAUCACUGAGAGGAGGAUUGGAUUAGUUUUGUCUGCUGUAUCCCUUCUUGUGCUCACCUCUCUCUCUGACAGCCCCCCUCCUCAUAGCAAUGGAUAAUGCAGAGUUAAAUGCUCUCAUCUGUAACUGGAGAGUCCUCUGUUGACUGACGGGAUGUCCUGACUCCGAGACCCACAGGAAGCUGCUGAAACAAUGGAAUUUACUGUUUAAGAACGAGCAUUUCCAGUUCCUUCUCUGUGGCCAUUAUUUGGAAUCAGACUGAGGAAAUACAACAUUAUUUGUCCUCUGGAGGAAAUGCCAGCUCUUUGUGCUCAGUUUGAGUUUGGGGUUAAAGGCCUUAGAUGGCUCCAGAGGUUGUGUGAGAUGAUAACAAAGAGGAAAAUGUAAAGAUAAAAAAUGUGAAUAAUCAGAAAAAGAAACUGUGACAGCCUAGUUGAUUUUGUUCAGUUUGUUGCUAGUCUUGUAGCAGCAGACCAAGUCUACUGUAAAAGCUGUAGACAGACUGGGGCCACCUUAAUCAAAACGUGAUAACAGACAAGCUUGAGAAACACACAGCUAGCCUGAUUCAUCCUGUAGAUAAACCUCUUAAAAGUAUAAACAUCUGAAAGUAAUGCUGGACACAGAGAAUCCACAAGUGUUGUGUUUAUUUUUUGUAUAAAUUAAUCAAAUAAAAUACAGGCUGCUGCUUUAAAUCUAACUAACACCACUAAGUCACAAGGCAACAAAAUCUUUCAAGUCCAUUAAAUAACAGGCUAAACUUUGCAGCUAGUUGAGAUUCCAUAUGAGUAGUGAAUGAACAAAUUGUUUUUCGUACUCUUGUGGAUGAAAAAAAAAAAAAGAGAAUAGUGGUACUGCUCUUGAGCUGCAGGUUAGCUAGCUUGUCAGAAUGAGUGGGAACAGGAGGAGACAGCUUGUCUCGCCCUUUUACUCUUUGACAUUUAAUACAAAGACACAGCAUCACUUGCUGGACUAUAAGUUGACAUCGCUGCCACAUGGGUUGGUAUUCAGGAAAGAUGCCUCGCUCAUAUGCGGCUUGGAGCUGUGAAGACUAAAGGUUUUACUGUAGCUCUUGUUUUGUACUGAACAUUUUUACACAUAGUACAGAGACACAUGCAUCCUGAUUUGUUAAAGGACCAUAGCAGUGUUAAUGUGACUCAUCACUUAUAGCACAGCCAACCUCUACAUGUUAAAUCUUGAAUCUUUUUGUAUUUGUUUAAUUGGUCCAAAUGUCUGAAGCAUUAAGUCCUCAUAUCAAACAAAUGUAGAAAACUGGUAAUGCAAAUUUAUAACUGCAACAUAUUUUACCCACAUAAAAUUUCAUUUUGUACAAUAAGAUCAAUCAACAAUGCACCUUCCUAGCUUCAUAUCCAACACUCGGAUGGUGUCACUUAAGGACAAUGAUCACUGCAGGGGAUCGAGCCCUGGAGGGUGGCUUGUCUUUCACCAUGAUCCUCUCUAUCAUCACUACAGGUGGUGUUUUAAUAAGAUAGAGACCAAUGUAUGUGUGUCUCUGUGUGUGCGUGUUCCAAUUACUGCAGGGUUGUCAGUUCACUACAAGCUUACAGAGCUUUCUAACUCUGAGUCGACUCCUGCUGCACUCACUCGUGACUCUUUUAUGACAUCUUUGUGACUUUUUCCUCCUCCUCACUGACAGCUUAUGUCUGGGAAUUGGAGGAGUAAUAACAUUCUUAUAACUUUGCUUUAGUCUUGCUAUAUUGAAUUUGUGUUUCACAAGCAGUACUCAAUUACAACCCAAUUGAUGAGUAUUGUCUUAAUGGCGUUUUUCAAGAGUGAGGCUUUGAUUUAAGGUUUUUAAUAUGUGGUAGUGUGUGAUGAGUCACACUCAUUUAUACAAAGCAGUGUUGAAGAAAAAAAUCUACCGUGCUUGAAGCCUUUAAGUAAAUUAUGUUAGGUUAUUUUGACAUAAUUAGCCAUUAAUAAUCAUCAAAAUGACAUGAAAAUGGUACAGAAAGUAGAUUUGGAGAAAACUGAGAUGAUUGCACUCACUAUGAGAUAGCUAGAUGUCUUAUGAUUUGCUAUGUUAUUCACAUUUAUCAUGCAUUUUGCUUGAAAAAUCAGAAUCUGAAAAGUAAUUCUAGCUGAAAAGUGUUGUAUUAUUUGAGGUGGUUGAAUAGAUCCUUCUGACAGUGUAUUGAAGCAAGAGGAUAGAGCAAAGUUAUGUGAUAAAAACUCAUCAAAAUAAAACUGCAUUGGAGUUAAAUAUUAGAUAUUAACCUCCUUUCUACCACCGUUUGUUCCUUAUGUAGUUUUCCAGUAAGGAGCUGAUAUUUCAGGCUCUUUUAAAUCCUUAAAUUAAUUCAAACUGCAGCCACAGGAGAUUAAAAACCACAUCUUUGAAGUCACAUUAGGUCUUUUUUUUAACUUCAGUCUCACAGGAUUAAGAUCUACCACUGGGGGGCAGCAGCCCAUAAUGACCACACAUGGUUCAUCUCAUUCACUGGCCGUCUCAUGGUUGCUGUGGUAACGGGGUCUGUGUGAAGCAGACUGUCAGUGGUGGUGCUCAGAGACACAGAGGGCAGUAUUGAGCUGGAAGACGGGAUAUGAAUCCUAAUCAGCAGCUGAGCAGAUCUCCAACAAACACAUCAACACAUUUCCUUAAAUUAAUGUACAUAAAUAAUCAAAUACAUGCAAACCACCACGGCUGCUGUUUGGGUGUCUGAUACUCUGCUUCGAAACCACAGGGCAUAAUUGACAGGUAGUAACAGUGGCUCGUUGUGAUGACAGCUGUUAUGUGCUACUAUAGGUUGCAGCUGCUUGGUAGUCCUCUGCUGAUGUUUUAAGCAGCUACUGCCAUAUGUCCUAGAUCCUUUGCUAUCUGGCCUGCAUGUUUCAAUGCAUACUGUACAUUGUCUUGUAUUACAGCAUUCGAACCUUACUUCAUGUACAUCAUGCAAAAUGCACAUCCCCAGCUCCUUGAGUCAGCUUGUCCAAUUAAAAUAAUAAAGAAAAUUUGAUUUGCAUGUGUUAAUUCAUGUUUUCAUGCUCACAGAAAUAAACAUGAGGGACGUGUGAAUCACUAUCUCCUUAAAUUUUCAUCAGCACACAUACCCACCCCUACCCCAAUCCCCAAAAUCAGACAGGGAUGCAUAACUAGAUUUAAGGUUAUGUAAUGCUGACUGGAGGCAUGGAGGAUGUGUGUAAUCCACUCUUAUUUGGGUUAAACCCGUCUCUCUGUCUCACUCUUUCACUCCAUGUCUCUCUGUAUGAGGACAAGAGCCUCACAUCCUCACACAUCUUGCCUCGGCCUCCAUCCAUGGUUGGGUAGCACAGGGCUGAUCUCUGUCACACACAGUAUUUUACAAGCCGGAUCCACAAACAUCUCCUCUCCAAGGAAAUGUCUCUCAGCGUGCCAGGGUCUCUGGUGUCUGAGAUUCUCCCCUGAUGGGAUGAUUUCAUUGUUAUGAGUAUGAAGAAUAUCCUCUUCAAGCCGUACGCAAAUGAUCCGUCUUAUCAUGGAGAAACAGACUCAUUGUCAGUUAUUUUCACAGGCAGAUAGAAUAAAAUAGCAGUUUUAGGGCUGCAGUUAAUGCCUGCUUUCUUGAUUUAUUCAUCUCUUAGUCUCUAAAAUUUCAGAAAAAACAGCCACUCAUUAUAUAGUCCUCCACAGCCCAAGGUAAAUUAUUCACAUAAAUAUUAAAUCUGUCCAAGGUUCUACUGUUCUGGAAAUAUGAGAUAACCAAAAAUAUUCCCUGUGAUUUGCAAAGAAAACACUAAUAAAUGUCAUAUAACUCUUGCUGUGGACUGAUUUCUUAUUGAUUGCCUCAUUGAAUGAUUGCUUUACUCAAAUCUUAAGCAUCCAAACACUAUUUUCACUCUGUGGAUAGCACUAUUAAUGUUUUUGAUGGAUGGUCCACCAUUUUGGCUGCCACAAAAUACUCCAUUUCCUCGAUGACUUAUGAUAUUUAUAAUCCUGAGGGCACUUAUCAAGUAAUGUUAUGAAACAUUUGUUCAUCCAUUGUUGCACUACUGGAUGACCGAGAACCAUGACCUUCUUCAGAAGUUUAACUCUGACAACCAUCAAGUGUAGAGAGCACUCAGAAAACAGUCUUAUUAUUGACCAUCUAUUUAGAUGGCUAAACAUGAGACCACAGAUUGAAAUGUGUAACAGUGCAGUGUCAUGAGAUCCUAUCUGUGAUCUGUGCUUAUUUACAUCCAGGUAGUUUCUAUUCUAUUCUGUUAAUUUGUUUAGCACAGAUUAAAAACUGUGCAAGGAGGGAACGAAGCCAAUAGGGUUAUAGAGUUCCACUCCCAUCAGGGCAGUGAAGGCAUAGGGUGCAAACAACAAAGUAACUAGGACAUAGACAGGUUAUAAAUAUACAAUGAGUAGGGAAAGAUCAAAAUAGAUAUAAACUGUCAUAAAUAGAACAUAGACUAAUCAUCAACCAGAGAUAGAGAAGAUAUAAGUAUACAUAAAAAGAUAAUGACGUGUUUAAGACAUGAUUAGAUGAGAUUUCAAUGAUAUUUUAAAGGAUUUGAAGGAUAAUAUUGAUUUUAGAGAUGUGUCCAGAGAAUUCCAUAGUUUCGGUCCUCUAAAAGUGAUAUUAGACUGAUGACAAAAAGUUCGACAGCAUUGCAGAGUUAUGGCAGCAGCAACUGACCAGGUAACACACCAUAUAACUGUGAUUUUACGCCUACUAUUAUAAUGAUAUUAGUAAUUCCUCAAACGCACUAGCAAGGCUGCUGUUGGCAAGUCUGAGUGACAAUAUUAGACUGUUAAAACUGACUCAACUUUACCUUUAUGACCUUUAGUAUGCUAGUGCUUUGAUGCUGGGAUUGGCACUUUCUUUCUGUUACAUCAAAACGACUGUGAAUUAUUUCUUAUACUUAUGGUCAUUUCUCUACACAUUGUUUUAAUUGUAACCACUGGUAACUAAAGGGCCACCACACUGACAUUCAUGAUACUCAUGUGAGCGAGCUGUCACAUCGUCACACUCUGAUUCAGACAGUUUCUGAUGUUUUUAACUCCCUCCACUUACUACAAAUGUUGAAUUAAUUUGCGCAUCUAUUGUGACGAUGUUAGCACAGAGAAAGGCCGUACUACUCACGAGACAGAGGCAGCUGUAAAAUAGCACAGUGUAUAAGAAUGCAAGCACAUUCUCAGUCACAAUAUGCCGUGUCUUAUUGUAUACAAUACAAGGAUCUCCAUUCAGUACACACAGUGAAUUGAACAAUUCACCAUGGGUAUUGUCCAAAAUCUGUGGAGCGCUGAAGCUGUGGAGCUGAGAUGAUAUCUCCUAUUCUCCCACCACAUCUGGUUGUUUUUGUUGGAUUUUGAAGCAUUUUUCUUCUUUUUGCAUGCUGCUGGGAAAACACUGUAAUUGGGUCAAGGAAAGACCUCCAUUGUUCAAUUCAAAAAUCUCAACAACAACUCAGUGUUUUAAAAGACCUUAACGUUACAGUGGAUUGAAAAUAGAUAGGGGGUUCACAGUUUCUCUUUUCCCUGAAAUGAGAAGUAUCAAACUGUGACAAAACCAGAAUGUGUAAAACCACGAAUUUGCUCCUGGUCUGGUCUACAGAGGAAAUGGUUUUACCAAGCAAAUAAAUCUCCAUAUGGCUUCCACUUUUCAGUUAGCAGAAUGCUUCACCUACAGCGUUAUAACAUCUGCUUAUUUGUUUGACGAAUGCUAGCAUUAAGGAUUUAAAAAAAUGUCAGCAGAAUCUGAGUAAACAGCGAAUGAACUGAACACACAGGCCACAGUGUUGUGAUUGUAAUCUCUGAUGCAUGCAGCGUUAAUCCUCAUAAAUAUUGAAUAUUUGAUGACUUUCUCAUUGAUGGAGCAUGACACCUGGGCGGCCCGCCCUCUGCGAGCUGUACGUACCCAUGGGAGGGGGUUGUUUCCUGACGGCGGUUCCUAUCUGAGCCAGCAAAACUGACAUGGUUCUCAAUGCAAACACUGAUGUAUGUGAGCAUAUUUUAUUCUGAUAAGAUGACGUUGAAAUAAAUCAAAUAAACAAAGACGCACAGAGCAGAGGAUGCAACAACUGUGAGAAUGCUUAUUACGUAUGUAUGUUUGUGUGUGUGUGUGUGUGUGUGUGUGUGUGUGUGUGCUGUGGUAUCUGUUUUUCCUUUUACAAUCUGACUGCUGCUCGCCUAGCAGGGACUGUAAUGAUGGUCGUCAGCACUGGAUGGUUGCUAGGUAACAAUUACCUGACUGUGCUUUGCUUGCACUGAAUUACACAGUGGGCUGUGUGCAUGUGUGUGUGUAUAUGUGUGUGUAGAGGAACGGAAAAAUACAGCAAAGUAGACUACAAACCAGUGUCUUCAUUCUGUGUGGAGAAUGGCCUGUACUGUAAUCAGAACCAAUGCUUUUUUUUUUCUAUCUGCUUAUCUGCGUGUCAAGAUUUAAGCCUCAGAGUGUGAGAAUUAUGAUAAUAAGAUCCUCGAUUGUUGUAAUUACUGUGUGACAAAUGUUUCAUAAGAAGGGUUUGGUGUUUUAUUGCUCCUCUGCUUUAUUUUAGACUUAUUAAUAUUUUAUUAUCAUCUUCAUAAAACGGCGUGCCUGCGUGUUGUUGUCUCCUGGGAUUCAGUGCUUCAUGUUAUCAGUGCUACAUGCUUCAGUAUUUAUAGUAUUGUCCCUGGGGGGAGGAGGUGGAUGUGAAGCAGAGGCUGACAGAUGAUGAUGUCACCACAGGGCCACACCUCAGGGCAGAUGACUGAUACGCUGCUGCUGCUUUAAGACCGUUUUUACUUUCUCAGCUGCUGCGCUGAUACUUCUUGUCUGUCCUUGUCCCUGAGAGUCUCAGCAGCAUUUCUCAUCAGCGCUUCCUUCCUUCCUACAUCCUGUCUUGUUGGUGGGACUUUUACUCCAAAAAACCUUCAGCACAGCCUUGGCUUUCACCUUUCAGGCACAGCUGGACAUGUGGGAGAAAAAGCUGACUCCCUUUUUUUGUGCAGAAGGAUGAGAUUGGUUAAGAGAUAUAAAGCUAAAGCUUGCAACCUCUAAGCUUAGCAAAGCACAGACGUUACAUGAGGUCGAAUGCUAUAAUGCUUCAAUGCAAGGUGUAAACAAGCGCAAAUGACAGAUUCAAUCUUGAGGAGCAGAGUGGAUUGAUGGUAUUUAAUGUAGAUAAAAUGGACAUAAACACACACCCACAGGCAUAUGGACAUUAACCUGCAUGUAGGACCAAUAACUCAAAUGUUAGCCUUCUCUGCUGCCGCCCCCACCCUCUGGAAUUCACUCCCCAAACCAAUUGGAGACUGCACAGACCCCCAUACUUUCAAAUCACUCCACCCUGUGAACUGUUCUUUUGUUGUCUUUUCAUAUUGAGUCUUUUUAACUAUUCUACACUGUUGGUCUUAUUACUCAAAAUUUUCUGUAUUAUAGAUUGUUUUUUUUUUUUUGUAAAGCGUCUUUGAGCGCCUGUAAAAGCACGUUAUUACUAAAAUUUUGUAUUAUUAUUAUGUUAGCUACACUCUGCAAACCAUUUUGACAUUGUUUGCAGAGGAGGUAUUAUGCAAUUUUACCUGACUCUUUUUGUACCCUUUUAAUAGCUUUACAUGAUUGUCAGAUUUAAAAAAAGCCUUUAGUUUCUCAUACUGGUGUACAAUUAUUUUAGCUUCCAUCUGAAACGCUUAGUUUUAGCUGCUGUCACUUUAAGAAUAAAUCUUAGAAAUGAACCACUUUCUGUUAUAGUUUUUCCAUACCCUUAAGCUCCUGUGAGGAACUUUCUGUCUGUGUUGAUUUUGGCGCCCCCUGUGGACAAAGUUGUAACCAUUGCAUGGAUGCUGGCUUCAUCUUGUCCUUGUGAAAGUGGGGAAGAAAUCUACUCCUGUUGUCUUAUAUCACUCCCUUUUUUUGUUGUUGUUGGAAAAUGAACAAAAGCAGUUUCUUCUGCGUACCUACCCUCACAAUAGUUUGUGAGAUAUGGUCAGUCUUGUCUUUGAGGGUCUGGUUUGCUGUUAUAUUAUAGUGACACAUCAAUGUUUGUUUUAGUCUGAUUCAUAACCUUUAAAAAAACUUCUCACAAGAGCUUUAAGACGAGUCAAGUACUCAGAAUCUACAUCCCUGUUCUAACAACAAGGAAGUUAUUUGUUCUACACAUCCCUUUUUUCUCUACUCGUUCAUUAGCUUAUAAGUUGGUCUUCACAAAAGUGCACGGUUGUAGCUGAUGUCUGUUUGGCUGGGAAGAAUUGGUGAACUCACUGUCAUCAUACAGAGGCUAAAAGUACUUUAACUGCGAUUUCAUUGCAGUUUAACCAUUGUAAAAUUCCCAUUAGCAUCAUAGCAGGCCCAGUCAGCGCACUGACCCUGCCACCUCAGAGCACUGAGCCAGGAGAAUCUCCUCAGCUGUAGUCAGGGGCCAACAGGAGGCCAUGGCACCUCCCCCAAGAGCUGCUUGCCAGCUCUCCCAGACAUGGAUGAUAUAUUUGGAGAUCAUUAAAUGCUCCUAAAUGAGACCCUGGUGUGAGAGCGAGCUCUGACCAUCUGGCCCCAUUGUGAGUGCCGGGGCUCCGUUCAAACCCAGCCAGCAGCAUCAGCACCUCUGAUUGGGUGGAUGAUGAGCAAGCGUGGGCAUCUCAAGCCAAUCAGAGAUUCUUUAAAUCAUUUACCUAAGCCUGCUUCCAUAUCAGUGUUUUUCUCUUACUUUAAUGCCCUGUUGCUCUCUGCCAUGCAAUAUUGUAUAGACAUUCAUUAUCCCAAGAAGAUAACAAAAACUUAUUUAAUCUCCAGACUCUGCCUCUAGAAUCUGGAGAUUAUAUUCUAAAAAGUCUCAAUGGAUGAUGGAUAAUUUAAUUUUGACUGACUGUCAUAGUGUCCAGAUGAUGCACCCUCAUGAUUUCGGCAAUGUACAGACUUAUCUUCCUUUUCCAAUAAUGUUGGAAUCUACUUUACUGUAUUUUGUUAACCACAGCUAAUAUCAGCCACCAAAUCUUCUCACCUGUUUUGUGUUGUUUUAUAAGCUUUGUUAGUAUUCUUAACCAAAGCCAGCUUUUCUCACCAGAAAGAGGAGGAAUUAUGCUGUUUCAUGUCUUAAAAGCAAAUUUUAAGCUAAAAUGCCGGGUGCCAGUACUGCACUUUGGCAAAGUUUCAGAUUGUAAGUUAAGUGUGUGUUGGUGUGACCCUAGGAUGUGGCUGCAGGCUGCCCUGAGCAGCUUGUUCAAGACUGGACACAAGACUUGACCAAUUCAUAACAUCACUGAUUUAAUUGUAAUUUGUCAUUUCGAAUAAGCUAAAUAAGCUUUAUAAGCUUUCUUCAAUAUUAACUAAUAGAUGUAUUGCUGCUUUGGUUGGUCAAUGACACAGAAAUCAACAUAAAAUGAAAAUUACUCAGCUUUAAAUAGUUUUUAUUGUAACAUAGUUUAACAUGGUUAAACCUCCCUGAGGACCACAGUUUUUUGUGUUGUCUGAAGAAGAUAAACAAGGCUUGUCUUGUGCCCUUUUUAGUAUCCAGGAGUGUUUCAACUCUGGAAAUGUCACUGCCUUUCAUGACCUUACCUUUGGUGAAAUGACAGCAUGUAAACAGCAAAGAGAAAAGCGGGUUAUUUACGUCCUCUCUUGUUUAUUUGAGUUGUUUUUGUGUGUCUUCUGUUUCCAGGUCACAAGCUCAACAAGGACCUGAAGCACUACCUGAGCCUGAGGUUUCAAAAGUCUUCUCCUGACCAUGAGCUGCAGAAGAUUAUCCGAGCCAACCUGUAUCGCCACGCUGUGCCUUGUGAGUAAAGACAAUUGGAAGUAAAUGAUGUGAUGGUGGAUACUGAAAUCAGACAGGAGACGUGGUCUUUAACCAGUCUAUUGUAUCAGCACUUCAUCUUUACCCUAAUGACCCACUUUCUUUUGGCAUCUUCCUCAUUUGUUUCAUCUCUCAUUAAUCUCAUUCUCCCCUCUCAGCCACCCAUUAAAUAUUCUACUCUUUAUUUCCCCACAUCAUUCAAAAAAAAUCCUCCUCAGCUUUGCUUCUAGUAAACGAAAUGAAUAAAAAAAAUAUGUUUCCUUGAGUCUUUGACCGUAGUUUUCGUUACAUAUUACUGUCCAUUGCAGGCAUGCAUGUUGUGACAGAGCCAGAGCUCCAUUUUUGCAGACAACUAUACAAAAGUGCAGCUUGAGCCAAACACUGCACACUGUGCCAGAGUCCACAGCUGGGCUCUGUUACGUCACAAACAGUUUGAUGUGCGAUUGGGGGACACAGUCCAGCUCAUUUUGCUACUGUACUCAUGUCACAAUGUGGUUCUUAAAAACAUUUAGCUUCAGUUGUGAUGACUAAAAAGCUAGAGGCGUAACUGGCACUGUGGAUCUAUCAUGGAUACUAUUAGACAAAAAGUGUGUGUGUGUGUGUGUUUGUGUGUUUCCCACCCUGUGGAAUAGCUCUCUAUUAUCACACGUAUGCCUCAACAUGAUUAAAUCAACCAAGAAAGGGAUCAUCGUUUCCUGUAAACUACACUUCCUCUGAUUUGACUGUGUAUGUUUUCGUUAGCAUGCAUUUGCAUUGCAGAGCUUCCCAGUAAAAUACCACUUCUAAACUAGACUCAUGUAUUUUUUUCUCUACCUUCUAUCUCUCUUUUUUCUCUCUAUCUCUAGCUGUCUGUCCUUCUCUUGCGCUCAGCCAUGUGACCGGUAAAUCCGGCUCUCUGAGCCUCCCCUGGUGCCCUGACUGGGAUUAUGAUGUUCUGAUAUAUUGAAAAUAGAUUCCUGCCUGAUUAUGUGAUGAACAUGUAUGGCUCUUACAAUGAAUGCAGGGCUAUGGGAAGGCCUUGGCACACAGGGGACAUGAAUUGGCCUUAACAUUGCUUAAAAUAACAAUGAUACAUUAAAAUGAUAGAUUUACAGCAAUGCAGUUCAAGGGUUCACUGGAUGAGUAAAGGCGCUUUUCUUACUUUUCACUAAUUCUUUCUCCUCCUGACUCAAAUACAGGAUAACUUAACCACAGAAGCCCCUGAACUCUGAACUCUUGCAGUUUAAUAGAGAGCAUUUCUCAAUAUAGACUUAUAAAAUCUGUAUUAUAUUGGGUGUUUUCAGCUCCCUGAGUUAAAACAUCUGUAAAAUAAGUGAAAAAUCUUGCACAUGUGGCUUUUAUUCAAGGCAAAUCUCCUAGAAAGGUUCCUUACUUACGGUUCAAAACUACACUCAACCCAGAACCUUUACUGAGAGGUCAAAAGAAGAAAUUGCUUGAAUAUGAAGUGUUGUGAACCACAUUCGGGAUUCUGUUAGUUAAGUUAUUGUCUCAGUUUUAAGGCUGUGUCUCCAUCAUCUCUGUAACACUGCACUCAGAUCAGAUUUGUUUCUCAAAUAAGAUUUUUGAGUUGGACUCUUCCUUCUGUUUUGUCUCAUUUGCAUUCUUAGACAAACUCAGUCCAACUUGAUGUGUUGCACUGACAUCAACGUAGGGGCCAGGGGCUACAUGUGUUUUUAAUGUGGUUUUCCAUCGUGGAAAUAAGAGAAAUGAAGCCCAUCAGAACAUUCGUACUGUAUAGUCCCAGUCACUGAUGUCUGUCUGCAGAAAAAUUCAGUGAGCUGCCUGCACUUUGUUCUGCACUGUCAUCACUCCAGAUCUGGCAUCUGUGAUGUGAACCACAUUACCAGUAAUGCUAAAAAUAUGUUGAACUCCAGUUUGGGUCAAAGUGAAAAAUGAUCUGGAAGUCUAAACAUGAUCUUAUCUAUUUUAUAUGUGAAAUACAAAAUUUUACAAGCUGACCUGCUCACAGCAACAAUGCACAACUUCUUCAUUAUAUUUAUUAAAAUGCAGCACUGUUUGCUAUCUUAAGACCUCUCAAUAUGCAAGUCUAUACCUUGGUAACAAAUCUCCCUCAUCUCUUUAACUUUGUACUUGGAAUUGGCAACAGCCCAAUGAACCUCAGGGACUUCACAUACACAAAGACAUGCACACACAGUGCCGAUCUGCCCUGCUGGCUCUGACGUUUCAUCGUGAUAGCUCUCUGGUAUCUGCAUUGAAGAUGGGACACUGAAUGGGUUGUGAUAGUUGAGUCUUGUUCCAGAAAUGAAAUGAGAAAAGUUAGCUGUUAGCGUGCCAACUUUAGUGAAAUAAGCAAAACUAGAGCAGGGCUGGACACUAACUUUGUCCACAAGGGGCACAUGUGCUCCUAAGUUGAAAAAGUAAGGAGCACAAAGAACUUUGGGGGCACAAGGAAAAUUGAUUAGAUAAUGUUGUCUUAUUGGUCGACAUAAGUACUUUUAUUUGAAAUCAAUUUUAGGUCUUUUGGUCACAUGACAUGGAAGCUAUUGAAAGAAAACAGACUUUUUUGAGAACAUCAACUGGUAAUUUAUUGACGGUCCCUUAUUCAACUACCGACGUUGACAAGCGAAGGUGCCGAGUAGAUUUAACCACGCUGCUGUUGCUAUUCCUGGUUGUGGAGAGUGAGAAGACAUCGGUAGAUCCGCAGUGAAUGUGUGUUGAAUAUCCAACCUAAAACUAACUUAACCGCGGUAUUUACAUGAAUGAAAACAUUUGUUGCCAUGGCUAAUUUUUUUAUGCGCACAUGUACCCCUAAAUACAUUUUACAAAUCGCACAUGUCUAUUUUUAGUCGCAAAUGCGAGUGAAACAGUCGCACUGUCGAGCCCUGUAGGGUGACCAUAUGUCCUCUUUUACCUGGACUUGUCCUCUUUUUGAGGGCUGUCCGACUUUGUCCGGGGGAGUUUAUAAAAUCCUUCAAAUGUCUGGGGUUUUGUAUGGAAGUUUCGAGUUUGUGUCGUGUGGACUUACUGACUUCGGAACGAAUAAAAAACACUUAUUCCGACCUGAAAAACUCAAAAUAACACGCCCGACUCUGUGACUCAGCCCCUGUGUAGUCAUGUUGUCUUUUUGGGGAUUCAGAAUACAGUCACCCUAGCAAAACAGUAUAGUGUAUAGUGCAGUUUGAGAAGGUUUCAGUUUUAACACCACAAAUAUUUUCUGUCACAGUGAGUUAGUCAUUUGUAUUAGCUUCGUGAACAUGUAUUUGGGACAAAGGGGUAUUCCUGUUGGCUUCCUAGCCGCCGUUAGCUUGCAUGCUAUGUGAGUCCAUUUAGCUUUCUGUAGAGCUGUCCCCAAGGAGGAGUGAGCGUAAUCAGCAGCAUGUGAGUACACCGAGAAAGACCCCUGCACCCAGUGUCUUUCUCAGAGCACUCAGAGUGUUUUUCAGUGCCCCCAUCCUGUUUGACAAGGUGCUAAUGUUGCUGCUCCAGCCAAUCAAUCAUAAACGACAUGGGAUGGAGCUGGUUACCAUGGUCACCAGGAAAAUAAACGCUUGUCAGGUAACUCAAUGCUGUAAUCGUUACACUGCAAUUCUGUGAAACCGUGAUGUUUUAUCUUAAGGUCAGCAUCCCAACAGGAUCUCAUACUGGCCUGUGGUUUGCGCUAAAAGCAGUGAGAAACACAAAAAAUGACCACUUUUCAGUCAGUUUUAAGUCAAAUUUAAUGUAUAUGACUUUAACUUGUUGAGAACAUAAGCCCUUUAGUUUGUGGUUGUAAGGGCAAAACAGCAAAUGUUAGCACAACAGGAGUUGGCAGUGUUUGUUUGGGACUAUUUUCAGACCCGUGUGCAUGCAAGUAUAAUGCAGCAGAAAGGUGUACGUGGGAUUGACUUAAAAUAAACUAGAGUGCCCACGUUCACGUUGAUACAGAAAAAUGUCAUCCAGGGAAACGUUGCAGAUCACUGAUGUGUUUCAAAGUAGAAAACAAGAAUGGUUUAAAGAACAGAGAAAUAAAGAGUUUGACCAUUUUUGGGUGAUAUUAAGAAUAUGAAAAUAGUAUAACAAAGAUUUACUGUGUCAAUUACUAUGAUUGGCUAAAUUGGCUGAAAACACAAAGCUGGUCAGUUGAAUACUAAAUGUUUACAGUGUCUCCUCCUCUUCUCUCUCUUUCUCUCUCUUUCUCUUUCUGUUUCUUUCUGUCCUCCUCUCUUCCUGUCCCUUCCGCUCUCCUUUUCUUGGUGACCUACUAUCGCCACCGCCUCCUGUUUAUUGUCUCUCUCUUUCUCUCACACUCACACAUGCAAAUAUUUCCUUGGCAUGACAAAGCAGAAUGACAAAAGCAGUCAAAUAAAAGCCACACUUCUGAACCCUCUGUCUCCUUUGUCUGUGUGUCCCCCAUGUCUCCUCCCCCUCUCCCGAGCACAUGUGUUGCUGCCUGUGUUUGACUCGAACAGGUGCCACCACUGGCCGAGGUGUUUUUUUUUUUUUCUUCUUCUUCUCUUUUGGUGAGUGUGUUUAUAGGAGGAACACCCCCCUCCCCUCCCCUCCUCUUCCUCCUCCUCCUCCUCCUCCUCUUUUCUCCCUCAUAGCCCCGCUGCUACAGAUGGCCAUUGUUAUCAUGUGCAGCAAAUGUCACAAUUGAUAGAGAAGUCGUUCUCUCGUGGGAUUCAUUUCCCUCUCACGUCUACAGCUGCUGCUCAGGGAUGAGGGUUAUCUCAGCGUUAUCCCGAGGUUUGAGCCACACAGCGAACCAAUCCUUCCCUCCCCCCACCUGAUCUCACCCUCCCUCCCUCUCUCUCUCUCUCUCCCUCUCUCUCUGCUCUCUUCUCUGUCGUCCUCCCCUCUCUUCACUUCAAAUCCUCCUGUGAGUGUCAGCGUCCCUGUGGCUCGGCGUUGGCUGCUGCCUUCCUCUGUCUCUCUGUGUCACACUCGAGCUGCUCCCGCUGUCUCCCUCCAUCUCUCUCUCUCUCUCUCUCUUUCUCUCACUCACUCACUCUCUCUGUCUCUCUCUCACUCACUCUCUCGCUCUCUCUUUCUCCCUCCCCUUCCUUGCUGUCCUUCACUCCCUCGCUUCCUUGUUUUCCACUCCGCUGCUGAUCUCGGGGAAAUCAUUGUUGGAGACAAAUUUCUCUGUUUGCCGCUCACACAAAGAAAAGGGAUUACGACUUGAUUUGACUGCGCCGGGCUCGCUCUGCAUCCAGGCAAGUGGCAGCUCCUUAUUCUUUCCUUCUUUUUUUCUACCAUCAUCAUCCGCCAUCCCAAGCCUGUGAUGUAUGCAUGGCAGAGAUGUGUGUGUGUGUGUGUGUGUGUGUGUGUGUGUGUGUGUGUGUGUGUGUGUGGUUGAUGCUGUGUAUAUAGGCUAAGGGAAUCAGGGAAGGUGGGGGUAGGGGUGGGAAUUAUGUGAGGGGAAAGAGAGAGGGGCAGGCACACUCGGAGCAGGCACGUCCAACCCAGAGGGACAGAUGGCCGGUAGCCUUGGUGCUUUUUCCUCUUUGGUUUUCUAAUUCACCCUGCAGGCUUUGUGCAAGGCCCGCUAGUACACAGACCUUCUUUUCAAGAGGCAAGAGAUGGCUGCUCUCCUCAGCUAGAAGAGGGAGGGAGAGAUAGAGGGGGUAUCUGUGUGUGAAGAACGGACAGGGUAGAGGAGAGGAAAGGAGAGGAGGAGAUGAAGAAGAAGGAGGAGGAGGAAGAAGAAGGGGGGGUUUGCUGUAGAAGCAGAGCAGUUUUUUUUAAGUGGAGGUUAAGAGAGGAAGAGAAGAAGAGAUGAGGAGUAAAAUGAGGGGGGGGGUCAUCAGCUUCAACUGCAUGGAGGUCAGGUCCAGAUGCUGCUCAAACAAAAGGGGCUUCUCUGGGGGGAAGCGUGGCACUCGCCAUUGUGUGUGUCGCUGCAUUGCAGGGUGCUGCCGGGGAGCCUCAUGCUAAUGACGGCCAUUCAUUCUGGUAACGGAUGAGUGGGCCCCAGCUCCUGUUUGCCUGUUUUUUCACAUACGCACGGUUCAUAUUUUUGUUCCUUUUAGCAAAUAUGUGCAGAGUUAACCUCGAUUCGCUCUGGAAACAGCCAAGGAUGCAGAGGAACGACGGCUUCUGAGCUUCUGUAGGAAGCUGAGCAAAUAUGUGUUUUUGCAUAGUAAUGAUGUGAAGGCAGGUGCAAACUGUGUGUAUGUUUACAUGGACUAUUUGUGUGUCAGGGUUAUGUUUAAUGCAUGUGUCAGUGUAUUCAUUCUUAUACAGAUGCAGGCAUGGUUUAUAGUCAUUAAAAUAAAUCACACUCAGGCCAGAAGGACUGCAGAUCUGUGUUCUUGUGGAUCCAUUAGUGUGAUUGGCAGGUGGGAGGAAAGUGGCACAGGAGGCUGUGGUCUCUGGCGUUGUUUUUGUUAUUGGCAAUCUCUUCGAAGGCCCAUUCCAAAGGCAUCUGAUGGUGAAUUAUCCCAGAAGAAACCAUUACAACAACACAGCCUCUGUUUUUGUUUUUUCACCAGGAGUUUCAAACAAGCUGUACCUGAGAUUGCUUAAAUAAAUCCCAGAAAGACUCCACUGUGAUCAAGAGUAUAAAGCAUCAUCCUCAUGAUGAUAUUAUUGUUUAAAAAUUCCUUACUCGGGUUCCCAUUGCCAAGCCUUUGAAGGUAGCACCCCCUUACUGUGUAGAUAGAUGUAUAGACUGUUGACAAGAUCACGCCAGAGUCUCUCAGGCCAAAAUCUGGAAAUAUUCCCUGAUAAUCGAGCCAAUAUCUUGUCCCAUAACUUCAAAAACCUUGUAAAUCUUCCCAUCUGUUUCUGAUGAAGGAGCUGCAGCCUUACUUGUGCAUCAGUUAUUGCUUUUCGUCGAGUACUGUGAGGAUAAUAACCCUGUCUUUGAGGUCAAGGGGAUGAACUGUGCUAAUUCACAGACUGGACAAAGAUUCUCUGUUGUGAUCACAUCGUCUGUAACCAGACUCAUCUCUGUGUGAGUGUCUUGUGAUGGUUUGGAUGUGGAUCCUCUGUGGCAGCCAGCUAGCCCACAUUACUGUAGCUCCUGAGUGUGUGAAAGCAGCUGAGCAGUAAGAGUGAUGACGCCAGAGUGAAUCUAAAUACAGAUAUAUGCUUUAACUUUCUUCUCUGAACUUUGUGGCCAUGUUGCUGCCCACAGUAUCCGCUGUGUUUAGAUCAUAUUUAUUCUUCUGUGGGUUGGCUCACUCUUGUUAUCCCAGGGGGGUAUGGUGUUUAUUUAUAACAAGACGGUCCAGCUCCAUCCGAGAGGCUCCUUCACCAAUUGAUGUAUAAAGGUUUUCAAAAGACCUUCUUAAAUGUCAAUUUUCUCUUUUUUCUUUUGCACCUGUAUGAACUCGAUCUAUCAACGUUAUUUAUCAUUGGUUCAUUUUACAAAGUCGCUCAAAUAACAUCAUGGAUUGCAUUUCUGUCAAGACAGCAGGGGAUCCGCAUAUUGACAUAAUAUAUGUGAUUCAAAAGGGAGAGUAGAGAAUGAAACAUCUGCAGCAAAGCAGUCAGAGAGUAGGAGCAUCAGGUGGUGUGUGUUGGUAAAGCAGAGGGACAAGGUGAGCAUGGAGAAUGAUCGAUCGUGAAAAUUAGGGGUAGGAUCACUAGUGGCUUACUUUGUGUUGCUGCCUACUUUGGCCACGAUACGAUAUUAUUGAGAUUUUUAACAUUUUUCAAUACAGUGAGGAUUGCGAUAAAAUACAUUGCGAAAUUUAGCAUUUGUCUCUCUUUUUUGUUUGUUUUAUUUUCAUGUAGUAAAUCUUGCAAACCUUAUAUGUAUAUAUUUGUUGUACUAACAUUCUCCCGCUCUGAUGUCACCUCUGCCAACCUCACUGGACAAACAGUUGAUUUUAUUUUUCCAUUAUCAUGGAUUUGACCUCAUAUUAGCAGUUAAUUUAAAAAAUCGAUACUUGGUAAAUGAGACGAUACGAUAUACACACCAGACAAAAUAUCGCAAUACUAUGCUGUAUCGAUUGUUUUCUCCCACCCCUACUGAAAAUGCUGGAUCUGUGUUUCACAUGUUUUCGAAAUAAACACAGUGUGCAAAAACAUUAUUCAAAUUAAUACUUUAUCUUCAUAAACAUUCAUGUUCCCAAUAUUUCUUUAAAUUGUUUUUAAAAACGAUCAUUUAGUCCAUAAUUGUACAGCCCUACCUACUAAUCAAAGUCAUGAUUGCAGAUUUGUAAUGCUACAUAAUAUGCUCAGUGUAAGAGAGGGCAGUACACCAGUUUGAAUAUUCCACACUCAGAAUAGCUCACUAAGUUUCCAGCCCAAAUUUCCAGACUUUAAUUCACGCAUAAUAGAUAAGGGAUCCUUUCAUUAGCCUCAGAGACAUAGUAAAAUGGUCCCUGAAAUUGGUCGGUUAGGAAGCUCCAAGCUGCUCCAUGUUAGCCUUCGUGUCUUUUGGCUCUUCAUAGGAGAGAAAAGUCACUAACCAUGAUCACUAGAGGUUCUAACUUAAGUAGCCAACAGUUAGUGGUAAAGUUCAAUGUUUGCACUCAUGUAGCAUGUUAAUCUAAAACAAGAGAAAAAAACUUACAGAUAAAUAGAUUACUGAUGAAAUAUAUCAGUGUAAAUGUAAAUAAAGAAAAGUUUAAUUUGAUGAAUUUACUCAGAAUUAUCAGUAAGUUUUGGCAGAGGUACACUCAGGACAAUGUGCAUCCAAACAGAAAGCUGCAGUCCUCGCCCCUUAGGGUAGCUCCUGGCUUUCCUGGUUAGGUUGUCAGCUUAUUCGUCCAUAUCCAUGCAAGAACGAUCCCCCACUGCCAGGUGUGAGCUCUCAUUUGGUCCACAAUGAUGCUCUUAAUCUCUGAAUAUGUCCUAUAGGUUCAAUCAAAGCAUUGUAAAUAAAUCACGCCUUUCUUCCUGAUGUCACUCCAUGGAAACUCCUGCUCAUCAUAUUUGAAUCACGACUCUUUCAAAACCUUCUAUCUUCGCUUGUCCUGCUGCCCGCCUUCACCCAGAAUUCACCUCUGGAGAUGGAGUCACGAAAACUGCAUGAAGCUGCCGUUUAUAAGGAGAAGCAUGUGUUAAGUAAUGUCAGAGUUUAUGGGUGAGCUAGCAAGAGGAGAGAAGGAGAAUAAGAGACAGGGGAGAGAGAGGGAGGGGGAAGAAGGCAGUGGGCGGGAGUAUGAUGCAGGGGGGCUGCAGCCAUUGGCCUCAGACAGGAACGGGAGUGUGAAUAGCUCACAAUGGCUUAGCCUCUAAGCUGGACUGGACCUCUAAUUUGCUCUGCUUGUGGAGCUUUGGUGGAAAACGGCAGCUGCCUGCUAGCGGUCUGCCUGAAUGGGCUUCUUGCAAGCUUGGAAGCUAGCACCCGAUCUCACGGCUCCAUGGAUGCUUUAAUGGGAAAGAGGGGGAGCAGAAUUCAGCCUGCUUGGAUUUAUCUUUCCUAACAUUUGUGUGGAAUAAUGUGCAGAGAUAAGAAGAGGGGAAGGCAGCUCCAGCACCUGGACCAGCAGCAUCAGCAGUGGUGACGGUGAAGAGGUAUUUCUGUGACAUUUAGUAUUUCUCUUGGGGAUGAUGCCCCGGCUUCCAGGAUAAGAUUGGGAAGGAUGUGGGUGGGGAGAAUAAUCAGAUACACACACACACACUUACGGAGGCAGAAAUACAGAGGCAGGUGGAUUUUAUUCAGAGAGAGAGAAAGAGAAGAAGAGAAUGUGAUGAUAUAUACCUUUGCAGAUCUGUGGCGUGGAAUUGAUGAGUUGUUAGAUUAAGACUCUUGCCUUAUUUCGCCUUAUUUCUCUUAAAAAAUACAGUAAAAUCUUUUGCUUUAUGUUACAAGAUUUCUUACAGACGCCUCAGAUUGCAUGUGCUUGCUCACCAUUCAUCUCCAGUCCCCCUCCCCUCCCCUUCUCCUCCUUCUCAUUCUUCUCCCCCAUACUGAAAAGGGAGAGCAGGGGGACAGAAGGAGAAUAGCGGCUGGGACUCAGCUGUGAGGACUGUUGUGGCGCGAGCUGAAAGAAUGGCCUGUUGUGUUGUGUAGCAGCAGUAUUGUGUGUCUGGCCUCUCUCUGUCCCUCUUCUCUUUAAUGGGUAACUGCAUCAAACAAUCACAGCCAGGAACCUGGAAUUCUUUGAUAAUCAGUCAGUGGUUAUAGAAAUAACCCAGUGCAUAAUUUCACUAAUUAGUAUGGGGUUUCAGUUGUAGUUGAAAAAAUUACUCCUUAAAUGGUGAGUAGAACUUUUAAAAUGUCCCUGUAAGGUAUUUUUAAGCCAAAAAAUUAAUAUUUAUUUUAUCUUUCUAAAGUUAAGACAAUGUGCACGUAACUUUUUGAAAACUUUUAGUGUAAAUGAUUCAAUCCCCCAAAAUGCAAUAUUUUUGCAUGGCAUAAACCACAGAAAACUGAACGAAAACCAAAGUGUUUAAACAUCAAAUCUUGCUCAAAUUAGAACACACACCUUGACAAAACUGAAUGAUUGUGGUAAAAUUUUCACUAUGUCUUCACAUGUCGAACACUCAACAUAUUCUAGCUCUCUAGCUCAUGUUUCUCGCCCUACAGAUUUACUUGACCAAAAAUCCACUAGGCACUUUGUCUGAUAGUGACUUUUUUUUAACAAGCUUGGAGUUGAACAGGUUUCAUUCUGGGAGUUUAAAAAUCAGCAUUGAAUUAUUCUGCUGAGUCCUUAGCCAACUUCAUGACAGUUAAUUGAACUUCCAACAGCAUGCUGUGAUUUUAGCAGCACCUUAGUCUCUGAUAGGAUCUGGAGUGGAGCUGCAAUUUGCUUAAUCAUUAAUCUAAGGGCCCAUCCUACAAUGGGUCUUUCCCUUUUCCCUCCAUUAAUCAUUAUGGACCAGAAAUCCUUUAGUAGGAGGCUGAGAUCGCUGGUUGAACGAAGCCAAAGUGUCAUACUCACCUUGUUUUAUGGGUCAGCUGAUGCAGUUUGAGGGAACAGGUUCAUCACCUGAAGAUGGAGCGAUAACUGAUCUUUGUUUGGACUAGAUGUCGUGUAAUUCUAUAAUAUUAGCAUCUUCGAACAGGCUUGUAAAGCUGACAACAUAAUGGAUGCAAAUGGACACGCCUUUAUCCAUGGUUUGUGGUUGAGACGCUCCCAUCAUCCGACCAGUGUAUUAAGGGACUACUUGUGUAGAUGAGGCCUCAAAGUGCUGCCUCAAUCAAUGCUGCUCCAGUAAUUGGCUUAGAGGCCCAAGAGAGUUUCCUUCUAACUCCCUGUGUGGCUGUUGGCUUUCUCUGCCCCUCCCCUGCUCUGUCUGCUCAAAGAUAUGCCACAAUUUGCUCUCGCAUCACCUUUCAGCUUCUGUUUUCAAAACACACAUCCCUGCCAACGCUAAGCGUGUGUUUAUCCUGGAAACACACCCCGGUUUAUGCUGCUGCUAAAGCUUACUGUGUUGCAGGAGAGAUAGAUAGAAGAGUAAGGUAUUAUGAAAUUAACAUAAUAAGGAACGAGAAGUUUAUACAGACUUUUUUCUAAGGUUGAUAUUAAAAGACAAUAGAAUCAAUAAAACACAAAAAUCAUGUAUGGUAAAUGGUACACAAUACCACAAGGUUAUGAAAGAAAAUGAUAUUAGAAAGAGAAGGUAUUAUAGUAAUGUACAAUACAAUGGCAGGAUACUGUAUACAUACAAAAUGGUACAAUACCAUGCAAUGCAGGUAAUGCAAUGUCAUGCAGGAUAUGACAGUUUCCGUAGAAUUAUACAAAAUGAUACAAUGAUCAGUGCAUUAUGAUACAAUAACAUAUAAUACCACCUGAUAUAGUGAUACAGUAUAAUGAGAUAGAAACAGUACAGUAAGGGUAAUUAUGGUGUGAUCAAAUUCUAUAUUGUUGAACAGAAUUCAAUAGAGUCCAGAUGACUUGACAAUAUGAUUAAGUCAAGACAAUAUGAUACGAUGCAAUACAAUAGGAUACAAUACGAUUCCAGACAUGGCAUUAUAAGAUCCGAUUCAAAACAAUAUGACAUAAUACUGUAUAAGACAAGCCGACAUGACACGAUACGAUACGAUAGGAUUCAAGAUGAUCAGAUCUGAUCUGACUUUUUGUCCUCACAUGAACUCGAAUGAUACACACAUUUAACUUAGUCUGUGAAAUGAGUUAAAAUACAAACCAAUCACAACAAGCAACAAUCAAAAGAGAAGCAAAGCAGUUCAAACCAACCACAAACCAGCAAAUUACACAUUUUGCACUGAAGCUUAUAAUUAUGUGUUCUGCACACUUAAAAAAAAAACACUGAUUAGGAUUAAAAGAUUUGGACCCUUGAGUAGUAUUUUUUUUUUUUCAGUGUGCUCUAAACAAGUAUAGUCUCGCACAGUUUAGAGUCCCACCAUCAGGCUAAUCUCACGCGAGGUCAGUUGGAAGUUGCCCAGUCUUGUGUGUGUUCUCCCCCACGCCAUGCGUGCACUCACAAACAGCAGGGGUUAAAACAGCAGAUGUUUUGCUGAACUCAUGUGUUUGUGUGUGUGUCUCCACCAGUGUGUGUAUGUCUGUGCUAGACAAUGAGUGGAAGCUCCCCAGACCAUCAACAGCAGGAAGGCGAUUGAGGGUAUCAGAUGUCACCAGAGGGCUGUCAGUGUCCAGCCGCCUUUUGUUCAUACUCUGGAGGAUUUUCUCUGUGUGUGGAUUUGUUUGCUCAUACGUGAUUUUUGGGCUGUGCAAUGUUUCCUUUUGGGAAUUCAAUUUAAAGCACGAAAAUGUAACUUUAAAACUCUUUCUGGUGGAUAUACUGAAGCCGUUUGUUUCCUUGAUGACAGGUGGUCACAGGGGUACUCAGGUUAUCUUAGCCUCAGGUGAACACUGAACCUUGGGUCAAAAUGAAACAAAAAGAGAGAGGCUGCAGAGACUGCUGAGAGAGGUAUCACCCUUAUCCUGACAUCCUGCUCCUCACUUAUUUGUUUGCAGGAGACAGAAGUGAGAUAUAUGAAUCCAAGGUAAGAAGCCUACAGUAGCAGACACAGCUCAAAUGGUGCUCCAUUUAUACUUGAAAGCUCCUGCACAACCUCACUUUUUACAGAAAUAUAAUCCGUUUUUAUUUUUAACUUCUGAAGCAUCCUCCACAUUGCACACGGUAGCGAUGAAGUACUUUCAAGUGACUGUAUUAUGUCAGUUAAGAAUAUAAAGUGAGCGCCAGGUGUAACAAUAGGGUGAAACAAAGUCUGCAGACGUGCAUUGUCUAAUUCAGGGUUAAUCUGUAUAGGCUGGUGUUAAAGAUAGAAACAAAGUCCAGGUUUAGAUCACUGUCUCUGCACGCAGAUUAAGAAGAUACAGGAGUGUGUUGUUUACAAGUGAAUAUGAUGCCAGUAUAAACUUUAUGUUUUCUGUUUGUCAUUGUAAUUCAGAAUAAAUGUGCGAAUUACUCUGACAAAUUCAUCUAAAAGCUGUGAAGACAGCUAUUCUCAACUUUAAUUGCCUAAAUAAUUGUGAUAAUGCAACAUUAUCAAAGGUAAAAGGGUUCGACAUCUUGCAGCUCUGAAUUUUGGAAUAAAAUGAGUCGAAAGUUACAUUAAAUUUAAUAAGAUUAAACACUGAGAGAGUUAGUUUAUCCUGUAAGGCCUCAUCCUCUGAGUACUGUGGUCGACUGACCAGUAUCCACAUGCUACUUGUUGCUAGCAUGGCUAAAAACAAUCUCAUACGUACCAGUUGUCAUGUCUCCUAAACUGUCAUCAUACGUCCCUUCAUGUUAAGGCUAAAACAUUUCCGAUAGUGCCAGAAGAAACUCUCUCGUCCUUUUCUUUUCCUGUAAAGUACAUAGUGUUACAGGCUGAUACCCCGGCAGGCUUGAGCCACUUUUAGACGAUACAAACAUUCACUCAGCCACAUGAAUGAAAUAUUUAGUCGGCCUCCACAGAUAACGGCCUCCAUUCUAAUAUAAAAACUCACACAGCUUGUUUCAGCCCACUGGAAAAAGCUGCAGUGCAACCUUGUGUUAUGCAAAAAUGAUCCUUUUUUUAAGAGCACACUAAAAAGAACAAUGACAGUUUCAACUAAAUAACCCUCAUUAGGUUUUUUUUGCACAUCCUGUGUUGCAGCAUCGCAUUAAAUCUACAUCAGCUCAGCAUUUGUGGGAAAAUUCAAAGUGAUGUGUCGCCUCAUAUGAAGGGAAAUCAGAUUUUUCUUUGGCUGCUGAAGCAGUGAACGUUGAGCUGUGUGCAUUGUAAAAGAUUCAGUAGCCAGAUGGCCUCGGAAUCUGCUUUUCUCUGAAGCUACAUGAGAUAGCCUUGAAAUGUUGUGCCACCAGUACUCAGUCAUUUACAGGAAGAUUAGAAAACAUUGGGAAAUGUAAACGCCUUCAGAAAAACAUCCUAUUUCACUGGCUUUAACAUCUGUGAGGGUAGACUUCAUUUAUAGUGAUGUUUUUGCAGCUCAAUUAACUAAAAACCUCUUCUGUCUCCAUUAUUUGUUGUAAGGCUAACUCCUUCCCACGAGUAACUCUUCUACUGGGAUAGUGUUUCUCAGGUAUGAAGGGUAUCUCGCUGUUUUCAUCCCCUUUUUUAGCCAAAAACUUAAAGACCUACAACUCUGUAUAUUUCUCUGAGGUCUGUGUUUAAUGACUCGGUGCAGUUCAGAUGUUCCUGCAGGUUAUGAUCUGUGUUGAGCAGAAGUGAGAGAGCGGCCCAGUAUUCAGAGGCAAGAUGUGGGUCAUAGAGAGCAGUCCAACAGGCCACUUCAGGGACACGUCCCCUGCUCCGGAGCUUUUUAUGAACUGCCAGCGAGGACAGAAACUGGCUUCCUCAACCUAUUUAUAGUUUUUACUCUGAAUACAGCAUAGACGGUAUAUGUUUACACACUCUUACGCUCCUCUGUAUUUGUGUAUGAUUGUGUAUCUGUGUGAGUCUGUCAGCAUGUUUUCCCACACUAGCAUUCAGGGAUGUGUUUACUGUAAAUUUUUACAGACUGGAACUAAAUCUAGAGCAGAGGGCGGGGUGAUAAGUAAGCAGACAUGCAGUACUAAUAGUUGGAUUUGUACCCAAAGAUUUGAUUCAAUAUAUUAUCCGGACCUCCUUUUGAUGUACGAGGCAAGAAAUAUAAAACAUAUCAGACUACUUUCCCAGCUCUAGAUAAAUCUGAAUUCUAGUCAGUCAUAGUGCUGUGUCGUUUGCGAACGAUUCGUUCAAAAGAACUGAAUCUUUUACGUGAACGUACUGAACAAUCACCUCCUCACCGUUCAGCUGUGUAUCAGUUCAGGAAAUCGGAGUCACAGGCUUUUCCUGCCCAGCACUGAAUGGUUCGGUGAUUCAAUGAACAAAUCUUUUGAACGAAUCUUUUUAGUGAACUGAUUCUAGUGAUUCAGUACAUAUAAAAGAACUGCCGUGCCCAUCACUAGUAGGUCAUGUGUAGAAAGUUUGGUCUUUAUAAAUAAAUCUUUAUUGCCUUUCUUUCACAAAUAACCUUUAGGGCCUGUGUCCACUACUUUAAGCUGACUGUGCAUAUGAAGUCAAUUUCAGAGUGCCUCUCAGACACCUACCAUUGCUUUGUUAUGUAAGUUGCUCCACAGAACCUCUGCUACUUUUAGUUGUAAGAUGUAACAAGUCUGAAUUUAAGAUGCUCUGUAAACAUCGUAUUUGCUAUUAUUUGACAAAGUUUUACAAAAUAACCAUAUUAUAUAGAAAUCCUGUCGUAUUGAUGGCAGCAGCUUUAUACUCUGAAAUUGUUCCAGAAAAUAAGUGAGAUUAAUUCUUCCUCUGUAUAGACCUCCAUACUUGUUGACAAGUUGAUAUCAGAAGUCCCGCCCCUUUUGAUUUUGAUACAGAGGUGACACUGACAAGCAGCAGUGUUAGGAAGUUGAACCUUUUUAGACUGAGAUGUUGUGAACACACCAACAAAAUACAGCUUAUGCAAAGGUGAUUUUUACUUUAAGGACACUGAACUAAACGCCAAAGUGUAUUGUUUCAACUCAAGAAUAGGAGCUGCCAGCAUUAAAACACUGAUAGUGGACACAGGCCCUUACUGUAACCUGCAUUGGCAUUUAAUGAUGCUUUAUUGACCGAACAGCUAUUGAUGAGAUACUGAAACUUUUAUCAGUUCUGGUGUGUUUAGUCUGCAUGAGGAGUCCGGUUAACCUGUUCAGUGAACGGCACGCUACAGACAAUAGUGAUGACGUGACAAAGGCCAGGACAGGCUUGCUUAGACUCCUUUAUCCUUUUAGCUGUCCAGGAUCAAUAUAUCACACUUACCCACACACACACACAGGCACAAACACACAUGAAUGCACAAACACAGCUUCACCCUUGUAAGAGAGAAAGUGUGAGAUGCCACUUACUCAAUAACACGAGUGUUUGUGUUUUUGCGUGUCCAGCUUUGUGCAGGGUGCGUUGACCGUUUGUCAAACAGUGAGAGUGAGAAUGAGAGAGGAAGUUCAGGUUGUUUUUAGCGUGAGGGAUUUCAUGUUCCCAUUAGGUGAUUGCUUUCCCUCUCUGUUGUGUGUGUCAUGUGUCUGUACCUGCUCCACAUCCUCUCCCACUUUCUCCUUCUUUCACCUGCUAUCUAACCAUUAGGUAGCUCCCGGCCUACCUCUCCCUCUGUGAUUGGUGCUAUUUGGAUGUUUUGUGUGUGUGGUUGCUUAACUCUCCGAAGAAGCAAACAUCAAACUACUGCCGUGUCCGCCCACUAAAACCUCAGAAUAUUUCAAAAGCAGGAAGACUGAAAUAGAGAACUUAAACUUCCUACUGAGAGAUGAAGAUGAAAGAGGAAAGAGGAGAGGGAUUUAAUGAUGAUGUAUGGAGCCUGCAUGGCACUGAAAAGGAGGCGAGAUGUUGGGAGGGACAGAAGAUGCUAAUGGGCUAAGCUAAGUGGGCAGUGAGAAUUAUAUUUAUUCCGUACACAAUAAAAAAUAAGGGUAACUGAGGGGAGCUGUAAGUAAAAUGCUGCAGAUUUAUUCUUUCCUUUUGAAAGCAUUAUGCCACAUUAUGGAUGCGGUCCAGCUGACUGACUUGUAACACCGCCUGCAACAGCUUAAUACAGUCAGAGAGAUUAAAAGGAUUGCAACCCUGGUAUAAACAGUAUAGCGCAAUCUCUGGCUGUGGACAGAUUUCUAUCACCAUCAUCAACAUACAGAAAGUCUAAACUCUGUUAUUUGAAGGGAAAAGCUGCAUGAAUAGUUGACAACAGAUAAUCUAACUCUAUGAGGUUUUUAGUUGCUCUUAAAAGAUAGCCUCCAGGUUGGCAAUCUUUGUCAUCUGCUUCAGUCCAGAUUUCUAUCAUCAGCCUGAUAAAUUGUCGUGAAUGUGCAACUACUUCCACAAUAUUCAGUGGACAACCUAUAGUGGCUUUGUUGAUCAUUUCACUGUCUCACCAGAUUCAGAAUAAGCUUGAUAUUUGUAGGAUUUUUUUUCCAACAAUUAAAUAGAUUGCAAUGAAACAGAUGCUCUCACCUUAAAAUCAAUUGAUUUGACACUCUGACAAUCACUUUGACUCACUGGGCCUCUUUCAACAAACAAUAGAACUGUAUUUUUCCUGGUUUUGAUAGUAUUUUUUCUUUCUCAAUCGUGCCCGUUGAUGUCUGGGAUUUUCCUGUAUUUUCUCAUCCUUCUUCUUCUCUUGGAUAGGAGAAAUGUACAAGUAAUCAAGAGCGCUCUUUCCAAGAUAUAUGUUCAGGACGUACACUGUCCAAUUUACAGUGGCAUAAGUUAAAAAAAUGAAAAAAUUAGAUUAUUAAUUGUUUGUCUGAGGAUAUUCAUAUUCAUCUGUAGGUAAUAUUUACUUCAGAAACUACCACACCUGGAGCAUCACUAUUAACUGGCACACCUGACUGCAAACUUUGGCAGUUUGGCAAACACAUUUGACAUAUAGUAGUAUAGCCAUGGAUUCUGUGAUUACGUUUUGGGAAAUGUUGACAAAUUGUCUUCAGUUUUGACUGUUUCUAAACAUUCAAGAUUUUAAUUCUUGUUUUAAAAACUGGGAAAUAAGUGGCUGCUCCUUUGGGAUACCUCUUAUUGUUACCUUGGGUAGAAACAGGCUGUUUGUUUCUGUCUUUGGCUUCAUAGCCUCUUACAUUAGGGUGGUGUAGAUUGAUUUGUCUGGUAUAGAUCUUUUUACUCUUUGCACAAAUAUAAAUAUUUCUUAAAAUGCUGCAUAACAUAUCCUAGAAAUGCAUUUUAUACUCGUCUGUAUUUGUUGCUGUGAAAUGUUACUGUUUCCUCUGAUUUAUUGUUACGUGAUCUUUGUAUUCCUGACUGCCAGAUAGCUGAAACCCUCAGUGUGAGAGUCUUACUGUCAGCAAAUGACACAAGAAGCAGAAUACAGUAUGAGACUGUGGAGCUCAUUUUAUCAGGUUUAACCAAAUGCAGUCCUAGUGUUCACAUUUGGCGGAUUUAAGACAAAUACUUAAACCAUCACUGAGGAUGCUCUCGGCUCUGACUCCCUGCGGAGAUUGCAGCUUGGGCUGAAGAUUAGAAUUUUUACUUUUCUCAGAAAAGAGCUUCUGUGAAGACUUCAGCCUCCCUGUAAGAUGUGCAUGACGUCUCAUCUUUUCCUCUAUAACAAGCUGUCAUAAAACAGACUGGGACUACCGCUGUAAUAUGACGCUACCCCUCAGCGGGAUGUGUUAUUAAUGAAGGAUACAGACGGAUUUAGAUGUAAUCUACAUGAGCCACUUCCCUGUCUUUUCCCACAAAGUGAAAGUGCAGCUCUGAGAUACUGAGAAGGUUCAAAUCAAUACACUUAAUCAUAACUGUAAACACUAUUUAAAGAUACAAGCACAUGGGCUAGCUUGCAUUACUGUGUGUCCUACAGCCUCUUGGAAUCGCUCGUGGUGCUAAAUAUCGGAGGUGAGCCUGCAAUUUUUAAUGAAAGUGCUGAGCCAUUCAAGUUAAUGGCUUUCGAACGUGUGCGGCAUCUUUUUAGUGAGGUAAAUUUAAGACAGUGUUAAAAUGCCAUCAGUAAAACCAAUGUGUCCUUUCCUUUAGUGAAUAAUCAUACCCACUGACACCAUUAAACUUGAACUGCAGUGUGCAAAAAUGGCUUUUCAAGAGCAGAGUUGAAGCGUGCAGAACUCGACCGGGGCCUGUCAUAUUUGAUUUUCUAAACGCACAAUAAAAAAGGAGGCAGAACACAGAGGGAUUUACUUCACUGCAGUUCAAAGAAAUAUCACAUGUUCUGUCAGGAAAAAUCUGUCACUGGCGCUUAUCUGUUAAAAUUAUUUUAAGAAAUAUAAAACACUGGUUUUGUAAAGCUUUGUUUUUCACCUGGGAUGUCUGUAGGGGAAAUCAUCGUAGAUAAAUUAAAGGAGGUGCAAACAAUGAUUUUCUUAUUUGUACAAUGAGGCUCAAAAGAAAUGUUAAUAUUUUUAUUCAGUGUAUGUUUGUCGGAUAAAUAAGUACUCAACUUUCCCUCAGCAAAAGUCACACUCUUUUGAAUUUGGUGCCAAAUGUUUAAUUUCUCCGUUUAUGCACGCUCUGGCUGGUUCUUCAAUCUGAGAGAAUGGGGCCUAUUGAUAGCUGUCUGUGGAAGUUAGUUCAUCAGAACCCGGGUCAGGACCGAGUAUGGCUGGGUCAUUGUUUCACCGGCCAGAGACAACAGAGACUAUCACAGAGAUAGUAAUGGGAUGAGUCUGACCUCACUGCUGCCGUCGAACCCUGAAAAGAGUCUCGCUGUCCACUCCUGUGAGUGAAACUGGAGAUAAAUCACCCUGUAUGGAAUCACAGUUAUCCCUUGAACUAUUUGACCAUCAGUAUGUUCAUUAUCUCUCUGAUAAAGAGGAUAUUCUCUGGAAUAGAUGUAGAAAAUAACACAUUUUAUACCAAGUCAUUAUAUUGAUAUCUCUGCUGCUAGAGAUUUGACAUUUUCAGCCAUCAUAGCUUAAACUUUGAUACCUCUUGGUGUACCAAACAUAAGUAGAGGAUAUAUCUUGAUUCCUCUUGGACUUUUAAGGUCAUAUUUGUGCAUACUUCUAGUCCUUUUAUGUCUAUUUGUAAUGUAUUGUUAAUGUUUAGCUGUUUUGUAAUUCGUCAAGCUGACUUGCAGUGUUGUUUGUUUCCACGAUGAAGACAUGACGUUGACGAGCUAAAGAUAAGUCUUAGAUGACUAAAAUGUGAUGAGACGAAUGUGCGUUUACGUUGACGAGACAAGACUAGACGAAAACGUUAGUGGUGGAUGACAAACAGAAUUGCAAAAUUCAUGGGCAUUUCGUCAGUCAAAGGCUAAACAUAUAUUCUGAAGUGUUGUUUUCGUUGACAAUGACGUUGAUGAAAUAUUUUUGUCAACGUCAUCGUCAACGAAAACAACACAGCUGAUUUGGGUUUUGACCUGUGAUCAGAAAGUUGAAUUUCUUACAUUUAGUUGUCCCAUCUUUGAGAGACAGCUGUCAGCUCAUGUUGAAGUUUUUGCAGUCAUAACCUUUACCUCCAUACAGACUGAGAAUCCUUUUGCAAGAAGACACACCGUACCUCAGCAUUUAAACACAAAGAGCGGGCAAUCCUGGCCGUGACGUGAUAAGAUUCGUCAGAGAGAUGGAUGAUGGAUUGGUCCUGUGCACCAACAGUGACAUGCUUCUGCUCUGAAAAUAUUGCAUUUCAAUUAUGUAAGAUUUCACAGAGAAGCAGGGCACAAACAAGAUCACGUUACAUAACCCUGAAACCCAGAUAGUCAAACUUCUAAAAGGAAGUUGCAUUCGGAAACAGCGGCAGAGUUCUCUGAUGAAUUGGCUCUUCAACACUGAUGCAGCAGCACUCAAGUAACCACGAUGGUUAGAGAUAAAAAGCAUCGGGAGAAAUAAUUGUUUUAUGCUCAACAUAUGGUGAUGUAACAGAAGAUGAAAAGAUCUGCUUUAAUGAGGCAGUGUUUAGCCUUCAAUAUUCUGUAGUAUAGGCCUACCAGAAUUAGUCAUCCUAUCAGCGUGGUCCGCUGUGGGGAAUAGCCUGGAAUAACAGCCCCAUUCUCCGCUCAGCAGACAGCGUCAUUAGAGCACACAGAGCCUCAGAAACAUCUCCCACCAUGGGACCACCCAGCCCUAUGACUCAAACUCCCAGACAACCCUGCUUUCAUCUCACUCUGAUCCACGGAGGUGCAUACAAAGCAGCUCUGUGCUAGCUUUUGCAGCCGGUCAUUUAGAUUAUAUAUCUGUAUUUUCACACUGGGGAUUUGUUCUGUUGCUCGAAUUCUUCUUUAUGUCAACUAAAUUCUUCCUUUUCAAGUCAUCUUGAGGAUUAUUUUCAUAAGAGCAGGGAGAAAAGGAGAACAAGUGGUGUUUUUUUGAGUGCAGUGCAGGUGCAGGACUGAGGCAAAGGUUUGCUUAUUAUCAGGGGUUUGUGGGUAGGAUGAACCCUGAGGGAUGAGUGUAAGCCUGCAUAUUGGAGAGGCUCAGAUAAACGCUUGAACAAGACGUGGUCUUGUGUCUAGUAUGAGCUUUCUCACCAGCCUAGUGGAGCACAGCGACAAUUUAAAAAAGGCAAUCAGCUGGGUUUACAGUUUUCUGCUUCGUCAUGAGUUUAUUUUAAAGGUGGGUCCUGAGACUGGGCAGUAUUAGGCUGUUUCUUUGUUUUUUUUUGAAACAUUAUUUCAUUCAGAUGAUAUCAUGAAUAACUUUGUUGGUCCACUGGCUUUAACUCAAGAGUUGACACCUGUGGCUGUUGAAGCACAUUUGAGUAUCUCUGAAAUAUGUCAUCAUCUUUUGUAUGGGCUGCUUUUUAUUCCUAUGUAAGAAUAUAUUGUGCCAUGAGAUUAACCAUCGUAAAGAUGAUUCCCCACAGAACCAUCAAUAAAAGGCAAAAAAAAAAUCAUUAUCCUGCAAAAAUCUCAAGAGCUACUUAAUGUGCAGCAACAAAAUCUUGUUCUGAAAGAGGAAUAUCUGCUACAAACUCACUGGGUACUUGAGUUCAGUACAAGUGGCAUCCUUCUGUGUUGAAACAUGGUGCCGUGCUGAAACGCAAAAGACUGCAGUCUCCAAUAGGCCCCAUCUAUUUUUGCUAUACUUUAUAUCAUUUCUAAUGCUGAUAAGUCAAUGUUAGCAGAUACAGCUGGGUUAUCCGACCUGUCUGCGCUGUAAGCUGAUUGUGUCUUUUCCUGAAGUUGCUCUACUUUUGUCCCAACAUUGCUGACACCCUGUUAGAGGCAUGUGUCAUUCCCUUCAAUGUAUUGUACUUGAGACAAAUGUAAGAGUAUCUCGUAUAUACCCACGUGUCUGUAUCUCUGUUAUACAAUUUGCAUGUAUUCAUGUCUGCCCUGAUGACAGAUGGGUUACAGCGUCCGUCAACCAUCUGGCCCGUCAUUUCAUCUCCUUUUUGUAAAGAGAGAAACACAAUAGCCCUUGUCUCCAUUGUCUGGUGUCAGCUUCCUCCUACAAAGUGUUAUCACUACAAAGUAAAAGCACCACAGACCACCAGUCAUCAAUCCCAGUAGGUGAUCUGACCUGGUACAGGAAGGCCAAUAAAGAAAAUCUGAAUGUUAGGUUAGCUUGCCAAAAGAAUUUGAUACCAAAGGGGUGUAAGAGUCUAUUUAAACUUCUGAUGUGAGAUUCUUUUGUUUCAGUAUCUCAAGUUUUGACUGUUUCAGGACACAAAAUAAUGAGUCCCAGUUUAUUCUGUCUGAGCCUGAAAAGCUUUUACUGCACUAGUGUUAAACGACACCUAAGAAUGCAGAGAGCUUGUCUGCAGUCGUAACAAGGACAAAGCAGUUUUUACAAUCAAUAACAGUUUAAGUCAAAUGACUUUAGUGCUACUAUCCCCAUACAUUUCAUACUUCCAGACUCACCUUAGAGGAAAGUGAUGGAUUGAUAACAGUAUCAGUAACCGUGCUUAAGGUGACCUUUAUUUCAUCUUCUGACUUAGCAGGCAGCAGUUUCCCAUGAGGCACAGCGAUGGCUUAGAGAUGCAAGCCUCCAUUUAAUUUCCUGACAUAAUAUUCACAGCCACACACUCGUCACUUCGCUUUCAAUCACUGCUGUGGAUUAAAACCACAGCCUCUUGAUUUCAGAGCUCUCUUAUUUACUUUAGCUUUGGAAACUCUUUCUCAUGGUCACUCAUCAUCUUAAAAAUAUCUAAAUGAACUUUGGGACGUUGGCUGCGUUUCAAUGCUAAUGAAAGACUCCCUGUGUGCAAGACGCAGAUUGAAAGUGUUGCAGUGCCAGAAGAGAAAAAAUGAGUUCACCUUCAGUCAGAUGUGAGCGUAUGGCUAGAAUAUUAACAAGAUAUUGGCAAUUGAGUAAAGUUUGUUUGUUUUGUCCUUCCCUCAGGUACGACCCGCCCCCCUCGAGACGGAGAAAUCCCAGGGGUGGACUACAACUUCCUGUCAGUGGAGGAUUUCCUAGAGCUGGAGGAGAGUGGCACACUACUGGAAAUAGGAACAUAUGACGGUGAGGGCGAUGAUCAGAACCGACACCGAAUUGGCGAAAUGAUGGUGCAGGUGUCCUGAUUCUCCACAGAUACAAUGAACACAGCGGCAAUCAUCGUUUAUUUCCUCCUACAUGCACGCCGGCUGUAAGACUGUGUGCUCAGUUGAUUCAGAUUAGAUGGUGCAUGUUGAAGAGGGAGGGGGAUCCAGGAGACAGCAGGUCACUCCACAUCUGCCCCUCUCACUCUGAUUAGGACGCUGUUGUGCAGCGCUAACUCUCAUUCUGACACAAACCUGUGUGUGUAAACAUGCGUGGGCGGAUGUGUGUGUUUGUGCAUCCUGGGCUUGUUUGCCAGAGCUAAGACUUAUUCCUGUGAGUUUGUGUGUGCAUGUGUGUGUGUAUUUGUGUGUGUGUGUGCAGCCGGGAGAGAAUGUUACGACAUUAAUCUGCUUGGCACCGGUUCUGCUCUGUGUUGGCACGUUCCUCCCUUUCACGCAGACAAUGUCAAAUACCUGUCCACGGGAGUCUAAGGCCAUCCAGACAACCAGAGCUGGACAGGAGUAUUGAUUCACGGCUAAUUAUUUUAACAGAUUUUUAAAAAUUAAAACAGAUAUAUUUUAGCUUAAUAUUAACCCUUUAAAUUUUUCCACAGAGUAGAGAAAAUUGAGUGUUUUUAGGCAGUUUCGGCUAUUUCAUUUACCAGCAUUAGGUAGAGAGUGUACAGGAAAUCAGAUGAGUUGACAUGCAACAACAUAUGAAGAUGAACAAUUUAACAUAUUGGAAAUUUAGGUUACACACAAUCUUUCUGAGAGUUACACAAGAAGAUUAUUUCCACUGACAUGACAAUACUGUAAACAUGAAAAUACAGCCAGAUGGUGGUUCACGUGUGACUCAAAGUCAGGAUACAGGAGCUAACUAGGAGCCUAGCUCUGCACAAAGGUAACCAAAUGUACCCAACAUCGAGUCAAAUAAAUUAGAAACAAAUCAUAGUCCUAAAUUUUGUCCAAGCUUUAAUCUAAGUAUGAAACAUAACUUAGAUUCCCCUCAUUUGUUUGUUUGUUUUGUGAACAGACACACAUUAUCUGCUGCUUUCAGUCUCUUUUGUCAACAUGCUAAGCUAGCUAGCAUGUUGAGAGUGACUGGCAAGACAGAACUAGGUUAGCUAUUUGAAAUAUGUAUGCUAGGCUAUACCAGCUUCAUACUGAACCCACAGAUAGGAAGAAUGCUUUUCUAGCUUACUGCGUUUUUUUGCGGAAAGGCAAAUGAGGGCGCCAGCAAAAUGUCAGACUAUUUCUUAUAUGUUGCUAUCUCUUGGUAUGCACCAGACAUCAAGAAAGCCUCCUUCUCGCGUUCUUACAAAGAACACACGGAUACAUGAUUCAUAAUGUGCCAGGAAACUCUUGAUAAAUUAUUUGUUUGCCCCGCUGACUAAAACAGUUUCAGUCAGACAGAGCUGCUAAAACAGGCUGGGCUGUUGUGAGCUGCUUUAUUGUUUUGCACAGUAUGCUUUCAGAGUUCAGACAGUUCUACUCUGCAGCCUUAAAAACACAAACUAGAGCAGUUUCAUUUCCCUACCAGCUGCUUAUUUUAACAAUUUGUGGUCACAUUGUGAUCCAGCGUUAUGUCUUUUAUUCUUGGUGUUCAAAGAGGUUUCAUAGAUCCUCUGCCUGUUUUUUUUUUUCACCCUCUCUGUCUCCAUUUCUCCUUCUCCCUCCUUCUGUGUCUCUCUCUCAAGCAUGCUAAUGUCCUUCUUGUUGCCUAGGUAACUAUUAUGGGACCCCCAAGCCGCCCAGGCAGCCCAUCAUUGGGACAGUGAUUCUCAGUGAUGCAGGCUCCCAGCAGUCCACCCCAAAGCGCACCAAGUCCUACAAUGACAUGCAAAACGCCCGAGUAGUGCCUGCUGACGACGACGAUGACGACCAGGCCUCGGAAAUGAACAACAGUUUUACAGGUGAGGCCCGUUGCUGCUGUGGCUGAAGUUGCUGUUUAUGCGGCUUGUGGGUUUUUCUGUGAGUGCGAUGCUUUCUCCAUCUGUGCCGUGUUUGUUCUUGAGUGGAUGCUUGCGGGUUUGAUGUGUGUGCAGGAGAUUAGGAAUACAGGAGAGGGGAGAUAAUGUGUGUAUGUUUACCAUCCUCUCCUCUUCUGUUGUACGGAGCUGGGUGUCUAGCGGUUACAUCAUGUCUUUGGGAUGCCUAUUUUCUUUUCGCUGUGAGCCUCCAAACACUGCCACCUGCCUGUGAGGAGGGGCAGGAAGUGGAUAGCAGGCAACAAACAACUGUUAUAAUUCCUGUACAUAUUUUAGGCUUUUCUUAGUUUUUUAUUUUGUUAUAUUUUGCUUUGCUUGUUAAAAACCUUCUUGCAUUUGUUCUCAUUCAUAUAGUGUUCUCAUUAUGCCCCAUGUUAGCUGUAUUUUCUUACCAUUUAUUGGUAUAUCCAUGAAUAUUUUGGCAGAAUUGUCAUCUACCUGGUAACUUAUAUGACCAUAAACCUUGAAAAUAUAAAAGAAUACAUAUAGUUAUGUGAAUUUAGCUUAAAUUGUCGCUCUUUCUUGCUUUUUUAAGCUCUUCAAUCGUUUUGUUUUUCCUCUAUCGACGCUCCGUAUCUAUGCCCUCUCUAUGUCUCUCCGCCUGCCUGCCAGAGUGUUGAAUUAGCAUUUGAUCAACCCUGAAAGGCCUACGGAAGUGCUGGCAAACACCGGGCCCGAACUGGGCAGAGAGUGGGGAUGGGAGGUUGGGGAUUGCUCGCUUUACAAGAGAGAGGCUUAUGGGUGGAGAGGUAAAACAGGGUGGGGGGAAGGGGGUCAAAAAGAGUUUGGGAAAGACUGCCGCUGAAAGAAUUAGCAUAUUCCUGGGGCCUUUUCAGUACACUAGAAACAGGCAGGGACCAAACUUUAUAAGGAGGGGGAGGGGAUAACAGGAAUGUCAGUGUAGUUUAAUCUGCAUGAUUUGUGUUCAAAGUAACCAGAUUGAGCCAGUCUGCUGAUUUAAUCUCUCUCUUUCUUGCAUGCGUGAGACAUAAACUGUCUUUCUGUUCUUUUUUUUGGUGUUGUCAUUCCGUGUGUUUCCUGUUGUUUUUCGUUGUUGUUGUUGUUGUUACCCAGGAUCCUUAGUGCGUAGUCUCUUCCCCUCUCCUUUGUUGUGCACAGGUAACCCUAGUGACCAGGACGAGAGCCGCGGCGGCAUCCUCCGGCCGUACCCCGCACGUGACAAUGCUCCAUCCUGUGGUCUGAACAAUGCGGCCACCUCCACCUCAGACAGCGGGCAGCAGACGCUCGCAGAACCUCAGGUCUCUCCAGAAGACCCGCUGGGACCCCUGCCGGAAAACUGGGAGAUGGCGUACACUGAGAACGGAGAGCUUUACUUCAUAGAGUAUGUAUCAACAACAAGAAGCAACAAGUCAGGAUCUGCUACACGCUCCUUCCACUGCCUAAAUAAGCACGUAGCUCUUACUGCAGCUCAUGUUUUGUGUGUUUUACCUGCAUUAUCUAUUAUUCCUUUUGUUCGUCCAGUGGCUUGUCUCCCCCAUGAUUUGGUUAUUAGGCCUCUCCCCAGCACAACCUGCCCAGCCCCCUGGGUGCAACUGCUUCCCUGUUAAUCCCUGCAUGUCCCGAUCUCUAAAGGAGAUCACAUCCUGAUCACCUGACUACCUCCACCUCUCUGUCCUCUCUGCAGCACGGCAAAGGCACACCACCCGGACAUGGCUGUGUAUUUUCAGAGCUUGUAUGUUCAUUUCUGCUAUCACUGAAUUACAGCAUGUUCUUGUGUAACAAUAGAGGGAAAAGUCAGGCUGUUUACUGUCGAUUUCCAGUCUGUGCUGCUCUGUUAUUCUCAUUUCUCUUCACAGCAGACGCCUGCUGUCCUCUGUAAACUUGCUGACGCGGUUUACUCUCUGAUUCUUAUUGAUGCAUUCAUGCACCCCUGCUGUGCUUUUAUGUGUCGGUUUGACAGCCUCUUUUCAAUUGUGCUGUUGUCUUGUUUGUUUUCUCACAGCCACAACACAAAGACCACAUCAUGGUUGGAUCCUCGGUGUAGAGACAAAGCCUCCAGGCCUCUGGAAGAGUGUGAUGACGAUGGUAAGAUGCUAGAUACAUUUAUGUAACAGUGGUGUGAAUUCACACUUCUUUGUGGUUGUUUAGGAUUUAGAAGUAGUCGUACACAAAUUGCCUUUAGUGGUGAGGUUGUAAAUUUCUUAAUUUCUUAGUGGCAUAUUUACAAGGCAAGUUUUAUUUGGAAUAUUUGAAUGUUGAUUAAGCAUGUGGCCUACUUUUACUAGGUUUUACGUUCAUGAUUUUUAUUUUAAUAUUAUCACACGAAAAGAUCACAAACAAAUCGAAAAGUUUUGAGAAUUUCCAAAUGAAGUUAAGCCAGUUUAUGAUGCAGAAUUAAGUUGCUAAAUUGCACCAUCAAGUGGUGAAAAACAGAGUGGCACACCACACUCCUCCACAUUGCUCUGUUUGUUUUGAGAAUUUGUCUCCUGUUAAUUUAAGUACUGAAACUAAGGAGUUUCCAUGUCCCCUUUUUUGCCUUUCUCCGGACUUUCACUUCAUCCUUUAUUUGCUCUUGACUCCCCCUCUUCCAACCCUCCUCUCUCCUGCCAUCCAUCUUUUCUACUCCUUAUUUUAUUUUCUUUGUUUCAUCCUGCUUUCACCUUGGAGAAGAAGGGAUACAUACAGAAGACCUAGAGGCCGAUUUGGGUAAGAAAAUGAAAUGUGAAUUCUCCCGUUUGCGUUAUUUGAAAGUAAAGCCGAGGAUUCGAGGCUACAAGUGGCGACAUUUGUGCUGCUUAUAAUACAAUAGAAAGGAAAUGAUGGAUGUCUGUGACAGCUGAGAGCAGAUGUGCGCUCUAUCUGUAGGUGGUGUUAAUGUCCUUCAUAGCAAUACAAAAGAAAAAUAACAGCAGGCUGUGAAAAAAAUUCAAGUGAGAACAUCAGCAAUGGAUUGGAUGUGUUACUUAUGUAUCACGCAUAUCCACUUUGCGUGUUACAUCCAGAACUGUGUCACUGAGACCUUGUCAAAGCAGAAUAUAUUCAAUCUUCAGAUUACUGCAGAAUAGAAAGAGUAAAUACAACUAUCUGUUCUGAUCCCGACUAUGAGUUCCUGCCCUUUAAUCCUACCCUCAGUAUCAAAGGUUGUGUCUCUUGGUAUUGAAUAAGUUCGCUCUGGGCCACACAAAUACAACGUUUAACUCUUCACUGGUCCUAGCAGGGAUGACAGGAUUUGUUUUUCGACUCAUGCGCAGGUUUCGCCUCCGAUUCAAAAUGAUACACUCAUCUCCAGUUGAUCGAAUUGUCGAAUGGCUCAGCUGUUGCUUCUCAUCCCAUUUACAGGCAGCACAAACAGCUCUGUAAUGUAACCAGAGCUCCGUCUUAAACAAUGCCUUGAAUGUCUGCCUGUAAGCUGUUAUUAUUGCUGGCUGCUCAGCUGCAGACAGCCUGUGAUUAUUGAUUGUGAAAUCCAGCCUCUUAUAAAAGAGUUUACUGGACCUGGGAGAAGCUCACAGUAACUCAAGGAGGUUAAUGUCUUUGUUAGAAACUAGAUGCACAGUGAAGGGGUGAGAUGAGAUUGUAUCCGCCUGUUCUCGUUGGGCGUGGUUGGGUGUGUCCACUGUGAGUGAGGGUGUUUGCAGAUGUUACCCUUGAAGUUUUUUGAACUUUGAAACUCUCCCUGUGUGUUAAAUGUUUAUUCUAAUAAAGAUUUCACUGAGGCUGUGAAGGUAGCGUUUGUUUUUGUGAGUUGUUUUAGUCAUAAUGAGGAUAAUAAAUCCAGUAAUAAGCAACAUGAGAGCGAUCCAGGUCAUGAUUUAGUUUAUGGUAAAAGGAAUGGGUUUGUACAUCAAGUUUGUUGCCCAAAUUGGUAAAAUUUCACAGAGCAUAAUCCUUCCUGGCACAGCUAGCGCUUUUAGAUUAGAGCCUGUUUGGAGUUGAAACUUUAUACUUUUAUGAUAGUAUUAAAAUUGAGAGUUAAAGGGAUGUUUUAAGGAGUUUUGCGUCAUUGGCAGCGAAAAACUGCGGCUCAUAACACAUUGCCCUGUUGCAGAACAGUAGUUUGGAAAAGUAAAUGUGUUUUUUGGCAAAAGAUUGUUUUUAGAACUGAAAAAAGGCAAAUCAAAUCAGCAAAAGUAGCGCUAUAAAGACAGCAAAGGUAUUUACAGUGGUUGAGAAAACAAUGUAGGGAAAAGGGCACCAUCUCUUACUAAAACUGUAAAGUUAAAUAAUGUUCCGCCUGGUGCCAAAUCCAAAAAUAACAAAGUGAUGUUUUUCAAAUCUACAACUCAACCAUCUAAUUCAUUCAGCUUCGCUAACAAACAGGAUGCAAGUGUUGUUUUUCUGUCUUAACUGUGAAAGUGAUUUCUGUUUUUCAGAGCUGCCUCCAGGAUGGGAAAGGAUAGAAGACCCAGUGUACGGAGUUUAUUAUGUAGAGUAAGUAAAUUAGACCUCGACUUCAUGUUGAUAUGGGCGCAUUAAAAACUGUAAAUCAGUCACUGAUUGUUUUCCUCUUCUCUCUGCUUUCAGUCACAUAAACAGAAAGACUCAGUAUGAGAAUCCCGUGUUGGAGGCGCGGCGUCGGAAAAUCCUGGAGCAGCAGCAGCAGCCGCAGCCUCCAGAAGGUGAGCGGUAUAUUCGAGGUUCGUUUCCUGCCCUGGCACGGCACCAUUUCUUUCUUUCUUCAUGUGUGUGAGUGUCGUGUCCUUCUAGUUCGUCCAGUGCUCUCCAGGGUUUGAGCCAGACAAAACUUAGACUGCUUCAUCAAAACAUGACGCACAAAAAAGACUAAAUCUUGGUUUUGUUCACAUUGGUACUGAUUUGAACAAACUGGAGCUGGCUCAAACCUUGGUGUCGUCUUUGGUGUUUUUAGAUUUUUAAUUUACGUGACUUUAAAAUCAUAACAGUCGUAUAUCAUUUGUAUUUGAUCAUUUAAUUUGCCUUAUCAUGAAAACUCUACAAGAGGAUGUUUAAGCUGAAGGAUUAGAGACUGAGAUGUGGCAGAAAGGAGAGGACAGGUGCAUGCUGGUGUUGAAAACAUUUGGAGGUUAGAUAUUUUAGCGCAGCAGUGAUUUUGUCCCCUCGUUCAAACAGUCACUAGCUGGAGAAGCUGUGGUAUGCAGCUGACGCAGAACGUAAAGGUACCCUGGUGCCAUUUGCAUUACACAGCCAUGACAUACACAUAUCUACUUAUUGAGAAUGAAUUAAGAGCUAUUUCAUGUUUUAAAUAAUUGUUUAUAUGUUUACUAAAUCAACAUUUCCAAAAUUUGAUAUAUUAGAUAUUAUAUUGGAUUAUUUAUUCAGCCAAUUACACAAGUAGAAGAGAUGUAAUGUACCUCAUUACAGCAGAAGAGUAAAAUCAAGAGUCUGAAGUUUGUGCUUUAAGCUUUGUGUGUUGUUUUUAUGUGUUGCUGUCCAGUGUUCGUACCGUGUGCAUGUGUUUGUGUGCAUGUAAAUACACCUCGGUGUUGACUUUACACUGACUAAUGUGUGUGUGUGAUUGUGUGUGUGUGCAGAGUGGAUAGAGGAACACUCCUCAGCAGCGGCCCCGUUAGCAAACUAUGCUCCAAACCACCUGGAGACCUACAGGGACCCCCAGGUCCCCCCAACUCUACCUCCCGGCCCUGCAGGAGCCAAACGUAAAUCUUCAUGUUUAUUAGAGUGUUCAUGCAUAAAUACUGCUUUUUUUCCUGUUAUGUCUUUUGCUGUUGUGCAAAGUUUUCAAAUUGUUUCAUUUAAUUUCUUUAAUCAUUUGAUUUUUUGAUGUGACGGUUUAUUGAACUACCAAUAAGUUUAAAGACUCCUCUGGUUGGAAAUGGCAAAGCAACUGUCUGAUAGCUCACAGACUUAGCAAGUCCAAGCAGUCCAAAAACCCUCUUGAACUUCUCAAAUCUAUCAACAUUUCAGUUUUUGGGGAGUCAGAAUCCUUUGCUUUUUGCUCACAUGUUUUUUUAAUAUGAAAGAACUUAAAUUUUAAAGUAUCUGAUCUGAAAAAUUCCAAUAUGCAAAAACUUUUUGAAGCUUGUUAAAGUAAAAAACAUUCUUAGUAAGAGUUUUUUUCCCCCCUGAUCCUCUACAGGAGGGAAGCCUUUCUUCACCAGAAACCCAGCAGAGCUGAAAGGAACCUUCAUCAACACUAAGCUGAAGAAGAGUCGUCGGGGCUUUGGCUUCACGGUGGUUGGAGGUGAUGAGCCGGACGAGUUCCUUCAGAUCAAAAGUCUGGUGCUGGAUGGGCCUGCAGCUGUGGAUGGCAAGAUGGAGACAGGUGUAGUUCAAAACCACAGUCCACAGGGGGCACUGUUUUCUUUCAGCAAUACACACACACUACAACACAUCCAUCCGUUUUCAGUACUUUGCAUGAAUCCAGUCCCAGUGACCCCUCUUGUGCACUUAGAGAGUUUGAUGUGCACUCUGGCAAAGUCCACGAAGGCUCAGAGUUGUCACACAGUGAAUUCUGCAAGUGCUGAAGGGCCUCACAGUUGAUUUUUAAAGCCUUUUAUGCGAACUUUCUAUAGGUCUGCAACUGUGCUGACCUUGCUUAGGGAAAUAGCCAAUUAUGCAGUGUGCUAUAAUGUCAAAGUGACAGACGAAGAGCAGAUAGUAAAGUGAGAGACUCUAUCGAAGUCACAUAAGGAGAUUUACUUGUUUAAGUCAAGCGAAAAGUCCAUAUAUGCUGUUUUUGUUCUACUGGUCAAUGAAUCACAGUUUAUACACCAUGUACAGUAUCAUCUUUACAUUUUACCGUGCAGUGUCUGUCUCCAAAUAAUAUGAUUUCACAAAACUCUGGAGGAAUCCUCGUUCAGCGUUUGAAGCCCUCACAGCCUCCGUGCAAAAUUAGAGGGAAUUUUACGCACCAGAGGUCUCGGGGAAACCCUCUGCAUAUGUUAAAAAAAAAAGUUUGAUGGAACCUUUUGUGACUCCGGAGGGAGCUCCACAAAGUUUGAAAAAUCGCCUCUAGUGGUGUCAUCCCAGGGCACGACAAAGACAGAAGUCCACGAGUUUGGAAAUAAGAAAAAACUUGAAGGAUUGAAGUUAGAAAUACAGUCUAGAUGGUUAAACAGACCCCAGCAGCCCCCCUCUGUCUACCAACAGCUACCAGUAUAAUAAGUGUCACUUAAUUGUUGGUUAUUAUGGUGGUGGGUUUUGACAUUAAAUGCAACAUCUGUGUAUUUUUGUUUUUAUUUGCGUCAUUGAUCCUGAUUCCUUUGUAAACGUCCACCAUUAGUCUGAUAACAUGUUGGUGCUAAAAGCUGUGAAGCACUCUUUUAAAAUCAAUGAGGGUCCAACAUUUAGGACUUAGGGAGGACGCUGCAAAUGGGCCGUGCAGUUUAGGUUUGCAGGGAGCUGAGUGGAAUCUCAGCAUGCAGUGGGACUGAGGCGAAGUGCAAAUCUGCUCAGCUGUGGAGCAGUUGCCAAAGGUCCAGUGUUAAAACGCUCGUUUCUACGGCAUAAAUUUUUACAGCCUGGUACAAACAAGCAGGUCUUAAACAGCUCAUUGCCUUAUUUGUACGGUUCGUGCAGCAGGUAGCCUUUUUAAUACUGACAUUUGUUGGUUUUGUUGAGGCGAAGAGUUCUGCAGAAGUAAGCAUAAAUAGAGGCACAGUUCAGUGACUGAGUGGUGUGUUUGUGUUGAAGCUGUUUGCAAAGCAGCAAAGUUAGGCUGAACUCCACUUUUAAGAGAAGCUGGUAGUGAGGAGGAGUCAGACUUUCCAAUAUGGUGACCUCCAUCUAUAAGCUUGCUGUCACUAAAGCUCUAAAUGACGUCACACCCGAGUUAGCUGCGUUUCAGUUACCAAGUCGGAAAAAAGCAAAGUCGGAGGCGGAAACAACAUGGCUACAUCUACGAAAGUUAUUUUAGCGCUUGCGUUGUCAGGAUUUAACAAGGACAAGGCGAGCACUAAAAUAACUUUUGUACUUUUGUAGAUGUAGCUAUCUUGUUUCCGCCUUCGAUUUUGCUUUUUGGCUACAUCUACAAAAGUUAUUUUAGCGCUUGUGUUGUCAGGAUUUAACAAGGACAAGGCAAGCACUAAAAUAACUUUCGUAGAUGUAGUCUUCUUGUUUCCACCUCCGAUUUUGAUUUUUUCCAACUUGAUAAUUGAAAUGCUUGUAACUCGGGUGUGACGUCAUUUUCAACUCUGACAUCUGAUUCCCAAGAUAACUCGAACAACAUCUAUGUUCUCUACAGUCUGUCAGUGUCACUAACUGUGUUGUUUUCUUUCUUGCAGGUGAUGUGAUAGUGAGUGUGAAUGACACCAUCGUGCUGGGCUACACCCAUGCUCAGGUGGUGAAGAUCUUCCAAUCUAUCCCCAUUGGUUCCAUGGUGGACCUGGCGUUAUGCCGAGGCUACCCAUUGCCCUUUGACCCUGAUGAUCCCAACACCAGUCUGGUGACUUCGGUGGCCAUCUUGGACAAAGAGCCUAUCAUCGUCAACGGACAGGAAACGUUUGACUCACCGUCCAACCAGGCCGGACCCGUCAACGGCAUGAGGGAGCCCCGGCCGCACAGCCCCUCAGCCGAGGUGGCAUCCAACGGCUCUCACGGCUACACCACCAGCGACGUGGUCACCCUGGCCUCAUCCAUAGCCACCCAACCUGAACUCAUUACCAUACACAUGGAGAAGGGCGACAAGGGAUUUGGCUUCACCAUCGCUGAUAGCCUGACAGGAGGAGGGCAGAGGGUAAAGCAGAUAGUGGACUAUCCACGCUGCCGUGGAUUAAAGGAAGGGGACAUUCUCAUGGAGGUCAACAAGAGAAACGUCCAGAGUAUGAGCCACAAUCAGGUGGUGGACCUGCUCAGCAAAUGUCCCAGAGGCAGCGAGGUCACCAUGCUGGUGCAAAGAGGUAUGUUUUAUAUCUUCAAGUCAAACACUUGUACAUGAGAUGGGUCAACACGUGCAGAAAGUGAAGUUUAUAAUUAUUAUUAUUGUUUUAUGUAUGCAAAAGAAUACACCGUUGUCUUCUGAGGAGACAACAGCUUGAACACUUGGCAUGAGAAAGGUGACAUGAUGAGAAAGCAGGAGAGAAAAGUGAGAAAGAGAGUGGGUGGCUGGUUGAAAACGCUCAGGCUGGAUGGGAUGGAAGGAGGAGAGGCUGAGUUAGCAUGGCAGUCGAUGAGCAGAUGAGUGUGGGAAGGAGUAGGAGGCGAGAUAGAUGAAUGAGAAAGGAAGGGAGAAGGAGCACAUAAGGUCAGGGACUCAUAUAUGCUAGGAUUAUGGAUGCAGCUGAAUUGGACUGCAGAGACUUUUGUCUUUUUGUUUGGCAUCAAGUGAUCACUGGGAAUUUUGAUAAGUUUCACUUUGAAUUGUUUGUUUGUUCUGGACUUGCUAUUGUCCAAAAAGCUCUGUGCUUGGAACAAGUAAUGGAGAGGAUUAGAGUUUUAGUGGCUGGAUAUAUCAUAGAUUUGAUAGAGAAUUAAGUAUCCAGUCAUUUAAAUGGACUCUGACUCUCUAAUGUGGUCAAAUAACAUAAAUAUAGAUUUGUUUUAAUGGUGGAUGCUGCUUUCUCUUGAUUCUCCGCCUAUUUUCUGCCACAUUUUGCCAUUUAUUUUCUGAUAGUCCAAACAUUUUGACUGAAAAAACAGCCAGCCUUAACGUUUCUGUCAUUAAAAUGUGAAAACAAGACAAAUAGUUUGCCAUAAUGUGAAGUAUCCACACAGGGACUGACUGACACCAGGCGUGCGUAUUGUUGUUAAAUUGCCGACCGUGCCGUCUGACCCGUGUCUCCGUCGGUGGCAGGUUGGGAUGUGCGCCCCACAUCAAUUAUGCCCUCUAAUGAGCUGACCUUGUGCACCGCUGCUGGAGUACCGCUGCAGUGUUGUGUAAAUGUCAGCAUCAUUACGGGCCUGUUAGGCUGUCUUGAAAGAGAGAAUUAUAGGGAUGCAGCGUUUCUGCCACCGGAACACAGAGAGGGAGAUCCAAAGAGAGACAGAGGAGGACAGGGGGAAUGAGAGGGAGGCGACAGUCGCUGGGGCAGGAAGGGCAGCUGACAGCAGCGUACAUCAUCUUUGUAAGCUUUGACACCAGUCUGUUAUUAUUAUGAGCUCAGGUGAGCAGCCAGGUGAUGAGGGUCAGAAGCUAAACACAGUCAGACAGACAAGGGGGGCUGAUGAAUGAAGCUUGUACCUCUGCUCGAAGAAGACUAGUUUCUGUACCAGGGGCAUGUGUUUUAAGCGUGAUACCUAACCCUUACAUCAUGGUUAUUGCACACUUUUGAAUAUAAAUUUUACAGUUUUUCAAGACCUUUUGAGACGCAAAUAUAUAGUAUUUAUCAAUAUAUUCUGAAUUUAAAAGCUGUUUUGCGUAGGAGUUUGCUUAAAAGUUGCCUCAUAAUCACUUUUUGUCUAUCCUUAAAGCAGACUUUUUAUUUUUUAUCUUGAAGCGAAAUUAAAUAGAUUUUUUCUACCUUCUCACCUUCAUCACUUGUCAAACAAGCAAAUUUACAAAAAGAAAAAUUACGAAAUCUUAAUCUGCUGAUUAGUUUGUGUAGACACGUCCAACUAAAAGUGCUAUCUAACAUUUAACGCCUCUCACGAGUAAAAUUAAGACUUUUUAUCACCUUUGGUUUGAAAAUAAAUGAGUUUUUUUUUAAACUAUUAAACUUUGAAAGUAUCACCAGGAACCCUGUAGAUGUACUUCUGGCAUAAAGGAAUCAAAACGGGAAAGGAGUCUUGGUUUAAGAUAUCUGAAGUAUCUUCAAAGAGCUUUUUUAUGCAACAGCCAGGAGCAACACAUAAUUGUCACAAACAAUGGAAUAAAAACAUAACAGGAAGAACAGAAGAAAGGCACUAAAUCAACAUCACAAGUAAAAACACAUUCAUUAAGCAGUAUGAGUUGUUUUUAAUAGCUGGGACAAAGGAGCUUCAGUAGAAUAUAUCUUCAGCUAAACAGGAGCCGGACUCUAACAGAGGGAGGUCUGGAUCAUCCAGGAUUAACGGGGCCGUUUUAAGACUGAGUUUGAACACGUCACCCAAUUUGUUAAAAGUCACACCUGCUGUUUCUCGAUUUAGCCCGAUAAGAUUCUCAAUGAGCGAAUAAACGCCUUUCUAAGUGAGUAAACUCUGACUCUCGAGGAUGAUUGAAGAUAGAAUCAUGAAAUUAUAGCCUCACAAAUUUCCAGCAUAUACUAAUCCUGUAUAGUGUGACCCUCAGUGUAAUUUUCAUGUGUUGUAUUUGGCAGAAACGUUCUUUCUCUACCAGCUGCAGGUGAUAGAAUUCAUCAUGUUGUGCUGUCUUAAACCAUUGUAAAGCUAAUGUCUUAGGAUUUUGGACUCUAACUCAAACAAAACAAACAAUCUGAAGACAUCACUUUUGUUCCUGGGAAAGUGUAGUUGACCUUUUUCUCUAUUUACUCAACAUUUUACUCAAUGACUCCAAAAUAUGCAUCACAGAUUAGUCAAACAUUGAAAAUAGUCAUUAGCUUCACCAGUGCUCAGUGAUAGUGGCUCGUUGUCGUGCAAUGUGAGCUCGAUUUUCAGUCUGUGAAUGAUGCUGUGACCUUUCAAGUGAUUGCUAGCUUCUAGCACGUAAUCAUUCACAAACAACAAUUAAAGGCGCUAAGAGGAGCGUGGUGAGGAAGAUGAGAAGGGAAAGUAGAGGGCUUGAAACAGGAGGAACAGGGAUCAUGUUUUUUUGAGAAAGUGGAGGUGGAGGAUUAGAGCCGAGAGUUUGAUAUUUGCUGAGCAGCAAGUUAAAGUUCAGCCAGGGAAGCGUGCAUGAGAGGAUUGGUUCAAAAAGUAGGAGAAGAGGAGGAGGAGGAAGAAGAGGAAGAAAAAGGUGGGCUUCAGCUAGAGGAGGAGAAGAAUCCUUAAUCUGUUCAUCUGUGACUCAUCAAUCUGCACGGUCUGACUCAGUCAGCAGGCUGUUUAUUUUAGAGGGGCACAAAGAUCAAGGUCAAACAAACAGCAGGGAUUACUUUUUCUUUAACUUGAUUUUCUCUGUUUCUCAGAGCGCAACCUUUUUGCAGUAUGUGCAGUAUGAUUGGAGCAGGUUUGCAACAACCUAAAGGUGCAAGAAAUUAGUAACAAUAAGUGUCAAUUACAAAGCAAUAGUAGAAUAUGUGUCCUCUCACAGGUUAUAACUGUUUUCUUUGUAUUUUAGAUAUGCACACCAUAGAAAAUAACUUCUUCUUUGGUACUACACUGCUGUCUUGCUUUUGACUGAACAGUAAAAGUUAGUUUGCCAGUUCAGAAGCUGCAUGUUUUUUUUUUCUCUUCUUUUGGACUCAGAUCUUUUUCAUAAUGCGCUAUUAUCUUCAUGCUCCUGACAACAGCAGAAGAGUGUGCCCAAAAUGAAAAAAAGACACAUUUCCAGGGAUUUGGAUUGCCUAACUAAUGGUUUCUCUGGUUUUCUGUUGGAAGAAAAAAAGGUGUACAAAGGCAGCAUGUCGAAAGUAAAAGUAGACCAGGUAGUAACAAAUCCAAACUAUCAGGUAAUGUUUUUUUGUAAUGAUCAAACUGCACAAUAUUCUGCAGGGUUUAAAUUUGUAAAUUACUACUUUUCGAGGAUUUUCAGUCAAAGUGUUUUUCAGCAGUCAUCCUACAAAUGUGCAGUUACCCAAAGAAGUGUUAAGCAAGUGUGAUGUGCAGGAGCUGUUUUCAUCUCCAUUCUGUGAUCCUGCAACACCCUCACACUCUGAGCAGUUUCAUGUGAGAAAUUUACCUGUUAAAAAUAUCCUCUCUUACCUAAAGCUUUUUGGAGCCUUUGAAUUUUAUUUUAUUUUUUACCCUUUAAAUUUUAAACACAACAUCUGGUGUUUUCACACUCUGGAUCUUACCCCCUGUAAAGGAGGCCAGGCCAGCUAUGACUCCUCCAUCUUGUCUUUUCCAUCGUUGUUGCCAUGACAAUUGUGCACACGAUCCUGUCCCCUGAGAGACAGGGAGGAAAAAGAGAGAAGAUGAGAAGACAGAGAGAGAGGGGGGGUAUAAAGUGUAGAGGAAUGAAAUAUGACAGAAACAGACAAACAACAUGGAUCAAGACAAUAUAAUCUGGAUAAAGUAAAAAAGAGGAUCACUGCCAGAUAUAGGACGAUAUUAUAAGUAGAACAAGGACAAAUGUUUUGCAGAUUCGGCUUAACAAAAGAGAGCAUUACUCAUGUUGUAUGCCUGCGCAAUGAAUAUAGAGGAGCUGGAGGAAGGACCAUUCUCUGGCUGUGUGUGGGCUCCAGUGAGGCCCACCAAGGCCACAGCUUCAGCAGCAAACACGUGGCCACUCAUCGAGCUGCAGAUUCAGUUUGAAAAGCUCCGUUUUUUUUUUUUUCUCUCUGCUGUUGCUCCAGGAUGAAAAAUGACCCCAACACUUAGACUCACACUCUUGUUUGUAUCCACAAAACAUUGCUUAAACGGCUCUACUUUAACCUGGUGUUUGAGCUAUUGACUCCUAAACCACUCUUGGCAUGUGUGAGUUCUGAAAUUACAUCCCUCAUUGAUAAAAUAUUUAACAAUUAAGAUAUGAUACAACAAUGCUAAUUGAUGAUAUGAAUGUAUUAUCCAGCCGCAACACACGUAUCUAUCCUCCCUGCCUCAAUAUUUCUCUCAUAUUUGCGUAUUUUUGUUUAAUUCUGCUCUUUUUUUAUAGCCUUGCUGUCUGUCUACUGUAAAAAAAAAUCUCAGAAGCACUUUCCUCCCCCUCCACUCAGAUACUCAAAGCUCACUUAGGUCACCAAACAACUGCCGCUGCAUGCUCUCACAUCCCGUUUGUUUACAUCCCAUCUCAUUUGAAUGAUAAUGGACACAAUCUUAGUCAUUCUGGGAGAGGGUUGCCUCUGUAAUAAUAAAAUCAGCUCUUUAAAGCUAAUGUUUGAGCCUCUGUUAUCAAUUCAGAGUCUUUUAAAUGGAGCGGCGUUCUUAAGCAGAGCUUUACUGUCAUUCAGCAGAGUGAAAAAUAUCAGGAUUAUGGCAGCGCUGCACAAUGCAAAUGUGUGUGUAUGUCUGCAUAAAUAAACACAAAGCUUCUUGCAUACCUUCCUACGCUGAUAUACUGUAAAUAUAUAUAUAUAUAUGUGUGUGCGUGUGUGUGUGUAUAUAUAGCAUAAAUGAAUUCAUAGAGGCUGCAAAGUUGCGUGUGCGGGAGCAUGCUAUUCCUAUAUUCCCUGCUUCCAGCUCCAGUUGCUCAUAAAUGUUACAUUUAGGCAGAUUCGAUCAACUCUGAAUUACACGUAUACAUCAGCGUCACAAUGCCGGAGUACGUUCAGCAGAUUUGAAGACUACAUCAUGCAUGGAGAUGAAUUCACAGCAAAAGCAGCAUGUAGAUCAGCUGGUCCAGCUGACAGGGUGGAUUAAAAUAGAGCUGAGGUCAAACAAUGUCUACUUGCGAAAUCUUUAUUCCCCUUCAGCCCUGACUCAAAGUUACCAACCAUAUGGCCGCAGUUAAAUUCAAUUUCUAUAUUCUUGAUGUUAAUUAUGACGACCUUGUUCCAAGUUCAGAGAUUUUCUGAGGGUGUUUUUAAAGUGGAAGGGUUCUACUGACCCUUAAGUGCAUGUGUAAUUUCGGGGCUGGGGUCGUAUAACCUUCUGAUGUCCUGGCAAGCAUACCGGUGACACCUGAUGCCCUCAUAUCCUUUCUCAGUCACUCAAAACCGCACACUAAUAUUCAUCAGCCUGGAUCUUCCACUUGGUUCUCAUACUGUAAGGGAGAGGGAGGAAGAGAGAGGGAGCGAGAGAGAGAGAGAGAGAGGGGGGAAAAUAGGGGGGAUAAAUUAUGAAUCAUGUAGAGAGAGGGGCUUUGCAGCAACAGAGAGUUUUAACAUUUAAUGAUUUUUUGCCAAUGCAGCAGAAAGAGGCUAAGAUGGAUGCUUGCAUGUUGUUGCAUGUCUCUCCGUUAUACUUUACUUCCUGCACGAUUUCGAUCGGAUGUUGCAGGAAAGAAGAUGUUUUGGAGAUGCUGUGAUGAAUAAAAGGUGCGGCGCCGUGUAAACGCGCGUACACCUCUGAUUUAACAAACUACACCACCGCUGCUGCUGCUGCUGCCACUGUAUACAGAACUACUUGAUCGCCGUGGCAACAGCGACUCUUUGUCCCAAUCCUGCCUUGUGUCGUUCUUGCAUUCAUUUAUCUAUUUCUGUCCCUGCGCUGUAGUAAGUAGCAGGCGAAGAUGCUUCAGGAGGGAGUGGUCUUGGUGAGAAACGAUCAGGCGGAGUUUGAUUAUGCAUGUGUUAAUGCCUCUGAGGAUAAAGAAACCUACAUGAUGACUGAAUUAGUUGUUUGGUGGUGACGAGUGUGAGAAGAAAGCUGUAGAGUGGGACUGUAGAUUAUUCCCUACACUGGUAUGCUGUGAAUCCUCUCCCCUGACGGCCGGCUCCAAGUAUUAAUAUUUCAUUAGCACAAAUGAGAUUGAUCUUCUCUGUGACUCUCUUCAGUGUGUUAACUGGUAUAUAAGAGAGAGAGAGAGGGAAAGAGGGAGGGAGGGAUAGCGAGAGAGAGAUCAAGUCAUGGUGCACGAAAGAAGAAGAAAAAGAAGAAGAAGAAAAAGAAGAGGAGGGGGAGGGAAUGAGAGGAAAAAAAAAGCAAAGGGAGAAGAUCAGCUUCUCGGUGUGAGCCCUGAGCAAAGCAGAGGAGCGGAGAGGAGUGGAAACAGCUCUGUAGUUACUCAGAAGACGUGCAAAGUGAGGCAGAAGCUCAGGCUUUUCCUUUUGACAGGAGCUCGCGCUGCUGAGCUCCUUCUCAGUGGGUAAUUGUUGAGAUUCUGCUGGAGAGCUGGAGGAGACCACUGGGAGGAGGAGGAGGAGGAGGAAGAAGAGGAGGGGGGAGGAUGUAUGUGUGUGUGUAGAUGCUUAUUGGAACCUGUAGCUCUGACCAGCAGUCCAGCGCUUCUGCAGGAGCAUCCUGUCUAAUGCAGAUAGAUCAGCUGCUCCUCUUCUAAUAGCACGGGUGAGAGCGCUGAGGGGGAGGAGAUCAGUUGGAUUAGCGCGCAGCCUAGCGCAGUGUGUUGCUCACAGAGAGAGAAAGCAACAGAGAGGAGGAGGAGGAGAGGGAGUAAGGAGGAAGAGAGAGAGAGCCGGGCCAGUUUGAGCUGUGCUCUGCAGCAGGAACCAGAGUCCACACGUCCAUCCUGGAGAGUUUUUUUUUAACAGAGGGGACACAAGGAGAGCACAGCAGGUCAUUAAUGCUCUCUCUGUCUCUCUGCCGAUGUUUUGCAGGCGUGGUGCCAGCCAAGAGGAGUCCAAAGCUGGUGGUGAGUACUAUGAUCUUCAGCUUCUUUUGUGUGUGUGUGGGUGUGUGUGGGUGUGUGUGCAUGUUUAAUUGAGUGGGUAUUAAGAAGGAGCACUAUUUAAAGAACAAUAGACAUGAAGAUGUGAUAUCCAACUCUCGCUCUACCGUUCUGCAUCCGGAGCUGCUGUCACCUUCCCUCUUCAGUUCUUUUCUCCUUCUGUCACUUUGACUUUUGCUUCUUUUCUUCUAUUGUUUCCCUCCUCUGUGUUGUCAUUUCUGCUUGUCUUAAAAAGCCCCCUCUUUCUCUCUCUCCAUCCUGCCACGCUGCCAUCCUGUGACUGAUAAAGCAGAGCAGUGUAACAGUGACCAGCUGUCAGGAGGGGGCAGACAGCCUCAGCUGAGGGAAGGUGGGAGAGAUGCACUAAAGCAAAGAUAGAAAAAAAAAAAAAGGAUGUGUAUGAGGGGCGGAGGAAAGAGCUAGCAUGGAGAUAGUUUGUCCCACUACAGUGAAUCACUCUGAUCGCCCGCGGACACAGAGGAGGCACUGAGGCUAACAGACAGGGCGAAGGGGGCAAUGACGACACAGUGAGCUGGAUACAAAGCAGAGGGAGAGAGUUGGGGAAGCUGGAGGAGAGAUUGCAACAGAUUGCAAUGUGACUGGUGCUUGUGACAGAUAAGAGAGGCGAAAAGGAGCGAUUCGGCGAGAGGUUUUCUAAAGGGACGGUGCAGUUAUUCAGGAGUUGAAAGAGCAAAACGCCUCCUCAUUCUUUCAAUCCGUCUCAAUCUGAUUUUUAAAGAAGUCCAAGCAUGCUCAGGAGAGGUGCGCUGCAGCUUAAAAUUACUGUCACCUUAAUUCACCUCUGGAGAGCGAUCCAGUUUUAGCAGAAGGACGAUUCCUGUGGACGAGCGCAACAAGGUCACAACUAGGUUCAAUACCCAACCCUUUUAAAGGAAAACACAUUGUCCCCUGCCAUUAAACCCCCCCCCUCUUAUCUGGUUAGAAAUAAGAAUUAGGAUUAUUUUAAAAUAGCAUCAGUGAAAGCUUUGGGUGUGUUACUAUUCAGGUCACAUGGCAUGGCAAAUGGAGGAGGGGCGGGCACCACAAGAGGGGUCAAUUUGUACCAAUAGUGGCACUGCCGUGUGUCACUUUGGCUUAGCUUUACAGCUAGAAUAAGCCGGUUUCUCCCCCCUCUGUGUGAUGUCAGUGAAAUGUCACGCUGCAUGCAACUUCGUGUCAGCCCAGAACAACCAUUUCGCCUCCAGUUCAGAGUCCAAAUAAAUGCUCAGAGUAAACUCCCAUAUGCAAAAGAGGCUGUGCUGUCUCAACCCAUUAAGCAAGUCUCUGGUGAUCAAAUGAGAAGUCAGUUUUGCAUGGCUGUUGUCCUCAUUAAGAAGCAUUACUGGAAUAUUUGACCGUUCAUCUCUUACAGUGUGAUGAAUGAGACGCCGUGAGACCGCUCAGUGACUCCUCCACUGGCUCGUGCGUUGGUUUAUUAUUCAUAUCGAAUAAAAAAAGGAUGGAGUUGUCAUUUGGGCGUUAGUAAUUGGGUUUUCCCAGUAAGGCUCAUUUUUCAUCAGGCUGAGAAGUGUUUAGUUACGUGUAUUUGCAAAGAAUAACACAGUAAUAUGUUUAUUCUCUCGUUACAGAAUGAAAAUACGAGUUUACACAAAAGUAUACGCUGUCAGGCGAAACAAUAACAUCACAAAAAUAUUGUGCUCGUACCAGAAAUAGCUGUGAAAACACUUCCAGAGGAGUCUUUCUAGUCUGUGCAUUUACAGUACAGUCUGACAGAGGAGUCAAAACAGCACCUUUUUGGCGGAUUAUCAGCUCUGUCGAAUUCUCAUUCAUGAAUGCCAAGUGAUCCCUGAGUUGUAUCAUGGCCCCUUUGCUCUUCACUUGGACUGUUUUCCUGCUUCAGCAAACCUUGACUCUAAUAUUAGAGGACGAUACCACUCAGACUGCAGAUAGGAACCAGGAUGCUUCUGGUACAGAAGUACGAUCCAGCACCAGCUGAUUCCGCCUAUGUGUGCAAAACAGAGUCUGGUCCAACCCAAGGUUUCUGCCUGUUAAAAGGAAGUUUUUCCUUGCCACUGUUACUCAUGUUAGAUGAGAUGGGCCAAAUCCCAUCUUAGGUUGGGUCUUGACGAUUGUUGUGAAUUGGUGCUAUAUAAAUAAAAUUUGACUGAUUGAUUUGAAAACAGGGAAAUAUAGAUCAGGUUAAAGUUUAACCUUUUGGCCACAAGUAUUUAAACAGCCUGAAUGUUUCAGGGAACAACUUUUGUCACACACCGCCAAAGCGGACCUGAGUGGAGCCUAAUCUGGAUAAUUAAGUCUGAAUAUGUUUUAACUUUUUUGCACAAUGUGAUGCAUAAAAUUCUUAUGAUUUUCGGUUAACUAAGUAGCAACAAAAUACCUGUUGGUGCCAAACUUUACAAAUUCCCAUCUGAUUUGAAAGGCUAACCUUGAUCUUUGCACGAGUUCCCAUUCAACCCUCUGCAGUAAACAAAGAAUUGUGGAAUUCACAAAAGGUAGUAACUUCAUUCAGUGAAAUCCCCACUCAGUUCUAUCUGUCUUUGUCUUGCAACCAUGGAAACCAAGUCAUUUCUCCUCACACUCCAGCAGAUGUUUUUUUUCUUCUUUUUUUUUAAUACUGAGACAUGUUCUACCGCAACGUCUGAAAAAGAUGACCUUGGCGCUUUUUCUCGCUUUGUCCUCCAUCAACACUUUUUUCACAUCUCUUUCCCCCUAUAUCUCGCACUUCUGACUGACUCACUUAUCACUCUCACUUUUCCCUCCUCUCUCUGUCCUCUACCUCUCUCUCUUACUUCCGCUAACCACCCCCAUCUUUUAAACACGUAUACUUCUACACUUAUAAACUCUUUUUUUUAUUUCCUUCUGCCCAUCCAGCACCAGUUAGAGAGGAAAGACAGUCAGAGCAGCUCCCAGCACAGUGUGUGCAGCCAUCGCAGCACUCACACCGAUUCUCCCAGCCACCCACCCUCUGUCAUGCCCAGCGAAGCAGUGGCUCCCACUCCUGCCGCCCCUACCCAGCCUCUGCCAGGCCUGCCCCCUCAGGACACUGCAGAUGGCACCCUCACCCUCCAGAAGAAGCCAGACCCCUUUAAAAUCUGGGCGCAGUCCAGGAGCAUGUACGAGAGCCGACGUGAGUAGAAUUCAUUUCUUUACUUGUAAAGGAAUUUAAACAUUUUGCUGACUCUGGAGUUUGGAGGUUUAUCCCCCGGCUAUAUCAAGGACCCUUUAACCUUCUGUAAGGAUAAGCACGGCCUGAGAAUGAUGACCCAAAUUCUUGAACAACCCGAAGCACAGACAUUUGUAGAUUGGCAGUUCCGUUUGAGGAAGAGGAUUGCUUUUUUCACAGUCAUUAUUAUAAUUAAAUACAUGUAAGAAAUACACAUGACGGGGUAAUAGUGCUGAAAAACAACACCACCAGACAAAAGAGGUGAUUUGCUAACUCUAUAAUACCUCGUAAUGCACCUUUAAUCUGAGGUAUUUCUUAAACUGGUGUACAUUUUAAAAGUAUUGGAGAUAAUUACAGAUUAAUGAUCAAUUGGACCAGAUAAGCAGAUUUUCAUCCUGUGCAUUUGUAUCUUAAAAGGCCUUUUUGUGUGUUUGCAAAACAACUGUGUGCUGAAUGAGUCACAACUGAUCGUGACAAAAGGUGCCUCUAAGAGGGAAGUGUCCUUGAAAACACCAAAGGGCUCGCUGAUGAGUGGUGUUGUGGUGGUGGGGGUGUGUGUGUCUGUCCUACAUAUGUUCUACUUGCCUUUUCUCUUGAAUACAAAGAACUCGCAGGUGUUAUAAACAUCAUAUAUGUGUGAGCAUGUAUACUUGCAGUGAAGGGACAAGGCCGAAUCAGCGUUCAAACACGAAUCAAAUUUUAACGAUGAGAGUCGAGCUUCCCUCCUUCAAAAACCUGUUUAGUUAUGAGAAAAACAAGGGCAUCAGAAAUCAAAAAGUGGAACAACAGAAAGUACACAGCCCCUCUGUGAGGCCUUUCAGUAUUAUUUACAGUCAUGGCCUAUUCUUACAUUAUUCAUGGGGAAACACUGUAAUGGUGUCAAGCCGCCUAUUUCCUGUUUCUAAUAGAGGAGCCUGAGAGAGGAGGGGAAGAAUCCACCAAAAUAACAGCUUGGCUCACUUGUUCUGGCUGAGUUGCAUCUUUCAGACCUCCUUUUCUUGUACUGGAGCUGGUAUUUAAAAGAAGAAAAGCCUUGUUUGUGCAGCGAAAUACACCUCUGUGUGCUGUUAAAGAGUUUCGCGAUUUUUUAAGGGUCAGUUGUGUUUGCUUCUUGCUCUCAUGGAUGUGACGCGUGCUGCAGCCUCGGUUAACAAUGACGGCUGCUUGUAGAAUCUAGGACUGCUGCUGAUUAAAUAUUAAGUGAGCCCAGAGAGGGCUGCUUUAAGCUGCAGCUGAUUGGUAUAUCUGUUUGAUAACCCCUGAAGGGGUUGCAGCCCCUUUUUUGAGUCAGCAGUGGAGGAGAGAGAACACAAUGAUACAAGAAGGAGAAGGAGACGAGGAAUGACAAAGAGGCCCGGAUUCCUCUGUCUGGGAUUUUCAUAUGUAUUCCUGUGCGCACACACAUGCACACUGUUGAAUUUUCAAGGAGGCACCAUGCACCAGAAGAGCGAUAUUUCAGUUGCAGAAAAGUGACAUUGAAAGGUUAGAUUUAUGUAUCAUACUGAAUUUAAAUCAGACAGCCAACCUCUCUCCAUUUAUUAACUCUACUUUAAUGGCUUGCAUAUGGACAUAUGUCAGAGCAGUGUUAAUUACCAGUCUCGUCAAAGCAAUUCCAUUCACACUGGGAAAAAAACUGAAAAGUAGGAGCUAAUUGGUGCGAUACUGUCUUUGCAUGGCAGCCGUGAAGACAGCAGGCGGCGCAUGACGGCGUGGUCUGUUCCUCAUGUAUGGACCGGCCCUGCGGGUUGAACAGACCAACGCCAAAUGGCCCAUGUCGUCCUCCACAGUCUGCUGCGUCCAUUGUGAAAUGUCACUUUGACAGGAAUCCUGUGCGUUUCUUAGGGAGUAGCAGGUGAUUGUGAGGCUGUAAAAGAAGCCACGCUUUAAAACGGGGCUAAAAAUAGGUAGUCCCAAAGGGUUACUCUACGGGACCGCAGAUUUGAGGGUCUGAUGAGGUCACAGCAUGAGAUUUUGCAGCCUGCAAGUGAGAACAAGAAGCCAAUCUGCUCCGAAAAACUGGACUGAGAUGAAGGAAGACGCAGCUGUUGAUUCUGUGUGUUUUUGCGCCGACUUUAACAGAGGAAAAAAACACCUCAGUGACCCCUGAUUACACAACUGGAUGCAGAUUUUUCAUGACACUAAACUGGACACUUGUUGAUUAGAACAUGUGUUUGAUGAUCAAUUUACAAAGAUGCUCAUCCGUUAUAUCUGCAGUAGAUUUGAUAGUUGAUCUUCACGGAGUCUUCUCACUGUGUCUCUCGUGUAUUUCAGUGCCAGAUUGCCAGGAGCAGGAUAUUUUCCUAUGGAGGAAGGACACAGGCUUUGGCUUCCGUAUCCUCGGAGGAAAUGAGCCCGGAGAGCCUGUAAGUAUCGCAUCAACGGUUCAUUUCAACAGCGGGUAAUAUAACGAAAAAGGCGUGGAUACACGUUCAAACUUCCCAUCCAUCUUAAUGCUGAUUUGAAACCCCUGGAUGUUUUGUCCUCUUUCUUAUUAAGCUUUCCACUUCUUGAAGAGUUUUUCCUCUUCCAUUAGUUCUUUCUUCUCCUCGCUUUUCUAUUUAGUUUGUCUUUGAACCGGAGAAGCAGAAAGUCCUUACACAUCACUCUGAGUGGAGCUGUUGCUCUCCAGAGGAUCAUAUAGACAGCUUGUUAAGAGAAGCAAAGGCCUUACCCACAAUCCCUCUGGUUGUGCGCCAUAUAUUUGUCUUUAAAGGGGCAGGAGGAAAAGAGGGGGGGUUAAGAGCAAGGGUGUGAGGCAGACAGUGAGGAAAAUAAAAUGGCAGUAGGCUUCAGGUCUUCCCCACAGGGGUUACUACUUGUUGUUUGUGCCAAAUAACUGGGUGGUUGUUGUGCACUUGUUUCUGUCAGGGAUGUGUGUAGACUCCCACACAGCGCCUGAAGCUCACAAGCUUUUUUGCGGCCCCAAAAGGCUGUAUUAGCCUUCAUGGUGUCUCUGAAUGUCAACCAUGAAAACCUUUAAGUAAUGCAACAAUAGACUCUGAAUGCUGCUGUGUUUGACUGAUACAUUUCAAAUCAGGAUGAGAUAAGCCACAAAGAGUCACUGAGCUCUCUCUCUCGGCUAAUGGCUCAAUUUACUUCAGUUCAAAGACGUCUAAUCAGCCAUAUUACUGUAUCAUAAUUAUAAAGCUCCUGCAUUCACAUCACUCCAUAGAGAGGACUUGCAUUAAUUAUGAUUUCUUUUUACCAAAGUCAGUAAUCCCUCAGUAAUUUAUCUCACCAUUCAGCUGCCAAAAAAAGCUGAAUUUGAUUAAGUUAGAUAUUGAAUGAAUGACUUUAUCCGUCCAUUAAUUUUUUGCUUUUAAAAAAUUAGACAAAUAUCUGUAUGAAUUCAAAUCACCAUCAAUUCUUCUCCUGCAUCUAUAUCUCUCUGUAUGUUAUCUGUAAGUUACAUUAUAUGAUUUCGCUGCUAUGGAUUAGGGAUAGGAACCGAGAACCUGUUCUCGUUGAAUGGUUCAAUCCAUCAGCAUCGUUUAAAUUUUGUCUUAAUGAUUCCCUUAACGAUUCUUUUCUUCUGGAUGCCUAGAAAAACGGCCUUGCAAGUGCCAGUCUAUACAAACGAGAAGAAGAGACUUAGAGGAAAAAACAUGGCGGACGGUACGAAAAGUAGGCGGAAACGAUCUAAAGCGUGGCUCAAAAUUUUGCGCACUACCCGCGUAGUAGUGUCCUCUCUUUGGGGAUCAAGAAUAUGGUCACCCUAAUUUUGACAAAUAGUUUGUUGUUUGAUUAUUUUUUUAGACUCUCGCUGAAGGUGGCAUACAUCUUUUCUGUUGUUUUGAGUUAAUGGUGAAAACCUAUAGUCUACUAUUUUUAAAUCAAAGAAAGGCAUUGAUAAGGGAAUCGUUAAAGAGUUGAAUUGAUAAGCAGAAUCAAUAAUGGCAUCGAUAUCAAUAAAAUCGUAUUAAUUCCCAUCCCUACUAUAGAUCCAUAUGACUGAAAUAAGGGAGGGAGAAGUAAUCGUUUGUGUCUCCUUUCCCAGAUAUACAUCGGACACAUAGUGAAGUACGGGGCGGCUGAUGAGGACGGGCGUCUGCGGUCGGGCGAUGAGCUCAUCUGUGUGGACGGCACAGCGGUGGUGGGCAAGUCACACCAGCUUGUGGUGCAGCUGAUGCAGCAGGCCGCCAAACAGGGCCAUGUAAACCUAACAGUCAGACGCAAGAGUCCAGGAUAUGGAGGUGAAUUUAAACAUGCGCAUGUGUAUUUAUACAUGUUUAAUGUAUUUAAUGCACACAGAAUAGUUAGAGUGCUGUGCUGCAAAGUUCUUGUAUAACUCGUCUGCUUUAUUAUAUCAAAUUUCCAGUGUCAAAAGGGGAAGGUGAUGUCCCUCCAUCACCAGCCUCCUCCCACCACAGCAGCACCCAGGCACCCAGCCUGACAGAGGGCAAGCGGACCCCUCAGGGGAGCCAGAACUCUCUAAACACAGUGAGCUCAGGCAGCGGAUCGACCAGUGGCAUAGGCAGCGGGGGCGGAGGAGGCAGCGGGAGCGCAGUGGUUCCUGCGUCCCUCCAGCCGUACGACGUCGAGAUCCAGCGCGGAGAGAACGAGGGCUUCGGUUUCGUCAUCGUGUCGUCUGUUUCCAGGCCCGACGCUGGCACAACAUUCGGUAAGUGAGGCCGACCAAGACGGAGCUAACUGAGAUUGACAGGAGCUUGUAUUCAAUUUGACAGGAGAAUUAAUUCUGUUUACUAUGGGCUGACUCCCUUUGACUCUAAUGUGAUGCAAUUGAGACUUUAAUCUGACUGUACAGUUUGAUUGUUGGGGCAUUUGUGAUCUGUAAUGGUGCAUCCUACUUGACGAGGUUUCCUGGAGAUAAUUAUUCUUCUACUGUUCUAAAUAAACUCUCUGACAAGGAGCAUCAGCAAAAGUCAAAAUAGCAAAUAAAAGGCCUGGAAACUCCAGACAUAUCCACAGGGUGAAUGAAAUGACUGACGCCAUCUUGUGGUAGAAUCACAAUAUUUAUAAAGUCAGUCAUCCCUGAGUAUCCAGGGAUUUGACAGGAGUUUCUAUGACGCCACAGGCGGAGGUCGCAAACCUUCCAUCAUACGUUCAGGGAUGAAGAAAUCUCCUCGUGUGCACUCUCCCUCAGGAUCCGGCUCGGCUUUAUCACAAACACCAUCACAGAUUCAUGCCUCACAGCUGCCCUCACCAAUUCAUUCAGGACAUAAUUGAAGUCUACUUAGCACACGGCAAAGCUGUCGGUACCAUUUACGUAUCGCCGCAAAACAGCCGAAUUGCACGUAUUAAAGUUGCUCAGGCACUGAUGAGGAAUUGUAGACGUCCUCCUCGAACAAAUCUGGUAUUAACCUCAGAGUGAUGAAUUUCCAACAGCAAUGUCAAGCCAAGGUCUCUUGUAUAGUUGGCCAUUACGAUGAUAUACUGUGGUGUGUCACCGGCAAAACACCAGAAUGGAUGAGAUGUUAGCCACACUGACUGCCCGGGGAAAAUUUCAUUGAUCCCAAGGGCUAAUGGUGUUGCUCUGCAAAAUGCGAUGCAAGAAUUAAUGUGUUAUUUAUAGUGACACUAGCGACAAUGCUAGUCAACAACCUUGUCAAAACAUCUCGCAGUCUUUUGAGGUUCCUGUUUCUGCUGCUUUACUGCGAUCUCCAGCUCUGCUCUGUCACUUUUCCCUCUGGAGACCAUGAGAUGAAUGGACUCUGUUGCUUUGAUGUGCCGAUCUGGGAUCUUGCGUUCGCAUCCUGUGCUCACUCUCCUAAUGGAUUUCAACCAUGUGGGACAUGACAGGGGAAUGUUUUACGAGGAAAAAAGCACAAGAUAAACCUCUGUCUCUUUUUUUUUUUUCCUGAAGCGCUUCAUAUUUGUCAAUCCAAGGACAAGAACAAAGUAGAUUCAGCUGAUUCAAUCUUCCAUACAUUAUUGACACGUAAACCAUUUCUCUCCAGUCCAUCAGGACCCAUCCCCCUCUCUUAUCCCCUCCUCCCAUCAUGACCCAGGGUUGGCAAUGUGCUUAACAGAUUGAGUAUUAAAUCCACGGUACUUGCCACACCCUAUAAUGUCCCACAUGCCAUUAUUUAGAUAGAGUGACAGCGUACAAGAGCAUUUUUCAAUCAAGACAGAGGGAGGAUGAGGUAAUAAAUAUGGAUGUUGCAAAAAUGCUUGAUGGAGAGGGGAGGAGCGGAGAUGGAUGGAGUGAGCUGGAGGAGGACCAGGAGAUCCCCGGGGUCUUUUCAGAGCUCCAGUGUAAACAAGAUCUGCAGUAUUGAGCUCUGUCACUCAGGUGCAGAUUGGAUUUCUUGCCAUCCUCUCACUGAACACAUGAGUAGCAUCACAUAUAGCCUUGAGUGUGCACAUGUCACCUUGGUGUACACGCUGCUCUUUAGAAGCCCUGAUCAUUGUCUGAGUCUGUCAGGAUCCCACAUGUCAAUUACCUGAAUGUCCCACACACUGCUGCAGUGAUCGUGUGCUCAAUGAUCCUUGGUAAGGAGGUGUUCUCAUGAUGCUGCAAACAGCUUAUUGAUAGACUGUCAAGCAUCGGCCAUCGGGGUCCUGACCACCAGCUUAUGAUUCACAGGCCAUUGAUUAUUGUGAUGGAGGAUGGGGGUUGAGGACAGGUUCUGCAUUUUCCCACUGAGCCGAUGAAUUUUGUGUCCGACAUCAAACAGCAUCAAUUGCUCUUCAUCUAUGGAUGUGGGAGAACCUUUAUAAUUUCUCUCUGAGAUUGAACCGGGAUGUGGUGGUUUGGAUAAUUAACUUUUCUUUCUGCCUCUCUCUGUUUCUUUCUUCCCAUCCUUUCUUUCUAAUAAUAAAAAAAUCAACACAAUCAAUCACCACACACUAAAUCCACACAUAUUCACAUAACAUGUAUUCUAACACAUAAGCUGGAAAUGCAUGUGUGGCCAUGCCCCACAAAAUAGGACGCAUCAUCGAAGGCAGCCCGGCGGACCGCUGCGGGAAGCUGAAAGUAGGGGACCGAAUAUUGGCUGUGAACUGCUGCUCCAUCACCAACAAGUCGCAUUCGGACAUCGUCAACCUGAUCAAGGAGGCCGGGAACACAGUCUCUCUCAGGAUCAUCCCGGGUGAUGGUGAGGCCAUUUUUUGAAGUGUUGUUCUUACCUCCAGCCUCACAUGGCUGUUCCAUAAUGCAGCACGGUGCAUGAUGUGACUUAUUCAUGCAUGUUGUGGGAAGGAAAGGGCACCGCUGCUCUUCACAGGCAAGAGCACUUUCCAUCAGGGUGUGAACCCUGGUGUCUCAGAGAGUGAGUCACUGAGUGGGAAGAAGGUGAAGUUGCCCCCAGAAACUACUCCGGCGCUUUUACUAUUCUCCUUCUCCGUCUCUCAUUUUCUUCUCCUUCUUGUUUGUUUUCUUUGCCAGAUGUUGUACCAUUUGCAAUAUUUUGUCAGCUUGAAAGGAUUAAAAAAAAACACAGCUCACAUUUAAUCAAGCACUUCCUGUUGGUUUUAAUCUCUCCAGCUUAGCUAAGGAAAGGAUGUGGAAGUGCAUGUUAUUGCUGUACAAGCAGUUUGCAACCUAAAGCUCCACAUUCUGGGUAAAAUAUGUCAAGUGCUGUAACAAGGGUGCUUGCUACCGGCUUAGCUGCUAGUCCACCAAUGAAAUCACAGAACAGAACUUCACCCUAAUACCCUCCGCAGAGACAGAAACUGAUGCUUAAUUAGGACAGGAUGUGAGAGAAGAGAGAACUGACACAUUCGCUAUCUCAUGGGCUUGUUUGUGACCAUACACAAGUCAAGGUUUUCUCCUGGUAAACAUGGCACAGCCUUGUACUAGAUUGGAACUUAUUGAUCCAUAUCUGAAGAUUUAAGACGGAGUUUACCUUAGAAAGAUGGAGACAUGGCUGCGAGGAAGUUAACGAGAGGAAAAGAGCGAAUGAGGAGCCUGAGAUAAAUGAGUCAAGCCGAUGUUCCUGCGUGUGUUAUGUGUGCUGCAGCGUUCUUGUUGGGGGGAAAAGAUGAAACUGAUGAAAGGCAAGAGAAGACGGUUGUUUCGUUUCCCUCCCGGAAAAGCACAUGAAACAAAAUGAUGCAAGGCACUAGUUUCUUUCCGUCUUUAAUGCUGUUUUUCUUCCGUGCGGUUUGGGGGCCGGUGUUGUCUAUGAGCAAAUGGCAAAUGACAACAUCACAGGCAGUUAGCAUCAGGUUGAAUAGUGUAGCCCGUGGGCGGUGCAGUGGACUCCGGACAGUUUUGCUCUCUAUAGUGUCUUUUAAUUCACCCUAAGCCAAAAAAAAUCACAUUUAUUUCACAGAAACAAGUGAGUUAACUUUGUUUAGCUGUUCUUUUCCUCUCAUGUUAAUUUCCUCUUUCUUUUCAGAAUCUUCCAAUGCUUCUCUGCUGACUAAUGCUGAGAAGAUAGCUACCAUCACCACCACACACACACCUCAGACCACAGAGACUCGGUAGGUGAUAGUGCAUCAGUUUUUAAAAACCUGUGACAGCGGUUUUUAGUGGAAUUUCUCUAAUGCAGCACAAUUUGUAUUCAUACCGUUUUUUAUCUUUUUUUUUAAAGGAAUAACUCAAAGUCAAAAGGAGCGCCUCCUCCUCCUCCCACACAAACUCAGACAUCACAGGUAAGAAUAGAUGUUUUUACAGCACAGCUAAUGAUCGUCUGGGAUUCAUAUCAAUACAUCAUACCUCAGUUAUUAGUCAUAUACCAUUAUAUGUAGCACAGAGAGAAACAAAAGAUAGUUUAUUUGUAGAGAGAUGCCUGAAUGUUAGCUUUAUCAACAUAAAAAAGUUUUGAGUUUUAUCAUUCAGGCAGUUUUUAAUGCAUAUUUUCAGGAUCCCAUAUUCACCGAUUGAUUCAACUUCUAACAUUUAUCUCAAAGUCCUUCAGUAUCUCUGAAACUUCAUCCAUCAGAGUGUGUAUAGUUUAUAAGUCAAGCUUUGCCAGAGAAAAAAAAGACACUUUGAGAGAUUUUACCUGUUUUAGAACGAGCUUUUGAUGAGUGGGGUAAUUUUGGGUCCAGCCCUUGUGAUGCCCUUGCUUAGAGAUCUGCAACCCCCCCUUACAGGCACCUGUGGCAUUAAUUAUUCAUGCAUCGAAAGGUAUUGUACUGCCAUUGACAUUUUGUGAGUUUUUGGCGGACAUUGUUUGAUUAGCCUUGACGUUUGGGCUCACCUUUUAUCUCCCCUGAGGACCUUGGAUUAGGCACCCCUGCUCCCUGGCACAUCUGCGAUUCUCUCCUCACUUUAACCUCUUUUUGUUUUUUAGGAUGCUGAGUUCUACUCUGUGGACCUCGAGAGGGACAGUAAAGGUUUUGGCUUCAGCCUGAGAGGAGGACGGGAGUACAACAUGGACCUAUAUGUGUUAAGACUAGCGGAGGAUGGGGCUGCAGUCAGAAAUGGCAAGAUGAGGGUAUGAGAAUGUUUAUACCUGAAAUUGCCUCCACAAACACAAAGCGUUGGUUUUUCUCCUCUUUUUGCUGUGCUGCACAUCUUUCCUGGCUAAAUUUCCCCCCCUUCAAAGCUCUGAUGUAACACUGUUAUUAGCUAGCUGUGACCUAACAUGGCCUCUCUGUUUAGGUCGGCGAUGAGAUCCUGGAGAUUAAUGGAGAGAGCACAAAGAACAUGAAACAUUCACGAGCCAUCGAACUGAUCAAGAACGGUGGUCGGAGGGCACGGCUGGUCCUCAAACGAGGAGAUGGAUCUGUACCUGAAUAUGGUAGGUGAACAUGUCGCAACAUGUCCCACUGCUAAUGUCAGCUCUAAAUUCUUAUUAUAGCUGUGGACGCAAACAUCGUGGGCUAGAAUAAAUCUUUCUGAAGUAGAUUUUUGGGAAUUUAUAACUUUAAAUGAUAAACAUCAAAUUGUAAACUUGUAAAAAUGACUUUAAAGCCACUUGUUGUAGAUCCAAAAUGAUCGGAGAAUGAUUGUUUGCGACAAAAGCAUGUUUUUUUAUUUGUUCUGUAGAUCUGAAGUGAAGAUGUUUUACAGCUGUUGUGAUAUUGUCUCUCUAGAGCAGUAUGCUCCGCUGAUGGAUGAUUCCUCUCUCAGUUCUAUAGUUGUAUCUCUCAGCAUUAUUUUUUGUGUUUUCCGGGGUUUAAUCUCCACACAGUCUCUUCCUUUCUCAGAUGUUUUGUUGGUGCUAUAUAAAGAAUAAUGUGUUCUUUUUUAAAUCAGAACCCUUCUUCGCUCUAUUGAGAUGCAGUGUAAAACAGCCUCUUGUCUGUUUAUUUGUUUUCUUCUCUCUAUUCCUCCUCCUUUCUCUCUGACCGUCUCUUGUCGCUGGGCUCUUCCUCCUCUCUCCAGCGAUGAUGGCUCCUCAUCUCGCUGUUGGUACAAUGAGGAAUGACAAGAUGGGAGAGCCCUGUUUCUACCUAAUGGGCCAAAAUCAGACCACGGUUUGUAGCCAAAAGUCUGUCCCAAUCCGCGCUCCCUCUCAUCUUUUUCCUUUUGAGUUUAUCCACCUUUCCUUUCAGCUCAUCCCUACCUCAAUCCCACUCUGUUUGUGUUUGCGCGCAGGUGUGUGAACAUAGUGUGCAUGCUCUUCGUCUUGUCAUGCCUGAGUUAAACCCUGCUGAAUUCAACUUCAGUGGAUUUGUACCCUCAAACCUUCCCGCCGCUGCCAGCUCACACCAGAUAUUCUUACUGGGACUUAUUUAAUGCCUUCGCUCAUCACAUGCUGCUGCCAUAGCAACCUGUUCUCUAAUUUGGCAGACCUGCAGCCAAACACACUCUUUUGUUCCGUUUUUUUGGUUUGUUCCCUCCAAUAAUGCACAUUGAGCUGUUCACCAUUUUGUUUUGAUUGAUUUCUUAGGUCUGCUGUGCUGUGUCCCGGUAACCCCCGCCCUACACUCGCCAAUGUUGUUGCUGACAUCACCUUGUGUCUCAACCCAAAGCCCCAUAGUGAAAACAUAUUGAAGUGACUAAACACUUCAAUGCACCCUCAUCAUUUAGCUUGAUUGUUACAGGGGACAACAUAGGCUAUGAAAGCUCACAUGUGUGCAUGGUUUCCAUAAACCUCUGCUUUGAUUUCCCGUCACCAAAAAGAAAAGUCACAUCUGCUGAAUACAGGAAUUUAUGUCACAUUAUUUAGCUUCCUGUUUCUUGAGUUAGGUAUGUCCAGCCAACAAACUUCUCCUUCUUUCUGCAGACGGCAGCAGUGACGGGAACCCUCCCACACCCGGGGCACAAAACACUCCGGAAGUGAGAACGCUGCCACCAAACAGCAGAUUUCACACCUCAUUGGAGUCCAGUUAUCCACCAGACCUUCACAAACCAUCACGCCAGGAGGAGGCUGUGCGUGGCCGAGGCAGGGACAGGAACAGGGACAGAGCUGGGCCAGACCAAAUGGACUACCAAGGCCGGCAGUUUAACCCCCACCAUCAUCACACCUGGAAUAACAAUCACAGUCAAAGUACCCCCAGACAGCAGUCUCCGGAUAACAGCAGUGGCAACAAGAAGAGCCGAGGCCGCAAAGUCAAGAAGUCAGAGUCGGAGAGCGGCAUCUCUAAACUCCUCAAGACUCUGAGGAAGGACAGCUCGGGGAAGAAGGCUGCAGCUGCAGAGAAACUGAGGGGAAAAGCAUCCUCGAGCAGCAGCUCUACUUUAGACGAUAAGUUUCGUCCGCAGCGCCGCGGCUCCCUUGAUCGCUCACCAACCCGCAAGCGUGGCUCAUCUCCUGAUCGCCGGAGGGCAAAGUCGAUGGACCGGAGGGUAGAGCGUGCCCAACGGGAUCGUACACCUGAAAGGGAGUACGAUGACGGGGGGUUCCUCGCAGUCACCCCUGAGCGAAAGCUCUACGAGCGGAGGCUCAUGAAGGACUCACAGAUGGCUGGGCGAGUCAGGGAGGCUUCAACCCCUGAGCGUGCCAACAACAUCGGGGAUUCCAUGUCUCUAUCUAGGGGCCGUACUUUUGAAAGAGCCACCAAGAACGGCAACCUCCUGAGAGACUCUUCCUCAGAGAGGAGGGAGGAGGGAUAUCGUAUGAACGGGACGCCAGAGAGGCGAUACAGAGUGGAACGGGACUCUUCCCCUGACAGCAACUACAGCCGGGACGAGCUGAACUAUGCAGCAGCACCCAGACUGAAGGACUACUACAGCAUGAUGAAGAACAACGCUGCACACAACAAUGCUGCCUACAACAACACAGGUCAUAAUAAUAACGCUGUCGGCCGCAGCCCCAACCAGCUCCCUGAGCCCAAGAGACGGCUGUACAAAGAAAGCCCCAAAGACCUCAGCAUCUAG